GCCUGACCACCAUGUCUACUCAGGCACCAACAUUCAUACAGCCUCUGCAAAGCGUUGUGGCACUUGAGGGUGGUGCUGCAACGUUUGAGGCUCUAAUUAGUGGUGUUCCGGUUCCUGAGGUGAGCUGGUUUCGUGAUGGCCAGGUGCUUUCUGCUGCCACUCUGCCCGGCGCACAGAUCUCGUUCAGCGAUGGCCGCGCUGUUCUGAUGAUCCCCGCCGUGACAGCGGCACACAGUGGAAGGUUCUCUGUACGAGCCACCAAUGGUGCCGGACAAGCCACUAGCACCGCAGAACUACUUGUUACAGUGGAAACUGCACCUCCAAACUUCAUUCAGAGACUACAGAGUAUGACUGUGAGACAAGGAAGCCGAGUAAGAUUGGAUGUACGCGUUACAGGAAUCCCUACACCUGUGGUGAAGUUCUAUAGGGAGGGAGCUGAGAUUCAGAGCUCUGCUGACUUUCAAAUUGUUCAAGAAGGAGACCGUUACAGUUUGUUAAUUGCUGAGGCCUUUCCUGAGGAUUCUGGAACAUACUCCGUCAAUGCUACCAAUAGUAGUGGGCGUGCUACUUCUACUGCUGAACUGCUGGUUCAAGGUGAAGAGGAAGCAAUUCCUGCCAAGAAGUCAAAGACUGUUAUUUCCACUGCUCAAAUAUCUCAGACUCGACAGACACGAGUAGAGAAGAGAGCGAAAGCUUAUUAUCAGGCUACAGCCACCACUAUGAUGGAAGUCCAUGUGGAUGAAGGUGAUACUGCUCAGCAGCUGCUACACAAGGCUCCCCCAUCUGUGGCCCCAAAGCCAACUUCAAAGUCCCCAACAUCCUCACUAGUGUCAAAAGUUGCAGGCGCACGUCAACAGUCACCUUCUCCUGUGAGGCAUAUUAAAGGACCUACUCCACCUCCUGUAAGGUCAGUGUCUCCCUCUACAAGGCUGUCAGUCUCCCCUAUCAGACCAGUCAAAUCUCCGUUGAUGACCCGCAAGCAGAUUACGCCAGGCUCUGAUGUCCUCCCUCCCUGGAAGCAGGGAGAUUAUGUAGCUGAAUCCAGCUAUACUAGCAUGAUUGCCAGUGCCUCACGUGUCCAGACCUCUACCACUCAAGUGCAAAUGGAGCAGCGGUGGGAAGGCUAUGGGGUACAGCAGCAAGUAACUGGGAUUGUAGCGAAAGAGGCUGAAGGUGGAAAAAAGGCAGAGGCAGUGGCCACAGUCCUUGCUGCAGUUGACCUAGCACGCAUUCGAAAGCCUGCACAGGCAGAGGAGGGCCACGCAGAAGAGGAGAUCUUAGAGCCUGACUUAAAACGGCAGGCUCUGGACACUCAAGCUUCUAAAAUGAUCACCAUGACCAUGAAAACCGAAGCGCUACAAAUUCCCAGUUCCUCUCAAAUUGCUUCCGAUGAACAUAGGGUUCAGGUUUCACAGAUCCAAAGAAGUACAGAAACUACAACAACUCAUGUGGACACCUCGCUUGCACCAUCUCCAAUACCGCAUUUCACUGUUUCUAAAGUUACUGUUCCUAAACCUGACCAUAGCUAUGAGGUUUCCAUAGCAGGUUCUGCUAUUGCUUCACUGCAUAAAGAACUAUCUUCUACUUCUGCUGCUCAAAAGAUCAUCAGGCCUGUGAAGCCUCCUUCUCAUAAGAUUGUGGAGAUGAAAGCAAAGCAAGAGCCAACCCCAUCACCUUUUAAAGAUACCAGUGAAAGAUUUCAAAUGCAUUUUGGCACUCUCUCACAGACAGAGAUAGGCACUUCUUUUACAGGGGGCAUGGAGCAGAUACAUGAACAGUGGGAGAAACAGGCUGUUGAGGCUUCAACAAUCACCAUACCUGCACAGGAGACCGUGGCUCCUCCUACCCUUGUCAUUGGUUUGAAAAAUGUAACUGUCACUGAAGGAGAAUCUGUGACUUUGGAGUGCCAGAUAUCAGGUCACCCGACCCCGACGAUUAUGUGGUUUAGAGAAGACUAUAGGAUUGAGAGCUCUGUUGACUUCCAAAUCACUUAUGAGACUGGAUAUGCUCGUUUGGUUAUCCGUGAAGCUUUUGCAGAGGACAGUGGUCGUUUUACUUGCACAGCUACCAAUCAGGCUGGAACUGUCAGCACCUCCUGCUACCUACUUGUGAAAGUAUCAGAAGAAAUUGAUAGCAAGGAUACUUUCCCUGCUGCUCAUGUUUCUCUAAAUGGAACGGAGAAACCCUGGCCAGUUGAAGCAAAAGAAGAAAUUUUAGAGCUGACUACCAGUGCAGAGGCUAUGGCACCAUUCUUUGUAAAGAAACCAAUCGUACAGAAGUUAUUGGAAGGUGGUAGUGUGGUUUUUGAGUGUCAGAUUGGUGGUAGUCCCAAGCCUCAUAUUUACUGGAAGAAGGCUGGAGUUCCCCUUACUACUGGAUACAGAAACAAAGUGGUCUACAACAAGGAUAGUGGAGAGUGCAAGCUUGAGAUCUCCAUGGCAUUCGCUGACGAUGCAGGAGAAUACACUAUCUUUGCUAGGAAUCAGUUAGGAGAGGCUUCAGCGUCUACUACAUUGCUUGAGGAAGCGGAAUAUGAAACGUACAUGAAGAUGCAGGAAAUUACAUUCAAAACUGAAAUGACCACAAUGGUGCAAGAACCCAAAGUAGCAGAUGUCCCUCCAGCGAUUAUUAGUGAAUAUGAAAAAGAAGAGAUUCUUAUGCAGAAGAGGAUGGCCCAACAGAUGCAAACAAUGAAGACCUUUAUGACAGAGCAGGAAUUCCAAAUCUCUGCUUAUGAGGAAAGAAUUAUUCUUGAGAUCGAGUUCUACAUUGUUAGAAUUAGUUAUCAGGAGUUAGUGAAUGAAGAUGGGGAAGAGAUUAUUAUGAAUAUAUCUGAACAUGAAGCCAUAGCACCAACCUUCUACACCCCAGUGAAGAGCUACCGGGUUUUGGAGGGAAUGGGGGCUGCUUUCCACUGCAGAGUAGGAGGAAAUCCACUUCCUAAGAUUGCCUGGUACAAAGAUGGCAUGCGCAUCAAGCAUGGUGGCCGAUAUCAGAUGGAGGUUCUGCAGGAUGGGAGAGCUAGUCUCCGGAUUCCUGUUCUAUUGCCAGAAGAUGAAGGUGUCUAUACUGCCCUUGCGAGUAACAUGAAGGGAAAUUCUGUCAGCUCAGGCAAGUUAUACGUGGACCCUGCAACCACAGCUGUGGCUCAGUCAUAUUAUCUUCAGCCAGAUGCAAUCAGCAGAAUCAGUUCUACUUCCCCUCGCUCUUUGAGUCGGUCUCCCGGACGUUUUUCUGGCCGCUCUCCCACACGAAGACUAGAUGAGACAGAUGAGAGCCUGUUGGAAAGACUGUACAGACCUGUGUUUCUUGUGAAGCCCUUCUCCUUGAAGUGUUCUGAAGGAGAGACAGCCAGAUUUGAUGUGAAAGUUGUUGGCAGACCCAUGCCUGAGACUUUCUGGUUCCAUAAUGGGCAACAAAUAGUCAAUGACUACAACCAUAAGAUAGCAGUAAAGGAAGAUGGAACUCAGUCGUUAAUUAUUGUCCCAGCUAUGCCUCAUGACUCUGGGGAGUGGACUGUUGUAGCUCAAAACAGAGCUGGAAAAACAUCUGUGUCCAUGACUCUGACUGUUGAUGCAAAGGAAAACUUGGUGAAACCUACAUUUAUUGAGAAGUUAAAAAACAUUAGUGUUAAGGAAGGAACUUUGGUUGAGUUAGCUGUCAGAGCUAUUGGAAAUCCUCUUCCUGACAUUGUCUGGUUGAAAAACAGUGACAUUAUUUCCCCACAAAAGCAUCCUCAUAUCAGGAUUGAGGGCACUAAGAGAGAAGCUCACUUGAAGAUUUCAUCAGCUACUGGUACUGACAGUGCCUGGUACACAGCUACAGCUAUCAACAAAGCUGGAAGAGACACAACUCGCUGCAGAGUCAAUAUAGAGUUAGAAUUUCCUGAACCAGAGCCAGAGAGGAAGCUCAUCAUCCCAAAAGGAACAUAUAAGGCAAAGGAGAUUGCAGCUCCAGAGUUGGAGCCCCUGCAUCUUCGCUAUGGUCAAGAACAGUGGGAAGAAGGUGACCUGUAUGAUAAGGAGAAACAGCAGAAACCACAUUUCAAGAAGAAAGUCACAUCUGUCAGGCUAAAGCGUUUUGGUCCAGUACAUUUUGAAUGCAGACUGACACCUAUUGGUGACCCCACAAUGGUGGUUGAAUGGUUGCAUGAUGGCAAACCCUUGGAGGCUGCCAACAGGCUGCGUAUGAUCAAUGAAUUUGGCUAUUGCAGUCUUGAUUAUGAAGUUGCUUACUCACGAGAUAGUGGUGUUGUCACCUGCAGGGCAACAAAUAAGUUUGGAGUUGACCAGACUUCUGCUACCCUAAUUGUGAAGGAUGAGAAAGGCCUAGUGGAAGAAACUCAGUUGCCAGAGGGUAGGAAAGGAAUGCAAAGGAUUGAGGAGAUGGAGCGCAUGGCACAUGAAGGUGCCCUAGCAGGUGUAACAGCAGAAGAAAUAUUUGAGAAAACUAAGCCUGAGAUUGUACUGCUUCCUGAGCCUGUACGGGUCCUAGAAGGUGACACAGCCAGAUUCCGCUGCCGAGUGACUGGUUACCCCACACCAAAGGUCAACUGGUACCUAAAUGGACAGCUCAUCCGAAAGAGUAAGAGGUUCAGGCUUCGUUAUGAUGGUAUUUAUUACCUUGAAAUUACUGAUUGUAAAUCUUAUGAUUCUGGAGAGGUAAAAGUUAUAGCAGAAAACCCGGAAAGUGUGACUGAGCAUUGUGUGAAAUUUGAAAUACAGCAGAGAGAGGAUUUUAGGUCCAUCCUGCGGCGUGCUCCUGAUCUGAAGACCCCAGAAUCUGGUCCUUCGCCAGAUCGUGGUAGAGUGUCUUUUGAAGUUCAAAAGGUAGACGCACCUGCUGACACAACCCAGCCAAAAGAGAUAAUUAAACUAAAAAAAGCUGAAAGAGUUGUUCAUGAGAUAUCUUCAGAAGAGUCAGAGGAACUGAGAAGUAAAUUUAAACGCCGGACAGAAGAGGGUUACUAUGAAGCAAUAACUGCUGUAGAGCUCAAGUCUCGAAAGAAAGAUGAGUCCUAUGAGGACAUGCUGAGGAAGAAGAAAGAGGAACUUCUACAUUGGAUCAAAGAAAUCUCUGAUAAGGAGAAAAAAAUGGAAGAAGAAAGAGGCAAAGUGACUAUUCCAACAAUUAAACCAGAAAGAAUAGAACUUUCACCCAGCAUGGAAGCUCCUAAGAUCUUGGAACGAAUCCAGAGCCAGUCUGUUUUCCCAACUGAUGAAGUUCGUUUCCGUGUCAGAGUGGUAGGCAAACCUGACCCAGAAUGUCAGUGGUUCAAAAAUGGCAUUCUUCUAGAGAAGUCAGACCGUAUUUUCUGGUACUGGCCUGAAGAUAAUUUAUGUGAAUUAGUAAUCAGAGACAUCUCAAUUGAAGAUUCUGCUAGCAUUAUGGUCAAAGCUGUCAAUGUUGCUGGAGAAGCUUCAAGUCACGCAUUUCUGUUGGUUCAAGUCAAGCAAAUAGUUUCCUUUACUCAAGAACUUGAAGAUGCCAAUGCCAAAGAGAAGGACACCAUGGUGACAUUUGAGUGUGAAACCAGUGAGCCUUUUGUGAAAGUUAAAUGGUUGAAGAACAAUGUCGAGAUUUUUUCUGGAGACAAGUACAGAAUGCACUCAGACAGAAACGUACACUUCCUCUCUGUACUGAUAAUUGAAAUGAAGGACAUUGCAGACUACAGUUGUUGUCUCGUGGAUGACGACCAUAUCAGAACUACUGCCAGACUUACUGUGGAGGGUGCUCCAUUGGUUAUACUUGCAGAAUUGGAGAAUAUUGAAGUUCCUGAGACCUACUCUGGAGAGUUUGAGUGUGAAGUGUCUCGUGAGGAUGCUGAGGGUACUUGGUACUUUGAGGGCAGAGAGAUCUCUCCAAGCAGCAAAUAUAUAAUCUCCUCCCGCCGUGGACGUCACUCUCUUUUUGUCAAGGAUGUCAGAAAGGAGGACCAGGGGAAAUACAGCUUUCUUGUUGGUGACCUAAAGACAACUGCUUCCUUGAAGAUGAAAUUACGCCCAGUGACUCUGGUGCAAGGUCUUGCAGACCUGACCAUUUGUGAAGGUGACAUAGCCCAAAUGGAGGUUAAGUUCUCUCAGGAAAAUGUUGAAGGCAAAUGGAUGCGGAAUGGUCAAGCCAUCUUGGCCACUGACCACAUACAUAUGGUGACUGACAAACUCACCCACAGGCUUCUUAUUGAAGAUGCCCAGGGGAGCGAUGCUGGGAUGUACUCCUUUUUUGUUCCAGCUCAUUACUUAACAACUUCUGGAAAGCUGACAGUUCAGACCAUUAGUAUUUUGACGCCUCUGAAAGAUGUAACCUCGGUUGAGUCCACUAAAGCUGUGCUUGAAGCUAAAAUAUCAUCUGCUGAUAUCACUUCAGUGAAGUGGUAUCACAAUGACAAACUGAUGAUGCCUAGUGAGAGGGUUCAGUUUGUAGCUAAGGGGUACAAACAACGUUUGGUCUUCGACAGAACCUUUGCCUCUGAUGAAGGAUGCUAUAAGCUUGUUGUUGGAAAAGCUGAGUCCAGUUGCAAUAUGACAAUUGAACGGGUUCACAUUAUAAAGCAUAUGGAAGAUCAAAUAUGCCCUGAAACCCAGAACGUCACUUUUGAGGUGGAGUUAUCUCACCCUGGUAUUGAUCCAGUAUGGAGCUUCAAAAAUCAGCCUCUCAUACUUGAUGCCAAAUACAGGAUGGAGGCUAAGGGCAAGCGUUACCUUCUGACUGUCAUAAACACCAUGAAAGACGAGGAGGGGCAGUACACAUUUGCAGCUGGUGAAAUGACUUCUAGCGCAAAACUUACGGUGUCAGGUGGUGCAAUUAAACGACCUCUCCAAGAUGUCACUGUAGCAGAGUCACAGACUGCUGAGAUGGAGUGUGAGGUAGCAAACCCCAGCAUUGAGGGAAAAUGGUUAAAGGAUGGCAAACUUUUACAGUUCAGCAACAACAUCAAAAGCAAAGAUUUUGGGGCUAUUAGGAAGAUUAUCAUCGUUAUCAGUAGGCCUCAGGACAUUGGGGAAUACACUUACCAGGUGGCAAACUCCAAGACAACAGCAAACUUGAAAGUUGAAGCUGUGAAAAUUAAGAAGACAUUAAAAAACCAGACUAUCACUGAGACCCAGGAUGCAGUUUUCAGUCUUGAACUUACACUAGAACAUGUGAAGGGUGCUCAGUGGAUCAAGAAUGGUGUGGAGAUUACCCCCAGUGAUAAAUAUGAGAUCCAAGUAGAUGGCAUGGUGCACACACUCAAGAUCAAGAACUGCACAGCACAAGAUGAGUCGGUUUAUGCAUUCAAGCUUGGAAAGCUGUCAGCAAAUGCCAGACUAAAUGUGGAAACAAUAAAGAUUAUGAAGAAACCAAAGGAUAUGACAUCUGUUCGCGAUGCUACAGCGUCCUUUGAGCUAAGUCUGUCCCAUGACAACAUCCCAGUGAAAUGGAUGUUCAACAAUGCUGAGCUUAAGCCAAGUGAAAACUGUAAGAUUCUCUCUGAGAGGAAGGCUCACAAGCUGAUCAUUCAAAAUGCGGACACACACAACGCUGGAGAAUACACUGCUAUAGUUGGACAUUUACAGUGCAGUGCAUCUUUAUUUGUAGAAUCUUUACAAAUUACAAAAACAAUGAAGAAUGUUGAGGUACCUGAAACCCAAGUGGCCACCUUUGAAUGUGAAAUCUCACACUUCAAUGUGCCAUCUACUUGGCUGAAAAAUGGAGUUGAGAUUGAGAUGAGUGAGAAGUUCAGGAUUGUAGUGCAGGGGAAACUCCACCAGCUCAAAAUAAUGAACACCAGCAGAGAAGAUUCUGCAGAAUAUACCUUCAUCUGUGGAAAUGACAGGGUUUCUGCCACUUUGACUGUCAAUCCUAUUUUGAUCACAUCAAUGCUGAAUGACCUUAAUGCUCAGGAGAAAGACACAAUCACUUUUGAAGUAAAUGUAAACUAUGAGGGAAUUUCUUACAAAUGGCUGAAGAAUGACGUAGAGAUUCGUUCUACAGAAAGAUCUCAGAUUCGUUCAAAACAGCUCUCUCACUCUCUGACCAUCCGAAAUGUACACUUUGGAGAUGGUGGAGAAUAUAAAUUUGUUGCUGGAUCUGCAUCAACAUCGGCUAAUUUAUAUGUUGAUGCUCGUGUUAUUCAGUUUACAAAAUUCAUCAAAGAUAUUAAAACAACUGAAAAGAAGAAAGCUGUAUUUGAAUGUGAAGUCUCAGAACCUAAUGUACAAGUAAUUUGGAUGAAAGAUGGACUGGAACUGGACAAAUCUGAACGAUACAAGAUUUCCAGUGAGAAAUAUGUGCAUCGACUGAUAAUUCAAAAUGUUUGGUUAUCUGAUGCUGGAGAGUAUUGUGUAGUUGCUGGUUCAAGCACUUGCAAAGCUCAACUCACUGUGGAGGGUCGUGAUGUCCGGAUCACAGAGCCAAUGGAGAAGGAAAUUACUAUCGUUGAGAAGCACAAAGCUGCAUUUGAGUUUGAAGUCAAUGAGGAUGAUGUUGAAGGAUGCUGGUUGAGGAAUGGGAUCGAGAUCAAGUUUUCUGUUGAAGACAGGUUCAACUAUGUUGUAAUUAGAAAAGUCCAUCGUUUGACCAUCUCAGAGACCUGUCACAGUGAUGCUGGAGAGUAUACAUUUAUUGCUGGCAGAAACAGAAGUGUGGUUACACUCAAUGUCAACAUUCCUGAACCUCCUCAAAUAAUUCAGCAUAUGCAGCCUCUGUGUGUUGAGGCUGGGAAGCCGGCUUGCUUCUCUGUGGUGGUGACAGGAAUUCCUCGGCCAAAGGUCUUCUGGUACAAGAACUCCCAGGUUCUGUCUCCUGGGUUCAAGUGCAAAUUUUUGCAAGAUGGUAAUGAGUACAAACUCCUCCUCAUUGAGGCCUUCCCAGAAGAUGCAGCUGUCUACAGGUUUGAGGCCAAAAAUGAGUGUGGAGAGGCUACCAGCACUGCUGAUCUUAUCAUUGAAGUCCCUGAAGUGAUUUCCCCUGAUACUGGAUCUCCACUGUCCCUCCCUGUUAUCAUUUCUCCAAUUUGCAACACCACUGUCGGCGUAGGAGAAACUGCUCAGUUUCAGUGCCGUGUCUCUGGUGAAGAUUUACAGAUCAUCUGGUACUGCAAAGACAGGGAGAUAAAACAAUCUGACAUCUUCAGAAUGUCUCAGUUUGAUGAUAAGUGUCAAUUGGAGAUUACUCGAGUUUUCCUUGAGGAUAAGGGAGAGUACACUUGUGUGGCGAGGAACCCAGCUGGAAUGGUAUCGUGCUCUGCCGUCUUGUCUGUUGAUGUCCUGAAAAUGGGAGAGCAGAUAGAACCAAAAACCACACAAGCAGCCACAGCUUUCUCUAGCUUGACCUUCACAAAUGAAGAAAAACAAGAAUCCACUGGCACCAGCCCAUAUUUAACUGAAAAAACCGAAACACUUGAACUCAAACCAGAGUCCAGAUUUGAUCCUGUACAAUUAGAAAAUAAAAAAGAAAAGCCUGUUUUUGUUACCAGGCUUAUGCCAACAAAUGUUACUGUCGGAGAUACGGCUAAGUUUACUGUCACAGUGUCUGGUUUUCCAAAACCUACGGUUGAAUGGUUUCACGAUGGUCAGAUGAUCACAUCUUCUUCAGUCUAUAAAUUAGUUCAAGAGAAAGAUGAGUUCACUUUAAUUAUUUCUCAGGUAAAGGUGGAACAUAAAGGGCAGUACUCUUGUACAGCAACUAACAGUUAUGGCCACUCAACUUCUAGUACGUUCCUGCAUGUACACAUUGAGGAGAGGAGAAAAAUACUCCAAAAACCACCUCCUCGUUUUAUUUUACCCAUUGCAAGUCUUCAGUGCAUUGAAGGAGGUGAAGCUCAAUUUCAGUAUAAUGUGACUGGGGAACCACUUACAGAAGUUAAAUGGUUUAAAGGCAGCCAUCAGAUUCAACCUAGUAGUCAUUAUACAAUUCAGAAAAACCCAGAUGGUUUUGGAUACUUACAGCUACAUGGCCUUCAGAUGGAGGACAGUGGCCUUUAUACAUGUCAAGCAUCUAAUCCUUUUGGGGAUGCCUCCUGCAGUGCAGAACUGAUUGUUUGCCACAAGAGCCAAACUUACAAUGAAGAACACAGCGUUUAUCAGACGCAGAAAGGUUACAAAAUAUCAAUGACCGAAGAAGCCACUGAAUCCCGUCUGUAUACAGUGAACCUACCAGGGGAAGCCAGAGCUUGCCUGCAAUCAGGGCAUAAGAUGCUUUACACAAUCGGUACAGAAGAUAAACAAACAGUAAUCAGUGAACAGGUAGGCACCUUGCAAGAGACGAACGUAUCUGCUGCUAAUCUUCAAAGGGAGCAGAUCACCCGCCAAGCUGCUCUGCUUCAGUCACACAAAUUAGAAGAGAGAGUAUCUGUGGCUCCCACUCAGCCUCCUUCUUCUACAGUGGCUCCUGUGAGACAGCUCAAUGUGCCCACUUUCACCUCCGCAGUGCAGGAGAGCCAAGGCUUUAUAGAACAACAUUAUGAUCACAUUCAAAGCCCUGUCAUCGUAGAACUGAAGAUGGCUCAGGAACGACAUGCAAAUAUCAUGUCUGCAGUUACUGAAAAAAUUACCCCUCUAAAUAGCAUAGAAACAGAGCUUAUGGGUAAUAAAAAAAGAGAACAGAUACAAGUUCUUAGUCAUCAAGUGGAAACCAGGUUACCCAUUGUGGAUGAGCAAUCGGAAGUCAUUUCAAAGCCAGAGUUUGAACAAAGCUACAGAGUCAAAGAAGGUGUGAAAAUACUAUAUUCCGCUUUGGCGACGGAAAAGCAGAAACUGUCUGAAGCGCAUUCUACAGAGUGGUCUAUCUCUGAGGCUUCUACGCAAUCUUCGACUGGAAAAGAAAUGUUCAAGCCAGUUCUAGCAUCUGUCACUGAAAUUAAGAAUUUGUUAUCAAAAGAGGACAAAUAUGACAUACAUAGACUGAAAGAAGCAAAGGCAGUGCCUUGUAAAGAUGCUGUUCUUAAGUCAAGUUUGGUAUCUGAAGAGAAGCAGAUUCUCCAGGCCGAACAAACGAAACAAAUACCAGAUUUAGAAAAGGCACUUACUGUGCAGUCUCAAAAAGAAAAAAGAGAAAUCAUGCAUUUACAAAUUAUGAGAGACCAGGGUACAUUACCCUCUGAUGGAAGAAUUAUUUGUGAGAAACCAAUAGCUGAACAAACAGACAUUAUAAAACAGCCUACCCUGUUGCAUACAGUUACUACUAAUGAACAGAAUUCAGUUACUUGUGAUCUGUCAUCACAGUUUUCUUCAAAGGAAAUUCAAUAUUCCGUUCAGCCUACAAAAGAAUCUCUUACUCCUUUACAUCUUCAGUCUGUUCACCCAGAGUGUGUUUUAGCUAAAGAGGAAAUACUUACAGUUGAAAAGCCUGAGGAACAAAUUUCAUUAUCGAAACAGGAGAGAGUCCGUAGACAAGCAGUAAGCAUUGAAGAGAAAAGGAAGCUAACAGCAGACUAUUCUACAAACAUUGAUGGGUCAAUAACUGGGGUUUGCUCUGUACUUAAAACAGAACCAAAGCCUCAAAAUAUUCUCCAGGUGAUUUCAAAACCAGUGGAACUGCCCAAGGAGACCCCAUUCACCACAGUUGUGAAACAGCAGCGUGCAUUAGUUCAGAAAGAGGAUCAGUGGGCCUUAAUGCACCUAAUGACCACAGAAGACAGUCAAACUUUACAGGAGGGACACACAAAUACUUUGAAUGUAGUAGAGAAAUUUAGCUGUGAAGCAAAGGUUGAGCCUUGUAUUCCUUGCGAACCAGUUAACAUAGAGGAGAAAGCAAUCUCAACUGAACGUAGUGUUGCUUUGGAAGCUGCCGAACAAGAUUUUGCUGUCAAAAUUCAGGAAGGACAAUCAGUUAGAAAAUCUGUAGUGAUGGCAGAGAAUCAAGUAAUAAUUGGAGAAGUAUCUCAGGAAAUAAAUAAAUCAGAGGCAAACAAAGCUUGCAGUAUAAAACAGUCCAAAGAAGUGCUUACCGUGCAUGAGACCCAGGAAAGUACAGUAUUACCAAAAGAGCUUACCUUUAUUAUUCCUACUUCAAAAUCAUUCAGCUUGGACAUAAAGCAUCAGUUAAAACAUGCAUUGCAAUCUGCAGUAGCAUGUGAACAGCCAUUGCUGUUAGCCGAAGUUGUGAAUAGUUUGGAAGUUGUAGAGGUAAAGGAAGUUAAAAUGCUCAAAGCACCCAAAUAUGCAAUGUUCACAUACCUUAUCACAACAAGCAGCACACCUUUGGAAAUUACUGUUGCAUUUGAUGGUGAUUACCCCCAGACUGCUGAUCUAAGAAAUGAGCUUCAAUCAACUUUAUACUCUAUGAUCUAUCAUGAUAAACCAGUCCUGACCUCUGAAGAGCCUGGAAUAAAGGAGAUAGAUAAGCCACUAAGACUGAGGGUCAGCAGCACGUCUUCCAAAGAAAUGCUGUCUUCUUUGAUAGAAACUGUUGGAUUUUCUGAAAUGGUUGGAGACUUUUCUGCAGCUAAACCCCAAUCUGCUGCACUGAAGGUUGAAUCUCAUGCUUCUUUUGAAACUGUCAAAGCUCAUCAAUCCACUGAUGUAUCACUGGCACAAAUACCUGUAGACCAAUCUAUAGAAAGAUAUGGAGGGGAGUUUUUGAAACACGCUGUUGUAGCUGAAAGCCCGAUAAGAAUUACAAAAGACUUUCCAGUUAUAGAAACAUUUCUAGAGAACACUGAAGUAGAGGAGCAUAGUAUGGUCAGUUUCACUGUGAUUGUAACAUCUGUUACAAAUGUUAACUGGUAUUUCAAUGGACAAUUGGUUAAAUCUGGCAAAGAGUUCAAGUGUUAUAAGGACAAUGAUAAUUACACACUAGUAAUUGACAAGGUUAUCAAGGAGAAGCACCAAGGAGAAUAUGUCUGUGAAGCUGUGAACAAGGCUGGCAAGAGCUCAACAUCAUCAAAACUCACAGUAUUCUUAAGAGUACCGCCUGUUUUUCUGCACAAAAUCCAACCUUUGGAAAUCAACGUCGGCAGUCGUGCCAGAUUUGAAUGUGAGAUUGAAGAGGCACCCAAUGUAAAAUUCAAGUGGUUUAAGUCUGGCAGUGAGAUGAGAGAUAGUGACAAGUGCAGGAUCAUCAGCCAUCACCUGUCCUCCUCCAUGGAGCUUUUGAAUCCAACUAAAGCCGAAAGUGGUGAAUACACCUGCAAAGCUACAAACAAAUAUGGCAGUGAUAGCUGUUCAGCUUCUCUGAAUGUAGCUGAAGUUUUCCCACCAGUCUUUAUUACUAAGCCAGAUCCAACGACUUCAUAUGUGGGAAAACAAGCAAGAAUUCAGUGUGUUGUUACUGGUUCAUCACCAAUGAAUGUUGUUUGGCAAAAAGACAACGUUGCUAUUUCUUCGGGAGGAAACUACCAAAUUUCUGCUGACAAGAACCGACAUACUCUUGAAAUAGUGAAACUUGCUCUCUCUGAUCAAGGGACUUACCAAUGUAAAGCCUCAAAUGUUGUUGGAACUGACAUGUGUGGCACAGAACUAAGGGUAAUUGACAAGCCUAAUUUUGUAAAGACCUUUACGUCAACAUCAGUAGCUCUGGGGAAGCCAUUGCGACUUGAGUGUCAGGUAGAUGAAGAUACUGGAGUGGUCAUCACCUGGACUAGGGAUGGCAAGAAGCUGCAUCACUCCAUGGAUCUUAAAAUUACUUUUGAGGACAAAGUUGCCACUCUUGAAAUUCCUAAUACGAAGCUUAAAGACAGUGGGAAAUACAGCUGUACAGCUGCAAAUGAUGCUGGCAGUGAUUGCUGCUCUUCCACAGUAAGCGUUCAAGAGUCCCCAACCUUUCUUAAGAGACUGGAACCCAAAAUCCUCUGGAAACAGGGCAUAACGGGGCGAAUGCAAUGCACUGUUAAAGGCUCGCCAGAGCUACAUAUAACAUGGUUCAUGAAUGACAAAGAAAUCAGCCCUGGAGAGAAACACAAGAUGAGCUUCAAGGAUGGCCAAGCAGUCCUAGAGAUCUUAAAUCUUAUUGUGACAGAUAGUGGAAAUUACACAUGUGAAGUGUUAAAUGAUGCUGGCUGUGAAAGCUGCAGCACUGUUUUAACUGUAAAAGAACCUCCUUCCUUCAAAAAAGAAUUGCAGAUGGUAGAAGUAGUUAAGGGAACUACAGCUGUAUUUGAAUGUGAAGUAACUGGCACAGCUCCAUUUGAGGUGACCUGGUGCAAAAAUAAGAAACCAAUUUCUUCUGACAAAAAGCAUAACAUAAUCUCUAAUUAUUCUAAAGUGAUUUUGGAGAUUUAUUCAUUUGAAAGUGUAGAUAUUGGGGAUUAUCAGUGUUUUGUGUCAAAUGAUGUUGGUAAAGUCUCCUGCAAAUCAACUGGUAAAUUAAAAGAACCCCCAACAUUUUCCAAGAAGAUAGAAAAUACUUCAGCUAUUGUGGGAAAUUCUGUUAGACUUCAGGGAACUCUUAAAGGUUCAUCUCCAAUCACAGUCAAAUGGAUGAGGGAUUCUGAAAUUUUAACUGAUGAUGAUCCUAAUGUAAUAAUGACAUUUGAGAAUAAUGUUGCAGUUCUGGCUAUCAAGACUGUAAGCAUAAACCAUAGUGGCAAAUACAUUUGCCAGGCAGAAAACGAUGCUGGCAAACAGCAGUGUGAAGCUACUGUGUCUGUUCAAGAACCAGCGAGAAUUGUGGAUAAAACAGAAUCCAUUAGUGUGACUGCAGGAGAACCAGUAAGUUUAGAGUGUACUCUGUCUGGAAGCCCAGAACUCAAAGUGAAGUGGUUCCGAGACGGGAAGGAAGUGACAGCCAGUCGGAAGUACAAGAUGACUUUUAAGGAUAACGUGGCCAUUUUGAAAAUUCUUACGGCAGAAAAAGGAGACAGCUGUGAAUACACCUUGGAAGUGGCAAAUCGUGUUGGAAAAGACCAGUGCACAUGUUCUGUCACUGUCCUGGAACCUCCCAUCUUUAUAAUGAAACCUGAUUCCCAGGAGGUAAUUCCAGGAUCCACUGUGGUCUUACAGAGUGCUUUUACUGGUACAUCCCCUUUUACCAUUAAGUGGUUUAAAGGGGAGAAAGAAAUGUUUACCGGAGGCUCAUGUUUCAUCAAGAAAGAGUCAACUUCAAGUUUCAUUGAACUCCAUUCAGUGAAACCCACUGAUUCAGACAAUUACACUUGCCUAGUGGCCAAUGACGCCGGGAAAGUGACUUGCACCGGCGUCUUAUUUGUGAAAGAACCACCAAAGUUUGUAAUGACACCUGAGAGUGCUAAACUGGUAACAUGUGGAAGUGCAGUGAUCCUCGAAUGCAGAGUAAUCGGUAGCCCUACCAUCAGUAUCAAGUGGUUCAAGAAUGAGGCUGAAAUUAGUUCUGAUGACAAAUAUCAAAUGGCCUUCAGUAACUCAGUAGCUACUCUGCAGAUUGCCAACUGCUCUGUUGAUAAUAGUGGGGAUUACGUUUGUGAAGCAUCAAGUGAAGCUGGUAGUGACCGAUGCAACAGUGUAAUUACAGUGAAAGAACCACCUACUUUUGUGAAGGCUAUUGAAUCAAAGGAAAUUGUAAAAGGAUCUGAUGUCAUAUUGGAAGGAAUAAUUUCAGGAUCAUCGCCAUUUGAGUUUACUUGGUAUAGAGAGAGUAAAAUUGUGAGAAAUGAUAAAACACAUAAGAUCAGCUUACAUAAUGAUACUGUUAGCCUGCAUAUUUUAAAAUGUGAAGUUGGAGAUGCUGGAAUAUAUCAGUGCAUUGUUACAAAUGAAGUGGGGAGGACUUCCUGUGAUUGUCAAGUGAGUCUGAAAGAACCUCCAUCUUUUAUUCAGAAGAUAGAGAACGUGAGUUCAGUUGUAGGCCAUGAAGUCACUAUGCAGUGUGUUGUGAAAGGGUCCUUACCAAUCACUGUUUCAUGGAUAAAAGAUGAUCGUGAGGUGAAAGAAGAUGAAAAUAUUAAAAUUUCGUUUGAGGAUCAAACUGGAAAGCUGCAUAUUACAAAUAUGCAGCUAAAACAUGAUGGAAAAUAUAUAUGUCUGGCAAAGAAUGAAGCUGGAAGUCAGAAAUGUUCUGCCUCAUUGGUUGUGAAAGAACCAGCUAAUAUUAUCGAAAAGGCCAAAUCAAUCAGUGUUACAGCUGGGGAUCCAGCCACACUGGAGUGCAGCUUUUCAGGAACUAAAACCCUUAAAGCCCGGUGGUUAAAGGAUGGGAGGGAGUUGAAAUCAGGGCAAAAAUACAAGGUUCACAGCACAGACAAACACUCUGCUUUAAAGAUUCUCUCUGCUGACAAGAGUGAUGGUGGAGAAUACACUUUUGAGAUCUCCAAUGAUGUUGGUAGCAGCACUUGUGAAGCUGUGAUUACAGUUUUGGAUCACAUAAUCAAACCAUCUUUUACAAGGAAGCUGAAAGCAGUAGACAGCAUUAAGGGGUCAUUCGCCCAUCUGGAAUGCCUUGUUUCUGGUUCCCUUCCAAUAAUUGUGUCCUGGUACAAAGAUAAUAGAGAAAUUGAGACUGAUGACAAGCACAAAUGCACAUUCUUUGAAAACACAGCAUUUUUGGAGAUCAGCCGUCUUGAUAGUUCUGAUACUGGCAGUUACACCUGCAUUGCCAAUAACCAAGCUGGGAGUGACCAGUGCUCUGGUGCAUUGCUUGUCAAAGAACCUCCAAGUAUUAUCAAAAAGCCCGAGUCAAUGGAUGUCUUGCCUGGAACAAAAGUACAGUUCAGUGUACUUUUUAGUGGCACUACCCCAUUGACCAUCAAGUGGUUUAAAGACAAUAAGGAAAUUUUAUCCAGCUCACAUUGUUCUGUUCAGAAGGAUAAUUGCUCAAGUUUACUGGAACUCUUUUUUGCAAAGACAUCAGACUCUGGGGACUACUUUUGUGAAAUCAGUAAUGAUAUUGGCUCUGAAGUUUGUAAAGCAUCACUCUUCGUAAAAGAGCCUCCAAAAUUUACCCGAAAGCCUGAGAGCACCGCUGUGAUUAAACUUGGAGAAACUAAGAAAUUUGACUGCCAAGUAGUUGGCACUCCUGAAAUAUAUAUCACCUGGUUUAGAGAUGGAAAUGAGAUUAGUCCCAAUGAGAAGUUUAAGAUGUCCUUUGAUAACUCCUUGGUUAUCCUGGAGAUAUUCAAUGCCGAUAUAAAAGACAGUGGAGUGUAUUUCUGUGAGGCACGUAAUGAAGCUGGCAGUGAGAGUUGCAGUAUGGAGUUGAAAGUGAAAGAGCCCCCGGCCUUUAUAAAGGAAUUAACACCUCUUGAAUUUGUAAUUGGCUAUGAUGUCUCUCUUACAUGCCAAGUGACAGGCACAUCUCCGUUUGAGGUGACUUGGAAAAAGGAUGCUAAGGAAAUAAUUUCUAACAAAAGACAUAUAGUUUCACAGUGUAAUGAUUUUGUGAUCUUGGAAAUAUUCAAAUGUGAAGCAUUAGAUGUUGGUGAAUAUCAGUGCACUGUGGCAAAUGAAGUUGGAAGGUGUUCCUGCACCACUGUGCUGUCUAUGAAAGAGCCACCAUCAUUUGUGAAGAAGAUUGAAAAUAUUGCCAUUGUCCUGGGAAAAAUAGCUGAAUUUCACUGUGUUGUGGCGGGAUCACCUCCACUGACUGUCCAGUGGCAAAAAGAUGAGGACUGGAUUAUAGAGGAUGCUAAUAUUGAAAGGAAGUUUGAGGGCAAUGUAGCCUCUCUAAGAAUUGCAGUCUCAGAGGCUAGUUAUAGUGGAAGGUACACCUGUCAGGUAUCAAAUGAGGCUGGACAAGAGAAGAGUUUUGCAACUCUAGUUGUGCAAGAACCACCGCAGAUUACAGAAAAACCAGAGACAGUUAAUGUGACGGCUGGCGAUCCAGUCAGUCUGGAUUGUAAAGUAUCUGGCACACCUGAACUGAAAGUCAAGUGGCUGAAAGACAACAAAGAGAUUACAUCCAGCAGAUAUCAAAAGCUCAGCUUUGUGAAUAAUGUCAGUUGUCUUAAGAUACAAUCUGCACGGAUUGAAGAUGGAGGCGAUUAUACAUUUGAAGUGACCAAUGAUUUUGGAGUUUCUAGUUGCAAAGUUACUUUGGUUGUACUAGAACAACUUAUUGCUCCAUCAUUCCUGAAGCCAUUAAGGGAAAUGCAAGAAGUUUUGGGAUCUUAUGUGAAAAUUCUUUGCCGAUUUUCUGGUUCACUUCCAAUAUCUGUGGAAUGGCAAAAAAAUGGUAUUAUCAUUACUGGUAAAACAAGAUACAAGCUUGCUCAAGAAGAAAACACUGUUUAUCUGGAGAUAGAUCAGCUAGAGAAGGCUGAUGGUGGAGAAUAUAUUUGUAAAUUAACAAACAAAGCAGGCUUCUGUGAAUGCCAAGGUUUGCUGAUGGUGAAAGAGCCACCAAGCUUCAUGUUGAAACCGGAGUCCCAAGCUGUGCUUCCUAAUUCUUCUGUGCGUUUUAAAAGUACUCUGAAAGGAACGCCACCAUUUAUAGUAAAGUGGUUCAAAGAAGAAACUGAAUUGAUAACUGGACCUUCGUGUUUUAUUGGACUGGAAGGCUUGUCCUGCUUUUUGGAUCUUUAUGCUGUUCAAGUCUCUCAAAGUGGAAUUUAUGUUUGUCAAGUUAGCAAUGAUGCUGAACCUCCCAAAUUUGUGCUGAAACUUCCACCAACAAAGUUUGUGAAGCAAGAUGAACCAGUGCUUCUUGAAUGCAAAGUAACUGGCUCUCCCUUACUUCGCAUAUUCUGGUACAAGAAUGAAAAUAUGGUUGCUGCAGGUGGAAACUGCAACAUGUCAUUUGUAGACUCAUUGGCAGUUCUUGAAAUUCCCACCACAAAACUUGAGGACAGUGGAGUCUACACAUGUGAAGUUCAGAAUGAUGCUGGGAGUAUCAGUUGUAGCACUGCACUGACUGUUAAAGAACCACCAUCUUUCCUCAAAGAACCCCAGCCUGUGGAUGGUGUGAAGGGCAGAAAUGUCAGUCUAGAAUGUGAACUUCUUGGCACAGCACCCUUUGAGAUAACAUGGUAUAAAGACAAAAAAACCCUUAAGGACAGUAGAAAGUACAAGUUUGUAAAUGAGGGUUGCUCUGUUACUCUUCAUAUUCUGAAUCUAGAGGCUUUUGAUGUUGGUGAAUAUCAGUGUAAAGCAUCAAACAAUGUUGGGAGCGCAACAUGUACUGGCACAGUUAAGCUUAGAGAACCACCCGCAUUUGUGAAGAAAUUGUCUAAUCUCUCAGUCAUUUGUGGUGAAGAAGCAAUGUUUGCUGCAUCUGUCAAAGGUUUCCAACCAAUGACUAUCUCUUGGGUGCAAGAUAAAGAUAAUGUUUUGAGAGAUGGUGAAAACCACAAGAUUUCCUUUGAGGACAACCAGAUUACUUUGAGAAUUUUUAAGACUGAUGUUUUGUCUUCUGGCAAAUACAUUUGCCAGGUUAAAAAUGAUGCUGGAUCAGUGGAGUCAAUCGCAAAAUUGACUGUUCUAGAACCAGCUUCAAUUAUGGAUAAACUAGAGUCAUUCAGUGUCACAGCGUGUGACACAGCUAUAUUGCAAUUUACAGUAGCUGGGACACCAGAACUGAAACCAAAAUGGUUUAGGGAUGGUGCAGAGUUAUCCUCUGGACAAAAAUACAAAAUUACCUUUUCAAAAAUGAUUUCCACUCUGAAGAUUCUGUCAGCAGAAACUAAAGAUACUGGAGAAUAUACAUUUGAAGUUUCAAAUGAAGUUGGUAGUGAUACCUGCAAAACAUAUCUUACUGUCCUAGAUAAAAUCUUACCGCCUACAUUUAUACGAAAAUUGAAUGAUACUCGAAUGAUACUUGGUAAACCUGGUCAGAUGGACUGUAAAGUCUCAGGAUCACAACCUUUAACCAUUUCUUGGUUUCAUGAUGGAAAAGAGAUAGUAAGUGGACCAAACCAUGAGGUUACAUUCUCUGACAACACCUGCCUGCUAAACCUACCCAGUCUUAAACUGCCAGAUUCUGGGAUGUACUUGUGUAGAGCUGUAAAUUCAGCUGGGGCCAGUGAGACCAGUGCCUCUUUAUUUGUCAGAGAACCUCCCUCAUUUAUUGAAAAACCACAAAAUAUGGAAGUGCUACCUGGCACAAACAUUACUUUUUCAGCCACUGUAAAAGGAAGUGCCCCACUAAAACUGAAAUGGUUCAGAGGUAGUGCAGAAAUUGUAUCUGGAAAAGGUUGUGCAAUUGCCUUACGGGGUGAUACAGCCACUCUUGAACUGUUUCAAAUAGCCAAGUCCCAUGCUGGAGAUUAUACAUGUCAGGUCAGCAAUGAUGCUGGAAUGGAUGAUUGCUCUGUUAAUCUUUUUGUAAAAGAACCUGCAUAUUUUGUGAAGAAAACGAAGGAUCUUGCAGUUGAAAUAGGAAAAAUGUUGCUGCUUGAGUGUGCAUAUGCUGGAAGCCCGGAAAUACAAGUAAAAUGGUUUAAGGAUGAUAACGAGAUCUUUUCCUCUUAUAAAUAUAACAUCACGACCACAGAGAGCUCCUGCAUAUUGGAGUGUCUCAACACUGACAAAGAUGACAGUGGGAGAUAUUCCUGUCAAGUUUUUAAUGAAGUGGGAAGUGAUUCAUGUCAUGCACAAGUCUCUAUAUUAGAACCCCCUUACUUUAUUGAAAAGUUGGAACCAAUGGAUGUGACUACAGGAGAUGCAGUUUGUUUGAAAUGUCAUAUUGGAGGCACACAUGAAAUAAAGGUUUCCUGGUUUAAGGCAGAUGGAAAACUGCGAUCCUCUGCUGCUUGUAAAAUAGAGUUUACUAGAGGCAUUGCCUCUUUGAAAUUAAGUAAAGCUGUACAAACUGAUGCUGAUGAAUAUACAUGUAAAGCAGAAAAUAGCAUUGGAUCAGCCUCCUCAAGCUGUCGUUUAACAGUCCAAGAUGUUAAAACACCACCUUCCUUUCCCAAGAAAAUAAUGAGUCUGCAGCAGACUGAAGGCCAGCCAGCUAGAUUUGAGUGCCGUAUUGCAGGGUCUUCUCCUUUGGAGGUUUCUUGGCUUAAAGAUGGUGAACCUUUGAAGGAAAAUGAUGAAUACUCAAUGUAUUUUGAUGAUAACACUGCUGUUCUAACAAUAUCCAGAGGUGAAAUUAAACAUUCUGGUGAAUAUACCUGUGUUGCUACCAAUAGUGUUGGAACAGCAUCUUGUAGAGCAAAGCUCACACUGCAAGAGCCAAGAUAUCCUCCAGUCUUUGAUAAAAAGCUGCAGCCUGUGGAAGUUUCUGUGGGAGACAGUGUGGACCUUGAAUGUCAUAUAACAGGAUCUUUACCGAUUAAAGUGACUUGGUCAAAGGAUCAAAAAGAUAUUCGUGCAGCAGGAAAUUAUAAAAUUUCAUGUGUGGAUAACACACCACAUCUGACAAUUUUGAAGGCAGAUAAAACAAUUUCUGGACAGUACUACUGUCAUGCUAGUAAUGAUAUUGGGAAGGAUACUUGUAGCACUCAUGUUUCAGUAAAAGAAUGCAAAAUUCCACCAUCAUUCAAAAGAACACCUUCAGAAAGUAUCGAGGACUCUGAGGGGAAUCUAGUGAAGCUGGAAGGGCGUGUUUCUGGGUCCCAGCCCAUAAGUAUUAGCUGGUACAAGGACGACAGUGAAAUCUACAGCUCUGACAGUUAUGAAAUUUCCUUCAAGAACAACAUAGCUCUGCUGAGUAUUAAGAGAGCUCAGCUUUCUGACCGUGGCACUUAUACUUGCCAAGCCUCCAAUGAAGCUGGCACAGCCUCCUAUCAGGUGUCUCUUGCUAUAACAGAACGUAAGAUGUCCCCUGUGUUUGAUCAGCCCCUCAAACCAUUAUCAGUUAACGAGGGUGAGAAGCUGCAUCUGAGCUGUCAUGUUCGGGGAUCUCUACCAAUGAAUAUUCAGUGGAUGAAGGACAGGAAAGAGAUAACAUCUUCUGCGAAGACUAGGAUUACUUUUGUUGAUGGCACAGCUACAUUGGAAAUAAGCUCUGCAUCUAAAACAGAUGCUGGUGACUAUCUGUGCAAGGCCACCAAUGAUGCUGGAAGUGAAUUCUGCAAGGCCAGAGUGGCAGUACAAGUGGCUCCAGCAGCUGUUGAUGGAGUCCCAGCAACUGCGGAGCAAGUCAAGAAAACUGACAACUUGUUCUUCAUUGAUGAACCAAAAAGCCUUAGCGUUACUGAAAAGGGCACCGCAACAUUCUUUGCCAAGGUUGGUGGAGACCCAAUUCCUACCAUUAAAUGGAUGAAAGGCAAGUGGAGGCAGAUCAGUCAUGGUGGUCGCAUCACUGUUGAACAAAAGGGACAGGAUGCCAAGCUGGAAAUCCAAGCAUUGACCAAAUCAGACUCUGGGCAGUACAGAUGUGUUGCAUCCAACAAGCAUGGAGAAAUUGAAUGCAGCACAGAAUUGAAAGUCGAAGAGAAGAAAGAAGCUGCACUGCUUGAAGGAGACUUAAGAGCUAAACUGAAGAAAACCCCAUCUAAGCAGAAGAGUCCCAAGGAGGACCAAGACAUUGACAUUGUUGAGCUACUGAGAAAUGUGAAUCCAAAAGAAUAUGAGAAAUAUGCACGCAUGUAUGGAAUUACGGACUUCCGUGGUCUCCUUCAGGCUAUUGAAUAUCUGAAAAAGGAGAAGGAAUAUGAAUCUGGAAAACUGGAAUUUGAACUCGGAGAAAGGGAAUCAGUCGAGGACUUUGCCAAGUUGGUAUCUGAUUUGCAAAGGAGAAUGGAACACACAGAGCCAAUCACUUUGCUGAAGGAUAUUGCAGAUCAAACAACACUCACAAAUAAGGAUGCAGUGUUUGAGUGUGAGAUCAAAAUCAAUUACCCUGAGAUAAGUUUGUCUUGGUAUAAAGGAACACAGAAGCUUGACAGCAAUGACAAAUAUGAAAUCAGUGCAAUUGGUGACUGUCAUCAACUGAAAAUCAAGAACUGUCAGGUUGGAGACCAGGGAAAUUAUCGUAUUGUGUGUGGCCCACACAUCUCAAGUGCCAAAUUAACAGUUAUGGAUGACAGAGUGGUGGAGCAUUCAAAACCUGCUGACCAGAUACAUUUUACGAAGCGUAUCCAGAACAUUGUGGUGAAUGAGCGUCAUUCUGCCACAUUUGAAUGUGAAGUCUCCUUUGACAAUGCAGUUGUUACGUGGUACAAAGAUACAUGGGAACUCAAAGAGAGUCCAAAGUAUAGCUUUCGAACUGAAGGUCGUCGGCACUUUAUGGUCAUCUGCAAUGUUACGUCAGAAGAUGAAGGCGUGUAUUCAGUGAUUGCACGCUUGGAACCAAAGGGUGAAGCUAAAAGCACAGCUGAACUUUACUUGUCCAGCAAAGAAUUUUAUAUAGGAAUGGUUCCUUGUGAUGUCCUUGAUCCGUCAAUACAAGUACCCGAUGUGCAAUCAGAUAUCUCCCCUGGUGAAACAAAAGAUGAGACUGUGUCCUACCGUUAUAAAGAGAAAAUCGAAAUGCAAGAGUUUGAAAGCUGGGCAGUUUAUGAAGAAAGAAUUAUUGAGGAAACAACAAAAGCAUCAAAGAUAGCCAUUACGGAAACAGUUCCAACGGUUGCAAUAGAAAUGAUUGAGGAAGUGCCAAGGAGAGUGCAUGCUUUGGAAGUGGAGUCUGAACCUGAGAUAACUGUCCCAGUUAUACUAACAGCACCAACAUCCACAAAAGAACAUGAAGAACUCAAGAAAUUUAUUCCUUGCCCUACACCAGCUCCUACUACUCAUCCUGAAGAUGGGCUCACACCUGCAGUCUCCGAGCCAAAACCCGCUGUGACCCCUAAAGGUCAAGCAAAAACUGUAGCUCCAGCUAAAACUGAACCAAAGCCUACACCAGCAACACAGGCUGUACCUGAACCAAAGCCUACACCAGCAACACAGGCUGUACCUGAACCAAAGGUGUAUGAGAGUGCCCAGCAAUUCUUUGAGGAAAAAGAGAUACUUAUUGUAGAAGAUGUAUCACCUGCUUCAAGAGAAGAAAUUAGUUUGAAGACAGAAGAAAUCCCUAGGCAGAAAGAAACCCUACAAGAAACUGAAGAAACUGUUCCAAAGAAAGUGCUCCCUUACAAGAAGGAAGAGUUUACAACAAAACAAGAAAGAGUCCCAAAAACUGAAGCUCUUCCUGACAAAGAACCAGACAAGAUCACUAUACCUGAAGUCACUCCUGUUUCAGUCAAAGAUAUUGCACCUCCUGAAGGUAAAAUUUAUGUAGACGAGGAAAAAAUGGAACUACUGUCCUUGAAGAAGAUAACCAGGAUAUCAAAGGGUGAGGAAGAGGAAAAAGAAGUUGUCACACUUAGAAAAGUCCCCCGAGCUCCAGCUGAUGAAAUUCCAAAGACCUCAAGUCAUGCCGAAAAAGUCAUAGCCUAUUCUGAAUCUCCAAGGGAAAUAACAUUUACAAAGAGUUUUGAAGUUAAAGAAGAAACUUCUAAAACUGAAGAAACCUCCAAAACUAUUGUAAAAAUCCACAGUAGAGAAGAAAGGGAAUUUAUUGAAGUGGUUCAGAUUAAGGAGCUUAAGGAAACUACCACAACAGAUGGUAUUGUGGAAUCAAAGUUACAUUUAAAUAAAGUUCCCACUGAUGAAAGAGAAAAAGAAGGGUUAGGGCUGAAGAAAUCUGUCAAAGUUGUAAAAGAGGAAACACCAGAAGAACCUAUGUUAACUAGGAAGAAAAUAUCAAGACUUCCAAAGACAGAUACAGAUAAAGAGACUGUGACCUUGAAACCAUUUGAGAAACCUGCUAAACCUGAAAUUGAGAAGGAGAAAGACAAAGAAGAGGAACCCUUGACUUUCAUUAGAACUGAGAGACUGCCAAAGGAUGAUGUAGUUAUGGAACCUAUUUCUUCUAAAAAGGUUGAAUCGGUGUUAGUCAAAGAAGGUGGAAGGGAGGAGGACAGGGAAUCUUUAGUCCUCAGGAGACCACAAAAGGAUGAAGCAGAUAAAGAACCUGUUGCUGCUCCUAAAAAAGCUGAAGCAGUGUUAGUCACGGAGAGAGAAAAAGCUUUCAAAGUUAUGACAAAGGAAGCACCAGAAGAAUCUAGUUCAACUAUGAAGAAAAUAUCAAGACUUCCAAAGACAGAUACAGAUAAAGAGACUGUGACCUUGAAACCAUUUGAGAAACCUGCUAAACCUGAAAUCGAGAAGGAGAAAGACAAAGAAGAGGAGCCUUUGACUUUCAAGAAAUUUGAGAAACCACCAAAGGAUGAUGUAGUCAAGGAACCUAUUGCUCCUAAAAAGGCUGAAGCAAUGUUAGUCAAAGAGAAGGAAAAAGAAAAGGAUAAGGACCCCUUAGCUUUUAAGAGGCUACAAAAGGAUGAAGCAGUUAAAGAACCAGAUGCUGCUCAGAGAGCAAAGGCUGUCAAAGUUGCAAAAGAGGAAACACCAGAAGAACCUAGUUCAAUUAUGAAGAAAGUGACAAGACUUCCAAAGAUGGAUACAGAUAAAGAGACUGUGACCUUGAAACCAUUUGAGAAACCUGCUAAACCUGAAAUAGAGAAGGAGAAAGACAAAGAAGAAGAGCCCUUGACUUUCAAGAAAUUUGAGAAACCACCAAAGGAUGAUGUAGUCAAGGAACCUAUUGCUCCUAAGAAGGCUGAAGCAGUGUUAGUCAAAGAGAAGGAAAAAGAAAAGGACAAGGACCCCUUAGCUGUUAAGAGACUGCAAAAGGAUGAAGCAGUUAAAGAACCAGAUGCUGCUCAGAGAGCAAAGGCUGUCAAAGUUGCAAAAGAGGAAACACCAGAAGAACCUAGUUCAACUAUGAAGAAAGUGACAAGACUUCCAAAGACGGAUACAGAUAAAGAGACUGUGACCUUGAAACCAUUUGAGAAACCUGCUAAACCUGAAAUAGAGAAGGAGAAAGACAAAGAAGAGGAGCCCUUGGCUUUCAAGACAAUUGAGAAACCACCAAAGGAUGAUGUAGUCAAGGAACCUAUUGAUCCUAAAAAGGCUGAAGCAGUGUUAGUCAAAGAGAAGGAAAAAGAAAAGGACAAGGAACCCUUAGCUGUUAAGAGACUACAAAAGGAUGAAGCUGUUAAAGAACCAGAUGCUACUCAGAGAGAAAAGGCUGUCAAAGUUGCAAAAGAGGAAACACCAGAAGAACCUAGUUCAACUAUGAAGAAAGUGACAAGACUUCCAAAGACAGAUACAGAUAAAGAGACCGUGACCUUGAAACCAUUUGAAAAACCUGCUAAACCUAAAAUGGACAAGGAAAAAGACAAAGAAGAGAAACCCUUGGCUUUCAAGAAAAUUGACAAACCACCAAAGGUGGAUGUAGUCAAGGAGUCUAUUGCUCCUGAAAAGGCUGAAGCAAUGUUAGUCAAAGCGAAGGAAAAAGAAGAGGACACGGAACCCUCAGCCCUCAAGAGGUCACAAGAGGAUGAAGCAAUUAAAGAACAUGUUGCUGCUCCUAAAAAGACUGAAACAGUGUCAGUCAAGGUGAAGGAACAAUCUGUAGAAGUUGCCAAAGAGAAAACACCUGAAGCAGCUAGUUUAAGACUUCCAAUAAAGGAUACAGAUAAAGAAGCCUUUCAUUUCAAGGGAACUGAGACACCACCAAAGGAUGAAGUUAAAGAACCUGGUGCUGGCUUUAGAAAGACUGAAAAAAUUCUGGAAGACAAGAAAGAACAAGAAAAACGUACCUUGGAACCACCUGAAAAACCACCUGAACUUGAUAAACUAUCGACCAAAUUGAAAACACCUUCAAUAGAUGAACAGGAAAGGGAAAAAGUAGAGCUGAAGCCAUUUUCAGAAGCACCUAAACCUGAAGUACUGAAGGCUGUUCCACUGAAAGCAGAUAAAAUUAGUGGAAAGGAUGUUCCUCUAAAAAUGACCACACACUUACCAAAGGAACCUGAUGAAGGAGAACAAGAAAUAUUACUCAAGCCUGUGGAGGUAUCAAAAGUAGGCUUGGAACUGAGAAAGAGUCCUUCACUGAAAGUUGAAAAACCAGUAACAGUAGAACUGACACCUGUAGAGCGAAAGUCCAGUGUAGAUACCCAUAAAACAUUACCCAAAAAAGUGUCUCCUAAGGACUCCAUUGAUUCAGUUACUCUAAAAACAAUCCCAAAGAAAACAUCACCACCAGAAGAAAAGACUCCUGAAGAUACUCGGCUAAAAUUUGGGAAAGGAAUGACGCUAGAAAGGAAAGAACUGUCUCCUCAAUUUGUGCAGCUCAGGAGUGUUCCUACCCAACAAGAGGAUGAAGUUUCCAAAGAAGAGCCUGACAAGCAGGUAGAAGAUGAGGGGAAAAUUUUAGGAUCAGAACUCAGUUCUCAUGAGAGUUAUAGUUCUUAUGGUUCAGAAGAUUGGGAAGUAACUUCCCAAGUAUCUGAAGAGGGUGCGCUUGAGACUCCAGGAAUGAAGGGUGACAGACGAGAUGGAAAACCAAAAGAAGAACCAGGAAAAGGUAGAGGCCUAUUAGCAAGACAAACACCAUCCCCUGGAGAUGCUGACAAAAGGAAAGGCAUGAAAACUGGUGCAGGGGGUGACAAACCACCAGGAGAUGCACCAUUUGGAUUCCAGCUUAAGGCUGUCCCUUUGAAAUUUGUAAACGGGUUGAAAGACAUAGUUCUACAAGAAGCUGAGUCGAUUGGCUCCUCCGCUGUAUUUGAGUGUCAGGUGUCUCCCUCCACUGCUAUUACUACAUGGAUGAAGGAUGGAAGCAACUUAAGAGAAAGCCCUAAACACAAGUUCACCUCAGAUGGCAAGGAUCGUAAGCUUGCCAUUAUUGAUGUCCAGUUGUCAGACACUGGUGAAUAUACUUGUGUUGCUAAGCUGGGAAACAAAGAAAAGACUUCCACAGCCAAGCUCAUUGUUGAAGAACUCCCUGUAAAAUUUACAAAGAAUUUGGAAGAGGAGAUGUCAGUUCUCAAAGGACAGUCAUUGUAUUUAACCUGUGAAUUGAACAAAGAAAGGAAUGUUGUCUGGAAAAGAAAUGGUAUACCUCUUCAACCAAUUCCAGGAAAGAUAGCAAUUAAUGUCAUAGGACUGCAACAUUCUAUUACAAUCCAGAACACAGAAAAUGAAGAUGUUGGUAUUUACUCAUGUGAGUAUGAAAAUCUCAAGACUCAAGGAGAUAUUAAAAUUAUUGAAAUAAUCAGAGAUUGGCUGAUGAAACCUUUGCGAGACCAGCAUGUAAAACCUAAGGCCACUGCGACCUUCAAAUGUGAGCUAUUCAAAGACACACCUAACUGGAAGUGGUUCAAAGACGAUGAUGAGAUUUCAAAAGAGCCAACAGAUAAAACCGAAGUGAAUAAGGAUGGAAGGAAUAUCUCUCUCAUGAUUAAGAAUGCAGCUCCCGAUGAUGUGGGAGAAUAUACUAUAGAGGUUGAAGGCCACAGAUACCCAGCUAAACUAACUCUUGGAGAGCGUGAAGCUGAGAUCCUAAAACCUAUCUCCAGUGUUGAGGUCUUUGAGAAGGAAAAUGCUACCUUUGAAACUGAAAUUUCUGAGGAAGAUGUUGCAGGAGAGUGGAAGCUUAAAGGGCAAAUUUUGACACGAUCACCUACAUGCGAUAUCAAAAUGGAAGGACAGAAAAGGAUUAUCACUUUAAAAACACUUGAAGUUGAUCAGUCUGGUGAAGUCUCGUUCCAAGCACUGAAUGCCAUCACAACUGCAGGGCUCACAGUGAAAGAAAUUGAACUGGACUUCAUUGUACCUCUGAAGGAUGUUUCUGUACCAGAAAAGAAACAGGCCCAGUUUGAGUGUACUAUCACAAGAGAUAUUGCCAAGGUCAUGUGGAUGAGGGGAUCAGAUAUCAUAACAUCAGGAAUAAAGUAUGACAUUAUUGAUGAUGGAAAGAAGCACAUGCUGGUCAUCAAUGACUGUGAAUUCGAUGAUGAGGAUGAAUACACUAUUGAAGUCUUGGACAAAAAGUCAACAGCCAAGCUAACAGUGGAAGGUGUGAGGCUCAAGUUCAUUACACCCUUAAAGGACCAAACAGUGACAGAGGGCAAAACAGCUCGGUUUGAGCUUGAGCUCAGUCAUGAGGAUGUACCAGUGACAUGGUACAAAAAUGAAAUCAAACUGCAUCCGAGCAGAACUGUGCUUACUCACGUUGAUGGAAAGAAGCACAUAUUAGAAAUCAAAGAGGUCACUCUAGAUGACACCUGCCAAAUCAAAGCAGAGGCUAAAGGAGUAUCCACAACGGCUAAUCUUUUGGUUAUAGAGGCUGAUCCAUACUUCACAGUUAAAUUACAAGAUUAUACUGCAGGAGAGCCGUACUUCAUCACCAAACUGCAGGACUAUACUGCAGUGGAGAAGGAUGAAGUGGUGCUAAUGUGUGAAGUGAGCAAGCCGGCUGCUGCAGUGAAAUGGUUCAAGGAUGGCAAGGAAGUCACUCCAUCCAAAAAUGUACUAAUCAAAUCUGAUGGCAGUAAGCGUGUGCUGAUUAUUAGGAAAGCACAGAAGGAUGACAUUGGGGAGUAUAUUUGUGACUGUGGCUCUGAAAAGACUACUGCACAACUUGACAUAGAAGAACGUGAAAUUAUGGUCAUACGUCCUUUGUCCAGCAUAGAGGUGACUGAAAUGGAGUCUGCACGCUUUGAGUUAGACAUCUCUGAGGAGGAUGUCCAUGGUUCCUGGAAGCUCAGAGGAGAGACUCUUCACCAGUCUGCUGAUUGUGAAAUGAAGGCAGUGAGCACCAGGCAUAUUCUGAUCCUCUACAAUGUGCUCAGGAACCAGGCUGGUACAGUAGACUUUCAAGCUGCCAAUGCUAAAUCCAGUGCUCACCUCAAAGUAAAAGCUCGGGUGAUUGGGCUUUUACGACCAAUCAAAGAUGUUACAGUGACUGCUGGAGAAACUGCUGCUUUUGACUGUGAAUUGUCCUAUGAAGGAAUUGAAGUUGAAUGGUUCCUUAGAAACAUUAAGCUGGAGUCAAGUGAGAGGGUUGUCAUUCGUAUGGAUGGGCGAGUUCAUACCCUGAUGCUCAGAGACACAGCACUGACAGAUGCUGGAGUGGUAGAAAUAAGGGCUAAAGACUUUGUCACUCAGGCUCAACUCAUUGUGAAUGAACCACCCGUUGAGUUUACUAAACCUCUGGAAGACCAAACUGUAGAGGAAGAGGCCACUGCCAUUUUGGAGUGUGAAGUCUCCAGGGAAAAAGCAGAGGUCAGAUGGUUCAGAGAAGGACAAGAAAUCCACAAAACUAAGAAGUAUGACAUUGUAACUGAUGGGCGAAAGAGAAAGCUCAUCAUUCAGGGCUGCACACUUGAUGAUUCCAAGACUUACACCUGUGAUGCAAAAGAUUUCAAAACAUCUGCCUUCCUUAAUGUUGAGCCUCCACAUGUUGAGUUCACUAAGCCACUCCAUGAUGUUGAGGUGAAAGAGAAGGAAGCAGCCAGGUUUGAAUGUGAAGUUUCUCGGGAAAAUGCAAAGGUGCGAUGGUUUAAAGAUGGCAGUGAAAUAAGAAAAGGCAAGAAGUAUGAGAUCAUUGCCAAGGGUGUCCAGCACAUUCUUAUUGUCAACAAAGCAGUCUUUGAUGAUGAGGCUGAGUAUGAAUGUGAUGCUAAGACCUCUAAAACUUCUGGAAUGCUUACUGUCAUUGAGGAAGAAGCAGCGUUUACAAAGAAUCUGUCUAAUAUAGAGGGCACUGAAACUGACAGCAUUAAGAUGGUCUGCGAGGUUUCAAAGCCCAGCGCAGACGUCACAUGGUACAAAGGUGAACAGGAGCUACCUGAGGGAGGCAGAUAUGAACAGAUCGUAGAUGGCAGAAAGAGGAUACUUAUCAUUCGAGACCUCUGCAUGGACGACACUGGAGAGUAUAACUGCCGCCUACCUAGCUCACGAACCUCAGCAACACUGAGGAUUAAUGAACUGGCUGCUGACUUUAUAUCAAGACCACAAAGCCAAGAAGUGGUUGAAGGUCAAAAGGCGGAGUUUGUCUGUUCAGUUUCCAAAGACACAUAUGAGGUUAAAUGGCUGAAGGGUGACAAGGAGCUUGAAGCUGGGGAAAAAUAUGACAUUGUUUGUGAUGGGAAGAGAAGGGCACUAAUCAUUAAGGACUGCCUGCUACAGGAUGAGGGACCAUACGUUGCCCUUAUUGGCACUACAAGGGCUACUGCAGAACUGUUUGUCAUUGAAAAGCUCCGGAUUAUAACACCUAUCAAAGAUACUGAAACAGAUGAAGGCCAGGAAAUAGUUUUUAAUUGUGAGGCAAAUACUGAAAGUGCCAAAGCAAAGUGGCUGAAAAACAAUGAAACAAUUUUUGACAGUGGAAGAUGUGUCAUGUCUCAGAAGGACAAUGUGUUUUCUCUGAGAAUCAGAGAUGCUCAGAAAUCUGAUGAAGCCAACUAUACAAUAACAUUAACAAAUCAGCGUGGUGAACAUGCUCAGAGCUCUGCCCAACUCACUGUACAAGAGGAGGAUCUAAGGAUCAUUGAGCCCCUUGAGGACUGUGAGACUCAAGAAAAGAGGACAGUUACCUUCUCUUGCAAAGUGAAUAAACCAAAUGUAACAGUACAGUGGAUGAAGGCAGGUGAAGAGAUCACCUUCAACAAACACAUCUCGUACAGAGUGGAUAAAGAUAAGCACAUGUUGACUAUCAAGGAGUGUAGCUUGGCUGAUGAAGCUGAAUACUCCGUUAUUGCUGGUUCUGACAAGUCCACAGCUGAGCUGAUUAUUAGCGAGGCACCGACUGACUUCCUAACAAAACUCGUGGACCAGACUGUCACCGAGUUUGAAGAUGCUGAAUUCUCCUGCAUGCUCACCAAAGACAAAGGAGAGGUCAAGUGGUACAAGAAUGGCCGCGAGAUCAAAGAAGGACCCAGAUAUUUCUUUGAGAAAGAAGGCGAGAUGUGCAAGCUACAUAUCAAAGAAUGUAGACCUGAUGACGAGUGUGAAUAUGCCUGUGGUGUUAAUGAGAAGCGUAUAAGGGCUAGACUUUUUGUUGAAGAAAUCCCAGUGGAGAUAAUCACCCCCCCUAAAGAUAUAUUUGAAGCUCCUGGUUCGGAUGUUAUUUUUGAGGUUGAGCUCAACAAAGACAGAGUUGAAGUAAAAUGGCUAAGGAACAAUAUGGUCAUUGUCCAGGGUGACAAGUACCAAAUGAUAAGUGAGGGCAAGGUUCACAGGCUCCAGGUCUGUGAGAUAAGACCGCGUGAUCAGGGUGAUUAUAGAGUCAUAGCUAAGGACAAGGAUGCCAGAGCCAAAUUGGAAUUAGCAGCCGUGCCAAAGGUGAAGACCACAGAUCAGAACCUUGUGAUUGAUGCUGGAAAGCCUUUUACCAUGAUAGUCCCCUAUGAUGCUUAUCCUCGUGCUGAAGCAGAAUGGUUUUACAAUGAGAUUUAUCUACCUGAAGAGAAUAUUGACACGUUUACUGACAGAACAGAAUACAAGUUAAAUGAACCAGAGAAGUCUGACCAGGGCAGAUACAAAAUUAUUAUUCGGAACAAACAUGGAAAGGCAGAGGCUUUCAUUAAUCUGGAGGUCAUUGAUGUUCCUGGACCUGUACAAAAUCUUGAUGUUGUGGACACCGCUGAUGGUGAGGUUAGUCUUGCCUGGGAUGAGCCAGAAUCUGAUGGUGGAAGCAAGAUCAUUGCCUACGUAGUCGAGAGACGCGAUAUUACGCGCAAAAGCUGGACUAUGGUCACUAACCGUGCAGAGGACCAAGAGUUCUGUGUGACGGGACUGAACAAGGACUCCAUGUACCUUUUCCGUGUCUGUGCACGUAACAGAGUAGGAAAUGGACCAAAUGUGGAAACUGAGAAUCCUGUGCAAGCUAAGAACAAGUUUGAUGUUCCUGAGGCACCACAGAAUGUCAAUGUUAGAAACGUGAAUAAGUUUGGUGCCACUCUCUCCUGGGAGCCUCCUCUGUAUGAUGGAGGAUCAGAAAUUACAGCAUACAUUAUUGAACUUCGCGAUAGAACAUCUGUUAGAUGGGAAGCAGCUUUGGUGACCAAGCCAGAAGACUGCACAGCUGUCAUCAAUGAUGUUGUAGAGAAUAAGGAAUAUAUCUUCCGAGUAAGAGCUGAAAACAAAGCUGGAAUUGGAAAGCCAAGCUUUGCUACUGACCCAGUGAAGAUCAUGGAUCCCAUUGAGAGACCAAGUCCCCCACUGAACUUCAGUUACACUGACCAGACAAGGGACUCCAUUCAACUGACAUGGGAGACACCUCUAAGUAAUGGAGGCAGCACAAUCACUGGCUAUAUUAUUGAAAAGUGUGAGGAUGGAACAGACAAGUGGUUCAGAUGCAAUGCCAGGCUUUGCCAGGACCUUAGUUAUAAGCUGACUGGCCUGAAACAAGGACACAAGUACCAUUACAGAGUGUCAGCUGAAAAUGCAGCAGGUGUUUCUGACCCAGCUGACCAGAUUGGACCUCUCGUGGCCGAUGAUCCACAUGUUGCCCCUACUAUGGAUCUAAGUGCUUUUAAGGAUGGUUUAGAGGUAAUCGUCCCUCAUCCUCUCAUUAUCCGCAUCCCAAUUACUGGAUACCCCUUGCCCACUCCUCACUGGAGUGUGGGAGACAAGGAGUUGGCUGCAGGAGACAGAGUGUCCAUGGUCACCAAAAGCACAUUUACGGAACUCAUCAUCACUCCCAGUGUCCGCCCAGAUAAGGGCAUCUACACUAUCCAUCUUGAAAAUGAUGCAGCCACUAUCUCUGGAGAGAUUGACGUGAAUGUCAUUGCAUCCCCAAGUGCACCCAGAGACUUCAAAGUUGCAGAAGUGACCAGGCGUCAUGUACAUUUGAUGUGGGAGGCACCAGAGCAUGAUGGGGGAAGUCCACUAACUGGCUACCAGGUUGAAAAACGUGAAGCAUCACGUAAAACAUGGGUGAAGGUUAUCAGUGGUAUACAGGACCAGGAAUACUCUAUCACAGAUGUUACUGAAGGCAAAGAGUAUCUGUUCAGAGUUACUGCCUGUAAUAAGUGUGGUCCAGGAGAGCCUGCAUACAUCGAAGAACCAGUUAAUGUCUCCUCCCCAGCUACUGUUCCUGACCCACCUGAGGACCUGAAAUGGAGAGAUAAGUCUGCUAAUGGAAUCUUCUUAUCCUGGGAGCCUCCUAAAUAUGAUGGUGGCUCUGUAAUUAAAGGCUACAUUGUUGAUAAGUGCCAGCGUGGCACUGACAAGUGGGAACCAUGUGGUGAUCCCAUACCUGAGCUAAAAUUCCAAGUUACUGGCCUCACUGAAGGACAAUGGUAUGCUUACCGUGUCAGAGCUCUGAACAGACUCGGUGCUAGUCAACCGUGCAGGGCAACAGAUGAAAUCUUGGCUGUUGAUCCAAAAGAGCCCCCUGAGAUCAUGCUAGAUGUAAAGCUGCUUGCUGGCUUGACUGCCAAGGCUGGAACUAAGAUUGAGCUACCUGCUGGUGUGCUUGGCAAACCAGAACCCAAAGUCACCUGGACCAAGGCUGAUGUUGUUCUGAAGCCAGAUGAUAGAGUUGCAAUUGACACUAAACCUGGCCAUUCUAUGGUGUCUAUUGCCAAAACAACAAGAGACGACACAGCUACCUACAUCAUUGAGGCAGUUAAUAGCAGUGGCCGUGCUACUGCAACUGUUGAUGUUAACAUACUUGAUAAACCAGGCCCUCCAGCUGCAUUUGAAAUCUCUGACAUCACCAAUGAAUCCUGCUUCCUCGCCUGGAAUCCUCCUCGAGAUGAUGGUGGCUCAAGAGUUACCAACUAUAUUGUGGAGAGAAGGGCUGCAGACAGUGAGACGUGGCACAGACUAUCUUCCACAGUGAAACAGACCACAUUCAAAGCCUGCAAUCUUACGUCUCAGAAGGAGUAUAUCUUCAGAGUGUUUGCUGAAAACCAGUACGGUAUUGGUCUCCCUGCAGAACAUGUUCCCGUUGUUGCUAAAUACUCCUUUGACCCACCCGGUGCCCCAAGUAAAUUGGUCCCCUCUGAUAUUGCUAAAGACUCUUUGACCCUGACAUGGUAUGAACCUGAUGAUGAUGGUGGCAGUCCUAUCACUGGAUAUUGGAUUGAAAGGUAUGAUCCAGAAAAUGACAAGUGGAUAAAGUGCAACAAGAUGCCAAUUCAGGAUACCUCUUACAGGGUUAAAGGACUACCCACAAAGAAGAAAUAUAUUUUUCGGGUCUUAGCUGAAAAUCUUGCAGGACUCGGAAAACCAAGCAAAGAGACCGACCAGAUUUUGGUCAAGAAUCCAAUUGAUGUUCCAUGGGCUCCUGGUAAACCUGUUAUCAAGGAUGUGGCUAAGACUUCAGCUCUACUGCAGUGGACCAAACCUGAGCACGACGGUGGGGCCAAAAUAGAUUCCUAUGUAAUUGAGUUACUUAAAAGUGGAACUGAAGACUGGGUGCGUGUGGCCGAAGAUGUCCCCAUGACUGAGCACUUUUUGAAGGGUCUGAUGGAGAAGGAAGAGUAUUCAUUUAGAGUUAGAGCUGUGAACUCUGCAGGAGAGAGUGAACCAAGUGAACCCAGUGACACUGUGACCUGCAAAGAGAGACUUUAUCCACCUUCACCUCCUCGCUGGCUUCAGGUAGUUAAUAUCACUAAGACAGAUGCUGAGUUGAAAUGGACGGUUCCAGAGAAGGAUGGUGGAUCUCCCAUUACAAAUUAUAUUGUUGAGAAGCGAGAUGUGAGACGAAAGGCCUGGCAGACGGUAGAUACCACUGUGAAGGAGACCAAGCACACCGUUACACCACUAAAUGAAGGGUCUCUUUAUGUGUUCCGUGUAGCAGCUGAGAAUGCGAUUGGGCAGAGUGAAUACUGUGAACUGGAAGACUCUGUUCUUGCCAAGGAUACUUUCACUACCCCAGGGCCACCUUAUGCAUUAAUUGUGCUGGAUGUAACUAAAAGACACGUUGACCUGAAGUGGGAAUCUCCAAAGAAUGAUGGCGGUCGACCCAUUACGAAAUAUGUCAUUGAGAAAAAAGAAAAACUCGGAACUCGUUGGGUAAAGGCUGGAAAGACUCAAGGGCCAGACUGCACAUACCAGGUGACAGAUGUUGAUGAAGGAAGCGAAGUGCAGUUCCAGGUUCGGGCUGAGAAUGAAGCUGGUGUUGGGCCACCAAGUGAACCUACAGAUGUACUUAGAAUUGAAGAUCCAAUAAGUUCACCAUCGCCCCCACUGGACUUGAAUAUUACUGAUGCUAGCAGACACCAUAUAUCCAUAAGCUGGAAGCCACCAGAAAAAAAUGGUGGCAGCCCCAUCCUUGGCUACCACAUUGAGCUGUGUGAAGCAGGCACUGAGAAGUGGAUGAGAGUCAGUUCACGGCCAGUGAAAGAGCUAAAAUUCACAGCCAUUGAAGGAAUAAUACCAGAGAAACAGUAUGUGAUGAGAGUCCGUGCAAUAAAUGCUAUUGGAAUCAGUGACCCCUCUGACGUCUCUCAGAGUAUCUAUGCCAAGGAUCCUGACUGUGCUCCUACCCUAGAUUUAAUCACUGAAGACAUUAUUGCAAUAGAAGGGGAUAAAUUACAGCUGCCAGUUCCAUACAGUGCUGUACCGUUACCCACGGUAUCCUGGAAAAAAGAUGGCACAGACCUCAAAGCUGAUGGCCGAGUUUCCCUACACUGUGAACGGUCUGCUGCUCGCUUGGAUAUUUCCAAAUGUGUCCGUGCUGAUGCUGGAGUGUACGCUAUCACUCUGGAAAACAGGCUUGGAACGAUAAGUGGAACAUUAAACGUUAAAGUCAUUGGUAUUCCUGGCCCUUGUAAAGAUAUUGUUGCUAGUGAAGUUACUAAUAAUUCCUGCAAAAUCACAUGGGAGCCUCCAGAGGAUGAUGGUGACAGUCCUAUUCUUCACUAUGUUCUUGAACGGAGGGAAGCUUCCAAGAAAACAUACAGGCCUGUCAUGUCAGGAGAAACUCUGAGCUGCAUUGUUAAAGACUUGCUUGUUAAUGCAGAAUACUACUUCCGUGUCCGGGCUGUGAACAAGGUUGGCAGUGGGGAGUAUAUUGAGAGCCGCAAUCCUGUAAUUAUUGAGGAUCAGAAGGAUCGUCCAGAUCCACCUACCAAAGUUGAGGCCCAUAAUGUUACUGCCCAUUCUGUAACCCUCACUUGGAAACCACCAAUAUCUGAUGGUGGUAGCCCCAUUAAAGGUUAUAUUCUGGAGAAAAUCACAAAAGAUGGUACUCGAUUUGAAAGAUGCAAUGAAAUCCUGGUGCCUGGGUUUUCAUACACUUUUGAAGGCUUGAAAGAGGGAGAAGAAUACCAGUUUCGUGUUCGUGCUGAGAAUGCUUUUGGAAUUAGUGAUCCUUCUUCUACCACACCGCUAGUGAAAGCUGCAGACCCUGUUGAACUCCCCAAGGUUUCUCUCAUUGGAAGCCUCAGCUUCAAAAAAGGUGAAGAGAUUACUAUAGAUGCCUAUAUCUCUGGAUCUCCAUACCCAACUGUGACUUGGUUCAGAAAUGAUGAAGUCAUUAAGCUGGAGACAAUAAAGAAACCAGUGAAACCAACUAUGAAAAAGAAGAGUAAGGCUGCUUAUUCUGAGCCCGAGGAGCCAUACCACCCACCCCUUAAUGAACGGGUUUCUUUUGAUCCCAGCAAAAAGGGUGUGGCCAUUGUGAUGAUCCGUGAUUGUGUUAGAAGUGACCAUGGAGUGUACAUGGCUAACGUCGAGAAUGUUCAUGGUAGUGCAACAGCAUCAUGUGACAUUAUUGUCCUUGAUGUACCAGGACCUCCAGUUAACUUUACUUUUGAAGAAAUCAGGAACACUUCUCUCAUUUGUAAAUGGGACCCACCUAAAGAUGACGGUGGUAGUGAAGUUCUGAACUACAUUUUGGAGAAGAAAGACAACACCAAAGACGACGGUGGAUGGAUUACUGUGACUUCAACUUGCAAAGGAUGUAAAUAUCCUGUAACAAAAUUGAUUGAAGGCAAGGAGUACCUCUUCCGGAUUUCAGCAGAAAACAAGUUUGGUCCUGGACCUGCAUGUUACUCAUCACCAGUUAUAGCUAAGAAUCAAUUUGAUCCCCCUGAUGCACCCAAUAUGCCACGAGUGGGAGAAGUUACUGAAAACAGCAUGCUUGUAAGCUGGAAUGAGCCAAAAGACAACGGCAGUCCUGUUUUGGGGUACUGGAUUGAGAAGCGAGAAAUCAAUAGCAAAUAUUGGACCAGAGUAAAUAACAACCUGCUUAAUUCAUUGAAAGUCAGGGUUACUGGUCUACUGGAUGGCAUGACCUACAUCUUUAGAGUUUGUGCUGAAAACUUAGCUGGACCUGGAAAUUUCAGCGUGCCAUCUGAACCAAAAGUCGCACAAGAUCCUAUUCUGCCGCCUGGCCCACCUGUUCCAAGGAUUGUUGAUACUACCUCAUCUUCCAUUGAACUGACUUGGAAGCCCCCUUUGUACAAUGGUGGUGGAGACAUUCUUGGGUAUCAUGUUGAGAAAGUUCUUGCAGGAGAAAAAAAUUGGUCCCGCUGCACUGAGAGACUAUGCAAAGACUGCAAGCUUACCAUUUCUGGACUGACAGAGGGAGCUGAUUAUAUUAUCCGCGUGUUUGCUGUGAAUCAGGCAGGUGAAGGAGCACCUGGCAUGACUCAACCUGUUAUGGUGAAAGAACCACAAGAGACUCCAUUCGUGGAACUUGACAUAUCUGUGAAAAAUGGUGUUACUAUUCGAGCUGGGGAGACACUGAAGUUACCUGCCUAUGUAAAUGGUAGACCUCAGCCAGAAGUGAAGUGGACAAAGGAUGAAAGUGAUCCUGUCAAAGAACAUGUUAUGAUCGAAACUAUUGGAAAAAACAGCACUUUAAGUAUAAAGAAUGCUUUGAGGUCUGACCAUGGCAUAUACCAGAUUACUGGCUCAAACAGCAGUGGAACCAAAUCUGCAUUUACUAGAGUUGAAGUCUUGGAUGUUCCUGGUCCUGUCAUUGACUUGAAGACCAAUGUAGUCACAAAAAAGGUGAUAGCACUAAGCUGGUCAGAACCUGCAGAUAAUGGUGGAAGUGAUAUCACGAGCUACACUGUUGAAAGGAGAGAUGCAAAGAUGCACACAUGGAGACAGCCAAUUGAGACACCUAUGUGUAAAUGUGAAAUUAGAGGGCCGUUUGAUGGAGGGGAAUAUAUGUUCCGUGUUGUAGCGAAAAACAAGUUUGGUUGUGGUGAACCAGUUGAUCUGGGCCCUAUUCUUGCAAUAGAUCCAAAAGGUACCCCAACUGCACCAGAGAGAUUUCGUUUUACGGAAAGAACCAAAUCAUCAAUAACUCUGUCUUGGAAACCACCUCAAAGUGAUGGUGGCAGUCCAAUUCGAGGAUAUUAUGUAGAAAAGAAGAGAAAAGAUGGAACUGAGUUUGAGAUUGCCAAUCGUCAGAUAUGUAAGGAUCUAUUUUUAACACUGGAGAACCUCUCCGAACGUCAUAUGUAUGACUUCCGUGUCAAAGCAGUAAAUGAUAUUGGAGAUGGAGAGCCUUCACUUACAUUAAGUGCUGUUAUUCAAGAUGAUGAAGUUAAGCCAACUGUGACAUUGUUGAAGUACUUCAAGAGUGGUACAAUCACUGCUAAGAAAGGAGAAGCCAUUGAAAUUCCUGCAGAAGUGAUAGGAAUCCCAAUGCCCAAGAGUGAAUGGUCAAGGGAUGGAAAUAUUAUUGAGGAACAAACAGAAAAAUUUUUGAUUAAUACUGAGGUGCUGAGUUAUUCAAAAGCACACACAACGCUAAGCAUUCCUGAAACUGAUCGGAAAGAUAGUGGCCUUUACACACUGACUGCUUCAAAUCACCUUGGAUCUGCAUAUGAGAACAUCAAGGUAGAGAUAUUUGACCGUCCAAUGCCACCACAGAACAUUGUAGUCUCUGAUAUCACAAAUCAAGGAUGUUAUCUUACUUGGGAUGCUCCAGAAGAUAAUGGAGGUAGUGAACUCACAAAUUAUAUUAUUGAGAAAAGGGAUGCCAGCAAGAAAAAAUCAGAUUGGGAGGAGAUAACUGACAGUGUCAUUGAAAGGCGUUAUAGGGUAUCAAAACUUGAAACCGAUAGGACUUACCAGUUCAGGAUCAAAGCUGAGAAUAAAUAUGGAGUUAGUGAUGGAUGUGAAUCAGAGAAAGUCAUUGUCAAGGAUCUGUAUGGCCUCCCUGGUCCACCACAAAACCCAAAGAUCGCUGGGUGCACUAGGACUUCCAUGUUGGUAACAUGGGAACCACCUAAGGAUAAUGGCGGAUCCACAAUCACGGGUUACUGGCUUGAGAAGAGAGAAAAAGGAGCUGUUUACUGGAAUCGUGUGAAUCGGGCCCCAAUCACAAAACCAGCAAUUAAAGGCCUAGAAUUUAAUGUACACCACCUGAAUGAGGGUACUGAAUACCAGUUCCGUGUGAUGGCAUGCAAUGCUGCUGGUGUUGGACCUCCUAGUGAACCGACUGAGAGUGCAUUUGCAACUGACCCCAAGAAUCCUCCUGGAAUGCCAUCAAGCCCAGAAGUUGCACAUAAAACCGAUGAUAGUGUCACACUUACUUGGAAUCCACCAGAUAAGGACGGCGGAAGCCCCAUCAAAGGCUACAUUAUUGAAGUUCAAGAUGAAGAUUCAUUACAAUGGAGAAGAGUCAAUGAAUCAGACAAACCACAUCCUGAUAAUAAAUUUACUGUACCUGAUCUUCAAAAAAUGAAAAAAUACAAAUUUAGAAUUAUUGCAGUCAAUUCUGGAGGAGAGUCUGAACCAAGCCCAGGAACUUCUCACAUUCUUGUUAAAGAGAUAUUGGAGGAACCAAGAAUCACUUUGGAUAUCAAUGCCAAGGAGUUACUCUCCUGUCGGGCUGGUUCCACAAUAAAAAUCCCUGCAAUUAUCACAGGAUGUCCUACUCCAAAUGUUACAUGGCAGUAUGAUGGCAAAGCAAUAUCUGAAAAGAAGGAGGGUCUUCAUUUUCUUCCAGUAGAGUCACAGAUUAGAUCAAUUGACACUACAUCAACCGUCACAAUUCCUGACAGUACAUUAUGCCAUUCUGGAACUUAUAUCAUAUCAGCUGAAAAUAAAGCUGGACAGAAGGCUGUGAAAGUCAGAGUCAAUGUACUCGAUUUACCAGGACCUCCAAAGGAUCUCAAAGUUUCUGAUAUCACAAGAGGCAGCUGUAGACUUACAUGGAAGCCUCCUGAUAAUGAGGGGGGCGAAAGAAUCAAGAGUUACUAUAUUGAGAAGAAAACUGUUGAAGGAAAGGCUUGGACGAAGGUUAAUCCUGCAUGUGGAAGCCAGUCAUUUGUUGUGUGUGACCUUAUUGAGGGACAAGAGUACCUGUUUCGUGUCAGGGCACAAAAUAGCCUUGGCUUGGGACCACACACUGAAACUAUUCAGCGGACAAAGGCGAGGGAUCCCAUACACCCUCCAGAUCCUCCCAUAAAGGUCAAAAUUAAUCAAGUUACCAAGGACACGGUGACCCUUACAUGGAAGCCACCCAUCAAUGAUGGUGGAGCUCCUGUGACACAUUACAUUGUUGAGCGUCUUUGCUGGGACACCAGUAUAACACAAAAGGAGUCCUGGAGGCAAUGCAAUCGACGUGAUGUUGAAGAGACCACUUUUAAGAUUGAGGAUCUUAAUGAAGGCGGAGAAUAUGAAUUUCGUGUCAAAGCUGUGAAUGAGGCUGGAGCAAGCAGGCCUUCCUCAACUGCUGGGCCAGUCACUGUUAAAGACCAGAAAUGUGCACCUAGUAUUGAACUUGACACAUUCAUGGAAGUUGAACAAGGAACUGACAUCAAAAUUGUUGCAAAAAUCAAGGGUUGCCCAUUCCCUACCCUAACAUGGCAAAAGGCUCCACCCUACAGAAAGGAUGAGAAGACUGAUGUAGAGUAUGAUGAGCACAUCAAUAAGCUUGUGACUGAUAACACCUGCGCACUUCUGAUUAAGCAAGGAAAAAGAGCAGACACUGGUAUUUACACAAUCACAGCUAGCAACAGUCUGGGUAAAGCCUCAAAGGAAAUAAGGCUCAAUGUAUUAGGAUGCCCAGGACCACCUUGUCCACCCAUCAAGUUUGAAGAAGUCUCCUCAGGGAAGAUUACACUGUCUUGGCUUCCUCCUAAAGAUGAUGGAGGGUCAAAGAUUACUAAUUAUGUCAUAGAGAAACGUGUGGCUAACAGGAAGACAUGGAUACAUGUAACCAAUGAACCCAAAGAGCGGGUUUACACAGUGGAGAAUUUGAUCGCAGGCCAUGAAUACGUGUUCCGUAUCAUGGCUCAAAACAAAUAUGGUAUUGGUGAUCCUCUUGACAGUGAACCAGAGAAAGCCAGAAAUCUUUGCACUGUUCCUGGUCAAUGUGAAAAACCAACCAUUUCAAGUGUAACCCAUAACUCCAUGACAGUUAACUGGGAAGAGCCGGAAUAUGAUGGUGGAACACCAGUGAUUGGUUAUUGGCUAGAACGAAAAGAGACGACAUCCAAACGGUGGAACAGAGUAACCCGUGACCCGAUCAAAGUUAUGCCUUUUGGUGUAUCACAUAAUGUAAGUGGUCUCAUUGAAGGGUCUCAGUACCAGUUCCGUGUCACUGCCAUUAAUGCAGUAGGAUGUGGCCCUCCAAGCUUGCCAUCAGAUCCUAUUACUGCCACAGACCCAGCAGCUCCGCCAGAUCCUCCUAUACCUAAAGUUACUGACUGGACAAAAUCAACCGUUGAUCUGGAAUGGGUUCCACCAUUAAAAGAUGGUGGCUCAAAGAUUAUUGGCUACAUUGUUGAGUACAAAGAGGAAGGUCAAGAAGAAUGGGGCAAAGCUAAAGAUAAGGAAGUAAGAGGAACCCGACUUGUGGUUGAUGGACUAAAAGAACUGGGACAUUACAGAUUUAGAGUAAGAGCCAUAAAUACUGCAGGUGUUAGUCAACCGGGUGAAGUGCCAGAGGUGAUUGAACUGAAAGACAGAAUAAUUGCUCCUGAGGUGAACCUGGAUGCCACAAUGAAAGAGAGGCUGGUUGUUCAUGCUGGUGGUGUGAUUCGUAUCCUGGCCUUUGUUUCUGGAAAGCCAGCACCACAGAUUACAUGGAAUAGAGAUGACGGUGCAUUACCAGAGGAAGCUGCGAUUGAGACGACUGCAAUCAGUUCGUCUUUAGUAAUCAAGAAAUGCACACGGAAACACAAAGGCAUUUAUACACUCACUGCUAAGAAUGACGGAGGUGAAAAAAAGAAGAGCAUUGUGGUGGAUGUGUUGGAUAUUCCUGGUCCAGUUGGCGUGCCAAUCACUGCAGAGAAUCUCACUAGUGACUCAUGCAAGUUAAACUGGUUCUAUCCUGAAGAUGAUGGUGGUUCAGCUGUUACUAAUUUCAUAAUUCAAAAACGUGAAGCUGAACGUAAGGCCUGGACCCCAGUGUCUUGCACUAUCACUAGACAUGCUGCUGUUGUUCGUGGUCUUGUUGAUGGAAAGGCUUAUUUCUUCAGAAUUGCGGCUGAAAACAUGAUUGGAAUAGGUCCAUUUACUGAAACCACUUCAGAAAUAACCAUCAAGGAUCGUUUUAGUGUACCGGACCGGCCUGAAGAUCUGGAAGUCACAGCAGUCACAAAGGACUCUAUUACUUUGACUUGGAAACCACCUAAGAAUGAUGGGGGGUCUGAAAUUACCAUGUAUGUAGUAGAAGCCCGACCAAUUGGCAAAGAAAAGUUUGUCCGACUCACAAAAGAGAAGCUGCUUGGGAGGAAAUUCACCUUUGAUGGUCUUAAGGCGGGUGACACCUAUGAAUUCCGCAUUAGUGCAGUAAAUGAAAUUGGUCAAGGAAAACCUUCCUUUAACACCAAACCAAUUACUUGCAAGGAUGAGCUAGAACCACCGACAAUUGAGCUUGAUUUCCGUGACAAGGUCAUUAUACGUGUUGGCGAAUCUUUUGCACUACAAGGUCGCUACACUGGAAAGCCAGCACCGUCUAUUAUAUGGUUCAAGGAUGAUAAAGAAUUACAGGCCGAUAACCAUAUCAAACUGAAGAACACUCUAACCACAAUGUGCUUAGGCAUAAUAAAGGCUAAGCGUGAACAUAGUGGCAGAUAUUGUGUUCUUGUAGAGAAUUGUACAGGUUCACGGAAGGGCAUUUGCAAUGUAACUGUUGUUGAUCGUCCACUGCCACCACAGGGACCAGUAUUGUUCAAAGAAGUUCACAGAGAUUUCAUGGUUAUUUCCUGGAAGCCCCCUCUUGAUGACGGUGGUUCUGAGAUUUCUAACUAUAUUAUUGAGAAGAGAGACACAAAGAGGGAUCUUUGGGCAACUGUGACAUCUGCCUCCACAAAGACAACAUGCAAAGUACCCAAGUUAACUGAAGGAAGGGAGUAUAUCAUGAGAAUCUGUGCUGAGAAUAUGUAUGGAAUAAGCGAUCCACUGGAAUCUGAAGAGAUGCGAGCCAAAGAUCUCUUCAGAGUGCCUGAGGCACCCGAGCAACCUGUUGUUAAAGAGGUGUACAAAGACACAGCUCUUGUUAACUGGAGUAGACCUCGUGAUGGUGGAAAACCAAUCACUAACUACAUCUUAGAGAAAAAGGAGACAACAUCAAAGAGAUGGUCACGUGCUACAAGAGAACCCAUAUACCCAGACACACAGUUCAGAGUUCAAGAUCUUACUGAAGGCUGUGAAUAUGAAUUCCGUGUCAUGGCAGAAAAUGAAAUAGGUGUUGGAGAUCCUAGUCCACCAUCAAAUCCUGUUGUAGCUAAAGAUCCAAUUGUACCACCAAGCCCACCUGUGCUCCCAGAAGCUGUGGACAAGACUAAAGAAACUGUAAGUUUAACCUGGCAGCCACCUCGUCAUGACGGAAAAGGAAAAAUUCUUGGCUAUCUAGUAGAAUAUCAGAAGAUUGGUGUGGAAGAAUGGAAAAAAGCAAAUGAGACUGCUGAAUCAUGCCCAGAAACCAAGUUUACAGUACAGAACCUUGAAGAUGGAGAAAUGUACAGGUUCAAGAUUAUGGCAGUAAACGCUGCCGGUAAAUCUGAUCCUGCAUAUGUUAAGGAUCCUGUGAAAGUACACGACAGACUUGAGCCCCCAGAGCUUCUACUUGAUGCGAACAUGGCUCGUGAGCAUCUUGCCAUGGUAGGGACUGAUAUCAUUCUCAGUGCAGGAAUUAAGGGUGUGCCAUUCCCCAAAGUCACAUGGAAGAAGAAUAAUGAAGAGGUUCCACCUAGAGCUAAUGUGGAGGUUACUGGUGUAGGAAGUAAACUACAAAUCCAUAACUGUCUUCGCUCUGAUUGUGGUGAUUACACAAUUUCUGUGGAAAAUUCUGCAGGUUCUAAAGCAGCUACAUGCACAGUUCUUGUUUUAGACAAGCCUAGUCCACCUCGGAAUCUGUCCGUUUCUGAGAUUACAAGAGAAUCAGCCUACCUUUCCUGGAAUGAGCCAGAGGAUGAUGGAGGUGCUGUUAUUUCUAACUAUGUGAUAGAAAAAAGAGAUGUGGCUUCAGAUAAUUGGGUACCUGUUUCUUCUUCAUGCAAGAAGCCUAGCUUAAAGGCUUUGUACUUAAUGGAAGGAAACCAAUAUAUGUUCCGUGUUGCUGCUGAAAAUCAGUUUGGCAGAAGUGAAUACAUUUCAACUACCAAACCCAUAAAGGCUAUUGAUCCCCUCUACCCACCUGGUCCACCCAAGAAUUUGCAUCAUGUGGAUGCAGAUAAAACUGAAGUCUGGCUUCAGUGGAAUUUGCCAGAUCGCACAGGAGGUAGUGAUAUUACUGGAUACCUAGUAGAAUACCAAGAAGAAGAGGAAAAAGACUGGAUUACUUUUAAAACUGUCAAAAAGACUGAAUGUCAUGUGACGGGACUUGAAGAGGGAAAGACCUAUCGAUUCCGUGUGAAAGCAGAGAAUGCUAUCGGUCUGAGUCGUCCUGAUACAACAGUACCUAUUCUGUGCCAGGAAAAACUUGUGGCACCAACAAUAGAAGUUGAUGUGAAGCUAAUUGAAGGAAUUGUUGUGAAAGCUGGAAGCACAAUCAAGCUUCCUGCAAUUAUGAAAGGCAUUCCUGUUCCAAAUCCUAAAUGGGUUACGGAUGGCAAGGAAAUCAAAAGUGAAGGCAAUGUGCUGAUUAAAACUGAUCACUAUUCAACUACUGUCACCAUUAAGGACUGUAAACGACAAGACACUGGAGAGUAUCUUCUCACAGUUUCCAACCCAGCUGGAAGCAAGACAGUUGCUUUGCAUGUUACAGUUAUUGAUGUCCCAGGUGCACCUACUGGCCCAGUUAACAUGCUUGAGGUUACUCCUGAUUUCAUGGUCAUCAACUGGCGUCCUCCCAAGGAUGAUGGUGGAACUCCUUUGAUGAAUUAUAUUGUUGAGAAGAAGGAUACCAAGAAGCCAUGGGAGCCAUGGGCAGUAGUAAGCUCUGGAAGCAUUAAUACAAAAGCUAAGGUUUCCUAUCUGGAGAAAGGCCGCGAAUAUGUAAUACGUAUUCGUGCAGAGAACAAAGUUGGUAUAGGUGCUGCCCUUGAAAGUUCACCUACUAUUGCCAAGCGUAUGUUUGACCCACCUAGUGCACCAGGCCAACCAGUUGCUCAAGAUAUCACAGAAACUGCUGUGACUAUUCAGUGGGAAGCCCCUUUAUCCGAUGGUGGCAGUCCAAUCAUUGGUUACAUUAUCGAACGUAGAGAAAUGACAGGUAAAUGGAUUCGUCUGAACAAAACUCCUGUCUUAGAUACCAGAUACAGAGCAUCUGGACUUUUUGAGGGCAAUACCUAUGAGUUUAGAGUAUUUGCGGAAAACAUUGCUGGCAUAAGUGAACCUUCCCCAGUGUCAGAUCCAGUUAAAACUACACGUCCCAUCACUUGCCCCGGUCCCCCAGUGAAUGUCAAACUUAAGGACUGGAGCAAAUCUUAUGCGGAUUUAGUCUGGACUAAGCCUUCAAGAGAUGGGGGCAGUCCUAUAUUAGGUUAUAUUGUUGAAUGCCAGAAAUCAAGCAGUAAACAGUGGGAUAGAAUUAAUAAGGACGAACUUAUUAAACCGUGUGCAUAUAGAGUGCCAGGAUUGAUUGAAGGCAUGGAAUACAAGAUUCGUGUAAGAGCCUGUAAUAAGAUUGGAGAAGGAGAACCUAAAGAACUUAGUGAAACAGUUAUUGCAAAAGACAUCCUUAUUCCUCCAGAGGUAAUUGUUGACGUUGCUUGUCGUGAUCUACUGACAGUCAGAGCAGGGCAGAACAUUAACUUAGUUGCUCGUGUUAAAGGAAGACCUGAUCCAGAAAUUACCUGGACUAAGGAUGCAAAAGUCUUAGUCCAAGACAAGCGGACUGAGAUGAACAACAAUUACCCACUUGUUGAUAUGAUCAUAAAAGAAGCAACUAGAGAAGAUUAUGGGAAAUAUGUCAUUCAAGCAAAAAACAUUAGUGGUCAAGCACAAGCUAGUAUUGUAGUUAAUGUUCUUGAUAAACCUGGGCAAUGUCAAAAUCUGAAGAUAAGUUACGUAACUAAGGAUUCGUGUAUGGUAUCAUGGGAGAAUCCAGAAGAUAAUGGAGGCACAGAAAUUACAAAUUACAUUAUUGAGUGUCGACAACCAAAUCAAAGGGGUUGGACAGUAGUGUCCUCGGAUUGCACAAAACGUCUUGUUAAAGCACUGCUCAUGGAAAACUGUGAGUAUUUUUUCCGUGUCAGUGCAGAAAAUAAAUGUGGUCAAGGGCCACCAAUUGAAACUAAAAUGGCAAUUCUGGCUGUUGAUCCAAUUGAAAAGCCUGGUGAGCCUGAAAACUUUCAUCCUGCUGAAAUUGGCAAGACAUUUGUUUUCCUUAAAUGGAAAAAACCAGAGUACACUGGUGGAAGCCACAAUCUUGUUUACCAUGUUGAAAGGAAGCUAAAAGGAGCUGAAGAAUGGGAAAGACUACACAAAGGUGCAAUCAAGGAAACAUUCUUUAUGGUAGAUAGGUGCAUUGAAAACCAAAUAUAUCAAUUCAGAGUACAAACUAAGAAUGAAGGAGGAGUGAGUAAUUGGGUAACAACUGCUGAAACACCUGCUAAAGAAGAACUACUUGAACCAGAACUUGGCAUUAAAUUAGAUGGUGUCCUCACCGUUAAAGCUGGAAAUCCUAUUAAAAUUGAAGCAAGUCUUAAAGGAAAGCCCCAACCUGUGGUUAAAUGGCUCAAGGAAAGUGAUACUGGUGAUAUUAACAAAAGCCCAAGAUGUCAUACUGAAACUGGUUCAGAUUUCUCAAAGUUACUGAUGACAUCAUCUAGGCGUACUGACAGUGGAAAAUAUGUAGGCACUGCCACAAACUGUUCAGGAAGCUGUUCUGCUCACAUUAUUGUGAAUGUGCUUGAUAAACCUGGUCCUGUCCGAGACCUGAAGAUAUCUGAUAUUUCAGUGGACCGAUGUAAAUUAAUAUGGGAUCCUCCAGAGGAUGAUGGAGGUUGUGAGAUUCAGAACUACAUUCUGGAAAAAUGUGAGACGAGGAGAAUGGUUUGGUCAGUUCACUCUGCAGCUGUGAUAAGUAAUUCAGCUAAUGUGACUCGUCUUGUGGAAGGACAGGAGUAUAUCUUCAGAAUACGAGCAGAGAAUAAGAUGGGAACAGGUCCUGCAGUGGAGAGCCAAGCAGUCAUUGCCAGAACACAGUUCAAUAGACCUGGUCCACCAGAUCCACCUGAAGUCACCAAAAUUGGAAAGGAAGAAAUGACAGUUUCAUGGCGUCCUCCAGGAAAAGAUGGUGGAAAGCCUGUCACAGGUUAUAUUCUGGAAAGAAAGGAACUACAUUCCAUUAAGUGGGUUCCAGUUACAAAAGAUCCUAUCCCACAGACAUGCAUGAAUGUUACCAACUUGAUCCCUAACCAUGAAUAUCAGUUUCGUGUCAAAGCACAAAAUGAAGUUGGAUUGGGAGAUCCCAGUAAACCCUCAAUAUCAGUAACUGCUAGAGAUCCAGUUGGACCUCCUGGCCCUCCUGAAGAUUUGAAGGUUGCUGACAGCACACAGACAUCCAUCACACUCUGCUGGCAAAGGCCAGUUUGUGAUGGUGGUGCUCCAAUCAUUGGAUAUGUAGUUGAGUUUAGAAUUAAGGGUGCAAGUAAAAGCGCAGAUGAAGGCUGGAAAAGAUGUAAUGUUGCUGCUCGACUGGCAGUGACAGACUUUACUGUUACUAGUCUGGAUGAAAAACUGGAGUAUGAAUUCCGUGUGUAUUCACAGAACCAGGUUGGCAUGAGUCAACCAGCCAAUCUCAAAGAUGCUGUGUCGCCCAAAGAGAUCCUAGAGGCACCAGAUAUUGAAUUGGAUGCUAAUCUGAGAAAGGGUCUUACUGUUCGUGCUGGAUGCCCCAUAAGAUUGUGUGCCACAGUUAGAGGAAGACCAGCACCAAAGGUGACAUGGAGGAGAAUGGGUAUAGACAAUGUUGUAAGAAAAGGUCAGGUGGAUUUAAUAGAUACUAUGGCAUUCCUGGUCAUCCCUGAGAGCACACGGGAUGAUUCGGGAAAAUAUUCUCUUACUCUAACCAGCCCUGCGGGAGAGAAAGCUGUUUUUGUGAAUGUUCAAGUGCUGGACACCCCUGGACCUGUACAAGGUCUGGAAGCCAAUGAUAUCACAAUGGUAUCCUGCAAUCUCUCUUGGUCUCCCCCUGAAAAUGAUGGUGGAAGCGAAAUUACUCACUACAUAGUUGAAAAACGUGAAAUUGACAGAAAGACCUGGGCAACAGUCAACAACGAUGUGAAAAAGACAAACCUGAAAAUAACAAAUCUUAUAUCAGGAACAGAAUAUUAUUUCAGAGUGACAGCAGUUAAUGAAUAUGGAGCUGGAGUGCCAAAGAUUUCUCCAAAAUCCUACCUAGCAUCAAAUCCCAUAAGUAAACCAGACCCACCAUUAAAGAUUGAUGUAUUGGAAAUUACAAAGAAUAGCACAACUCUGGCAUGGGUGAAACCACUGAGAGAUGGGGGAGCUAAAAUUGAUGGGUAUGUAGUUGAUUACAUGUUGGUGAUUCCACCUCAAGAAAUCAAAGAUGGACAACUUGUGGUCCAAGAGCAAAUUAAACCAGAGGAACAAUGGAUGCCAUAUUCUAUUGUGAAAGACCUGAGUAUUGCUGUUGUUGGACUCAAAGAAAACAUGAAAUACAAAUUCAGAGUGUCAGCAAGAAAUGUAAUGGGUUGCAGUCUACCCACAGAAACCAAAGGAGAAGUUGAGAUCAAGGAGCAAAUGUUGCCACCAAAGAUUAUUAUGGUUGAUACUGUGACUGCAAAGGCAGGAGAAAAACUCAGGGUGGAAGCUCUUGUUUCUGGAAAACCAACACCGGUAUGUAAAUGGAACAGAAAUGAAGAGGAGGUCAUCCCUUCUAGUCGUCUAACUGUGCACAAAUCUCAGAACAGUUGUGUGCUCAUUAUCAAAGAUGUAUCAAGACUGGACAGUGGUCAGUACAGCCUUUCAGCUGAGAACAGUAUUGGACAAGUGGAGCAGAGUUUGAAAAUUAUCAUCAAGGAUAUCCCUGGUCCCCCAGAACCACCAUUUCUAAUCAGUGAUAUCAAUGCUGAUACUUGCACCCUAUCUUGGCAAUCACCACUUGAGGAUGGUGGUAGUACUAUCACUAACUAUGUGGUGGAAAAAUGUGACAUGAGCAGAAAUGAUUGGGUCAUUGCUGUAUCAUCAUGCACUAAGACUACUUGCACAGUAGGGAAGCUUAUUCCUGGGAAGGAGUAUAUAUUCCGUGUUCGAGCUGAGAACCGUUUUGGCCUUGGAGAGCCUAUUGUUUCUGAGCGGAUGAUUGCCAAAUUCCCCUUUGAUUUACCAAGUGAACCUUUGAAUUGUCAUAUCUUAAAAGUCAAUAAAGACUGCAUGUUUGUUGCCUGGGAGAAACCAGCCAAUGAUGGUGGCAGUCCAAUAACUGGAUACUACAUUGAACGUAAAGAAAGGAACAGCCUUCUUUGGGUAAAGGCUAAUGACACAGUUGUUCGCACAACUGAAUAUCCUUGCAGCGGACUUAUUGAAGGUUUGGAAUAUACCUUCAGGGUAUCAGCCAUUAAUCGUGCUGGACAAGGAAAACCAAGCAAAAAUACUGAAUUUGCUACAGCAAGAACACCAGUUGAUCCACCAAGCAAGCCUGAAGUGCUUGAUGUGACUAAGAAUUCAGUUACGCUGUUAUGGAACAGACCAAAACAUGACGGUGGCAGUAAGAUCAUUGGAUAUUACAUUGAAGCUCUAAAGAUUCCUGAAGACAAAUGGGUGCGCUACAACAUAAUCAGCCAAAAUUUACCCAAAGAAGAAUACACUGUAACAGGGCUGGAGGAAGGCAGAAAAUACCAGUUCAGAAUACUUGCAAAAACUGCAGUGAACAUCAGCAGACCAUCUGAAAUGUCUGAUCCAGUUCUAAUAUCUUCUGAAAAUGUGGCACCAACUAUAGAAAUUGGGCUUCAAAUGAAGGCACUGCAACCGGUUAAAGCUGGCAAAAAUGUGUGUCUUGAAGCUCAAGUAUUUGGAAAGCCAAUGCCAAAAAUUACCUGGAAGAGGAAUGGAGAGAUACUGAAACCUUCUGAAGUCUUGAAGAUGUCACAGAAAAGAAAUCUGUUCUUCCUAGAGCUAUUAUCGGUAACAAGAAAUGAGACUGGAGAGUACACUAUUUUGGCAGAAAAUGCAAGUGGUUCUAAAUCAGGUGAAAUUAAACUCACAGUUUUAGAUGUACCUGGCCCACCAGUUUCUGUCAAGUUUGGAGAUGUGUAUGCGGAUCACAUCAGGCUGAGCUGGGAGCCACCCAUUACAGAUGGUGGCUCUGCAGUUACCAACUACAUUGUUGAUAAACGUGAAACAAGCAGAGCAAACUGGGCUCAAGUCACAUCCAAAAUCAGUGCUCAGCAGACUGACUAUUCUGUAGAAAAACUGAUUGAGGGUCAUGAGUACCAGUUCCGUAUUCAUGCUGAGAACAAAUACGGUGUGGGUGAUCCUACCCUGACAAACCCCAUUGUUGCUAAGAACCCAUUUGAUGUCCCUGGUGCUUGUGAUCCUCCAAUUAUUACAAACAUAACAAAGGAUCAUAUGACUGUGAGUUGGAAAGAACCUGCAAGUGAUGGUGGGUCCACUAUCCUUGGUUACAUGGUUGAAAAGCAGGAAACCAAAGAUGUAAAGUGGGAUAAAGUCAACAGAAAACCAAUAACAGAGAGAUCUAUUGAAGCUACUGGUCUUUCAGAAGGAAACGAAUAUAAAUUCAGAGUUAUUGCUCUUAAUAAAGCUGGCCUUGGCAAACCAAGUGAUCCAUCCAAAGCCGCUAUUGCUCAGGAUCCUUUAUAUCCUCCAGGACCACCAAUCUCGCCAAAAGUUGUUGACACAACUAAUUGCACUGUCAGUUUAUGCUGGACAGAACCAGCUAAUAAUGGUGGAUGUGAAAUAUUAGGCUACCUCGUAGAAAGCAAGAGAGCCGAUGCUGCUGACUGGACACGGUGCAAUGUACCAAGGAACCUUCAAGAGACAAAUUACAUUGUUACUGGACUUACUGAGAAUACUGAAUACAUGUUUCGUGUCACAGCUGUGAACAAGGUUGGAUUUGGUGAACCAAGUGAAGUUCCAGGCAAAUAUACUGCCAAGGACAUUUUGGUUCCUCCCGAAGCAGAACUUGAUGAAGAGCUAAAGAAAACUGUAGAGUUGCGUGCUGGAACCCCAAUGAGGUUGUACAUUCUACUACGGGGUCGUCCUGUUCCCAAGGCAACAUGGGCCAAGAUGAAUACCAAUAUUAAAGAUAGACCAGGAAUUGUGAUUAAGACAACACAAUUUGAUACUCUUGUUUAUAUUGAGAAAGUGAACAGAUAUGAUGCAGGAAAAUAUAUUCUGAAUCUGGAAAACAGCAGUGGAGUGAAAAUGUACACAAUUACUGUAAAGGUUUUUGAUACCCCUGGACCACCGCUUAAUCUAAUGGUAAAGGAAACAUCAAAGAAUAGUGCUUCACUUCUUUGGGAUGCUCCGUUAAUAGAUGGAGGAAGCCCAGUAAAGAAUUACAUAAUUGAAAAACGUGAUGCCGAACGAAAGUCUUGGUCUACAGUUGCAUAUGACUGCACCAAAACAUCUUUUCUGAUUCAAGACUUGGAGCCAGGAAGAUCUUAUUUUUUCAGAGUAUUAGCUGAAAAUGAAUAUGGAGUUGGGGAGCCAUGUGAAAUUACGGAUGCUGUAAGAGCUUCAGAACAACCAGGACCAGUUUUGGACUUCAAGGCGUUACUGGUGACAAAAAAUUCAUGUACACUUGCUUGGAAGAAACCAAUUAGUGAUGGAGGAAGUCGUAUAAUAGCAUAUGUGUUGGAAGUGAAAAAUGGAAAAGAUACUUGGAAGAACCUCAUGAAGUCAAAGAAUAUGCAGUACAGUGCCAAAGACCUUAUAGAAGGAAAGGAGUAUACUUAUAGAGUGAGAGCAGUAAAUGAUGCUGGAGAUGGUGUUGCAGAGGAACUUAAUGUUCUGGCUAAAGACCACACAGUUCUACCUGGAUGUGACUUAAGAGACUUGCCAAAUUUAUGCUAUACUGCUAAAGAGGGAAGUACUGUUCGCCUGAAAAUACCCAUAAGUGGCAAACCUGCUCCUACUGUAACAUGGAAAAAAGGUGAAGAUGUUACUUUAACUGAUAGUGGCCGAGUAUCUGUUGAAUCCACAGCUGUCCACACAACCUUGCUGAUUCAUGACUGCCAAAGAGGUGAUGCCUCAAAAUACACAAUAACUCUAAGAAAUAGUGCUGGCACCAAAGAAUCUGCCAUAUUUCUGAAAGUGGUUGGAAAACCAGGAAUACCCACAGGACCAAUCAAGUUUGAUGAAAUCACAGCUGAAGGAAUCUCCUUAAAAUGGGGUACUCCAAAGGAUGACGGAGGAUCAGAAAUAACCAAUUACAUUCUUGAAAAGAGGGAUUCAGUAACCAAUAUGUGGGUUACCUGUUCUUCUACUGUGCAGACAAACAGUUUAAGAGUAACUGGUCUUCAUGAAGGAACUGAAUACACAUUUAGAGUUUCUGCAGAAAACAAGUAUGGAAUUGGAGAAAGCCUCAAAUCUGAUUCUGUUGUGGCCAAGCAUCCAUUCAAUGUACCGGAUGCACCACCACCACCCCAAAUCAUGAGUGUCCACUAUGAUUCAGCACAAUUGGCAUGGUCUGAUCCAAGGAAGACUGGAGGUUCCCCUGUUACAGGAUAUCAUGUUGAAUAUAAGGAAAGAAACAGCUUGCUGUGGAAGAGAGCCAACAGUGCUCCAGUGAAAAUGAAGGAAUAUAAAGUAACAGAUUUAACAGAAGGCCUUGAGUAUCAAUUCAGGAUCAUGGCUAUAAAUUUGGCAGGUGUUGGAAAGCCCAGUCUGCCAUCAGAGCCAGUGGUUGCCUUAGAUCAGAUUGAUCCUCCUGGCAAACCAGAUGUGGUCAGCAUUACACACAAUAGCGUAACACUUCAAUGGACUGAACCCAAGUAUGAUGGUGGACACAAACUGACAGGCUACAUUAUUGAAAAACGUGACUUGCCCUCAAAAGUCUGGAUGAAGGCCAACAGUACUAAUGUUUUGGAUUGUGCAUUUACCAUAACUGGUCUUCAAGAGGGAUGCAAGUUUGAAUUUAGAGUAAGAGCUAAGAAUGCAGCUGGGGCCAUAAGUCCUCCAUCAGAGCAGACUGAUACAAUUGUCUGCAAAGAUGAAUACGAGGCACCAAACAUAAUUAUUGAUCCAACAGUGAAAGAGGGACUUACACUUAGAGCUGGCGAUACAAUUGUAAUAACUGCAACAAGCAUAACCGGAAAACCUCCUCCGACAUCCCGGUGGUCUAAAGCGGGAAGAGACCUCAAACCAUCAGACUUAUGCCAAAUUGAAUCUACCCCAACGUCUUCAACAUUAUCAAAAAAGUGUGCCACCGGAAAAGAUUCUGGAGAAUACACUAUCUCAGCCAGCAAUCCAUUUGGUGUUAGAGAGGAAAAUGUUAAAGUGACAGUUCUGGAUGUUCCAGGUCCACCUGGGCCCCUUAUAGCCAGCAAUGUUUCUGCUGAGAAGGUUACAUUAACAUGGUCACCACCCCAUGAUGAUGGGGGGUCUGCAAUUAAAUCAUACACUCUAGAAAAAAGGGAAACAAGUCGCCUUCUGUGGACAAUUUUGGCAGAAAAUGUAACAGAUUGUCAUUUAGUUACCAGCAAACUAAUCCAAGGCAAUGAAUACAUCUUUCGGGUUUCAGCAUUAAACCAUUAUGGCGUUGGAGAAUCAACACAGUCUGAGCCAGUGAAAAUGGAGGACAGCUUUGGUCCGCCUGGUCCUCCAUCCAAACCAGACAUUGAAAAUGUCAACAAAAACUCAGUUACCAUUUCUUGGAAGAGACCAGUUGAAGAUGGAGGCAGUAACAUUUUUGGGUAUAAUGUUGAAAGAAAAGAAAGAGAUGGGAUGCGAUGGAUUCGAGCAUCAAAGAAAUUGAUUUCUGAUUUAAAUUUUGAAGUUGUUGGGCUCACAGAAGGAAAUGAAUAUGAAUUCAGAGUGACUGCAGAAAAUAAAGCUGGUUUUGGAGAACCCAGUGAGCCUUCACAACCUGUGAUGACUAAGAGUCUAGCAUAUGUACCUGGGCCUCCAUCCAACCCAAGAAUUACUGAUAUAACUAAAUCUACAGCUACCUUCAACUGGGGACGGCCAAAAUAUGAUGGUGGACUUGACAUCACUGGAUAUAUAGUUGAGCACAAAAGAGAAGACGAGAAUAGCUGGAUUAAAGACACAACAGGCAGUGCGCUAAGAAUUUCUGAAUUUGUUAUUUCAAACCUGCAACAAGGAGAAAAAUACAAUUUUAGAGUGAGUGCAAUGAAUGAGAUGGGUAUUGGAGAACCAGCUCAAGUUGCGGAAUCUGUUGAAAUUGUGGAACGUCAAGAAACUCCUGACUUUGAGCUUGACGCCGAACUGAGGCGAACUCUUGUUGUCAGAGCUGGAGGAUCCAUACGGAUUUUUGUUCCAAUCAAAGGGCGCCCAACACCUGAGGUGACCUGGUUGAAAGAAGAUAUAUCCCUUAAGGGUCAUGCAAAUAUUGAUACCACGGAAUCAUAUACUCUGCUGGUUAUAUCCCAUUGUACAAAACAUGACACUGGAAAAUAUAACUUAACCCUAGAGAGUGUUGCUGGGAAAAAGUCUGGAUAUGUAAAUGUACGAGUCUUGGAUUCACCAGGCCCUCCCAUCAACCUGAGACCUCGGGAGAUUACUAAUGAAGGUGUCACUCUCCAGUGGGAAAUGCCUCUCAUUGAUGGUGGUUCAAAGAUAAUCAAUUAUAUAAUUGAAAAGCGGGAAGCUACACGAAAAUCAUAUGCAGCUGUAAUAACUAACUGUCAGAAAUGUUCAGUUAGAGUUCCAAAUUUGGCUGAAGGAUCAGAAUAUUUCUUCAGAGUACGUGCUGAAAAUGAAUUUGGAAUUGGAGAGCCUGCUGAAACUUCUGAUGCAAUUCGGGUGUCUCAAGCACCCACUGCUCCUGAGAAGGUUAACAUUGUAGCCAUUACUAGGAAUUCUGCAAGUCUCAUUUGGACAAAACCGAAACAUGAUGGUGGAAGUAGAAUUACUGGAUAUGUAAUAGAAGCUCAAAAGAAAGGCUCAGAGAAUUGGUCUCAUGUCACAACAGCGAAGACUCUAGACUAUACAGUGAAAAAUUUAAAUGAAAAUGAUGAGUAUAUAUUUCAAGUAAUGGCUGUGAACAACUCAGGUAGAAGUGACCCUUGUCAAAGCAGUCCUGUUAUUAUUAAGGAACAAACAAAAGGACCACAGUUUGAUCUACGUGGAAUAUGUCAAAAACUUGUUAUUGCCAAGGCAGGAGAUGAUAUAAAAAUUGAGAUACCUGUUCUGGGAUGUCCACAGCCCACAAUUUCCUGGAUGAAGGAGGACAAGGCCCUUAAUCAGACACAGAGAGUAUACAUUGAAAAUACUCCUAUGUCAACUCUCCUUUGUAUUAGUGAAUGUACAAGGAAUGACAGUGGACAGUAUGCUGUGACAGGAAAAAAUAUACUUGGCACACUGACAGAAAUAAUCACUGUUAAAGUACAUGACAUCCCUGGGCCUCCAAAGGGGCCAAUUCAUUAUGACAGAAUUUCCAAUGAAAGUAUUACAAUAUCUUGGGAUCCCCCUGAAAAUGAUGGGGGAGUGCCAAUUAACAAUUAUAUUGUUGAAUUUCGAGACACAACAAGUACAUCAUGGUCGGUGUUAUCAACAACAAUAAUCCGUACAGUUUUCAAAGCUGAACGUCUUACCCCUAGAGCUGAGUAUCAAUUUCGUGUUAAAGCUAAAAACAGAUAUGGUGUUGGCCCUCCAAUAACCUCCGAAUCAGUUGUUGCUGCAUACCCAUUUAAGGUUCCAGGGCCUCCUGGCACUCCACAAGUAAUAGGUUUCACUAAAGAUACCAUGACAAUUAGUUGGAAUGAACCUGUGAAUGAUGGUGGAAGUGAAGUGAUUGGAUACCAUAUUGAAAGGAAAGAGAGGAAUAGUAUCUUGUGGCAAAAAGUAAGCAGUGCCCUAAUAGUUGGAAACAUUUUCAAAUCAAUAGGGCUAGAAGCUGGAAUCGCCUAUGAGUUCCGUGUUGCAGCUGAAAAUAUAGCUGGUGUGGGAAAGCCAAGCAAACCAUCAGAGCCUUCUCUUGCCCUUGAUCCCGUGGAUCCUCCAGGAACGCCAGUUGCCAUUAACAUUUCUAAGAAUUUUGUGAAUAUUAAGUGGACAAAGCCUAAUUAUGAUGGUGGAUUCAAAAUAACUGGCUAUACAGUGGAAAAGAAAGACUUACCAAAUGGACGCUGGAUCAAAGUUAAUUAUAGUAACAUACAAGAGACUACAUUUACUGUUAGUGGGCUGACAGAAGGUGCCUCCUACGAAUUCCGCGUUCUUGCCCGAAAUUCAGCUGGUGCUGUAAGUAGCCCAUCUGAACCAUCAGAUCCAAUUGUCUGUAAAGAUGACGUUGAGGAACCAAAGAUUAGGGUUGAUGCUAGGUUUAAAGAUGUUUUACUUGUAAAAGCUGGGGAAGUGUUCAAACUUGAGGCUGAUAUUACAGGUCACCCAUUACCAUCUAUGAUUUGGACUAUGGAUGGAAAGGAAAUAGAAAAAACAACAAAACUAGAAAUAAAAAUGGCUGAUUUUUCAACAAUAUUGAUUAACAAAGAUUCUACAAGAAGAGAUGGAGGUGCAUUUACAUUAACUGCAAGCAAUACUGGUGGAUUUGCAAAACAUGUCUUCAAUGUGAAAGUGCUUGACAGGCCAGGUCCACCAGACGGUCCAUUACUUGUUACUUGCAUUACAGCUGAGAACUGUGUGUUGUCUUGGUUGCCACCAUCAAAUGAUGGUGGAGCAAAUAUUGAAUAUUACAUAAUUGAGAAGCGUGAAACCAGCAGGCUUGCCUGGACAAAUGUGGCUUCAGACUUACAAGUAAACCAGUUUAAAGUAACAAAGCUAUUAAAGGGAAAUGAGUAUAUCUUCAGAGUGAUGGCAGUUAAUAAGUAUGGGAUUGGUGAGCCCUUAGAAUCUGAGCAAAUUAUUGCAACAAACCCAUAUAUGCCUUCUGAUCCUCCUCAAAAUCCUGAAGUAAGAAAUAUCACUAAGGACUCAAUGGUAAUUUAUUGGGAAGAGCCAGUGAACAACGGUGGAGCUGAAAUUUCUGGUUACAUUGUUGAAAGGCGAGAUAAGACAAGUCUGCACUGGAUUAGAUGUAACAAGAAGGUUAUUACUGAUUUAAGAUACAAAGUGUCAGGACUGACACCAGGGCAUGAAUAUGAAUUCAGAAUUACUGCAGAAAAUGCUGCAGGUUUAAGUUUGCCAAGUGCCUCAACUCCAUUUUGCAAGGCUAGUGACCCACUUUACAAGCCGGGUCCUCCUGGAAAUCCAAGGGUUUUAGAUACAACUAACUCAUCGAUUACCGUCGCAUGGAACAAGCCAGUUUAUGAUGGUGGAUCUGACAUUACAGGAUACAUUGUUGAGACUUGCCUUCCCCAGGAUGAUGAAUGGACAGAUGUCACCCCCAAAGAUGGUAUAGUGACCACAUUAUUUACAAUCACUAACUUAAAAGGAAAUCAAGAAUAUAAAAUAAAUAUUUUUGCCGUUAACUGUGAAGGAGUUGGAGAGCCAGCCUCUGUCCCUGGAUUACCAAAAACAGAAGAGAGACAGAUUCCACCUGAUAUCGAACUUGAUGCAGAGCUUCGCAAAGUUGUUACCAUCAGAGCCUGUGGCACAUUGAGAUUGUUUGUACCUAUAAAAGGAAGACCUGCUCCUGAAGUGAAAUGGUCAAGAGAAAAUGGAGAGUCAAUUGAAAGAGCUACAAUUGAAAGUACAUCAUCAUUCACUUGGCUAUUAAUUGAAAAUGUAAAUAGAUUUGAUAGUGGAAAGUAUGUUUUAUCAGUAGAAAAUAGUUCGGGGCUAAAGACAGCUUUUGUGAAUGUAAGGGUACUGGAUACUCCUGGAGCACCACAAAAUAUCAAGAUCGAUGAAAUAACCAAAGAAUCAGUUUCACUCAGUUGGGACCCUCCUAUUCUUGAUGGUGGAAGUACGAUUAAGAACUACAUUGUAGAGAAACGUGAAUCAACAAGAAAAGCAUAUGCAACUGUAAAUGCUAACUGCCACAAAACAAGAUCGACUGUUAAUAAUUUACUUGAAGGAUGCAAUUAUUAUUUUAGGGUGUUAGCUGAAAACGAAUAUGGAGUUGGGCUUCCCAUUGAAACUAGAGAAUCAGUCAAAGUGUCUGAAAAACCACUUCCUCCAGGUAAAAUCACAUUGCAAGAUGUGACAAAGAAUAGUGUUACACUGUCAUGGGAAAAGCCAGAGCAUGAUGGAGGAAGCAGAAUAAUUGCAUAUGUUGUGGAGAUGCAGAGCAAAGGCAGUGAUACCUGGAACCAAUGCAUGAUUGUAAAAGUCACAGAAGCUAUUAUUACUGGAUUAACACAAGGUGAAGAAUAUAUGUUUCGAGUAUCAGCAAGAAAUGAAAAAGGAACAAGCGAUCCACGACAAAUUGGUGUACCAGUUAUUGUUAAAGAACUUGUAAUUACUCCAGCAGUAAAACUGUUGUUCUCCACAUUUAGUGCGCUGGCAGGAGAAGACUUAAAGAUAGAGAUAUCAUAUGUUUCCCGACCCAAAGCAGCUAUGUCUUGGUACAAAGAUGGUGUUCCUGUCAAGCAAACCUCAAGAAUUAAUUUUGAAAUGGCUGACACCCAUUUGUAUUUAAAUAUCAAGGAAGUCUGCAGAGGUGAUGUUGGUCGGUAUACUGUCAAACUUUCAAACACUGUGGGUGAAACGACUGCAGAAAUUUGUGUUGUUGUUCUCGACAAACCUGGGCCACCAGCUGGUCCAGUAAAUGUAGCUGAAGUUACAGCUAAUAGUAUUACAUUGUCUUGGAAACCCCCAGAAUAUGAUGGUGGCUGUACUAUUAAGAACUACAUUGUAGAAAAGAGAGAUGCUUCCACUACAGACUGGCAGGUUGUGGCAACAAAUUUACCAAGAACCACAAUUAAGGCAGGACGACUAAAAACUGGAUCUGAAUAUCAGUUCAGGAUUACUGCUGAAAACCGAUAUGGAAAGAGUCCAGUUCUAGUAUCAGAUACCGUAGUUGCCAAGUAUCCCUUUAAAGUUCCAGGACCCCCUGGAACUCCAUAUGUGCGCGCUGCCACAAAAGAUAAUAUGGAUGUAAUUUGGAAUGAACCUGUAAUUGAUGGAGGAAGCCAAAUAUUAGGAUACCACAUUGAACGCAAAGAAAGAAACAGUAUUCUCUGGAUAAAGCUAAAUAAGACACUUAUUCGAGACACACAGUUCAAAAGUGUAGGUCUUGAAGAGGGAAUUGAAUAUGAAUACAGAGUUUAUGCGGAGAAUAUUGUGGGAAUUGGUAAAGUAAGCAAACUAUCUGAAUGUUAUGUAGCAAGAGAUCCUUGUGAUCCUCCAGGAACCCCCGAAGUUGUUACUGUCACAAAAAAAUCAGUUUUUCUUAGAUGGGCAAAGCCAGAGUAUGAUGGUGGAAGCAAAGUUGCUGGCUACAUUGUGGAAAAGAAAGAAUUACCUGAAGGACGCUGGGCAAGAACCAACUUUACUAAUGUUACUGAGACUGAGUAUGUGGCAACUGGCUUAACAGAGAAUCAACAGUAUGAGUUCCGUAUCAUUGCAAGAAAUGCAGCAGGUAUCUUCAGUAGUCCCUCACUCAGCACUGGUCCUAUAACUGCAAAGGAUGAAGUUGAACCACCUAGAAUUAGCAUAGAUCCACGAUAUACCCAGACUAUUAUAAUAAAUUCUGGGGAGAACUUCAAAAUUGAUGCGGAUAUUUUUGGAAAACCAAUGCCAACAAUUAGCUGGAUGAAGGGAAAACAAAUUCUUUCAAAUACUAAACACUGUAAAAUAAAAAGUACUCAAUACAGUACAUGUCUCAGUGUAAAGGAAGCCACAUCAAAUGAUUCAGGCCAGUAUAGAUUGCUUUUGAAAAAUAUUGGAGGAGAGAAGUCAGUUCUGGUCACUAUCAAAGUGUUAGAUAGACCAAGUCCACCUGAGGGUCCUAUUUCUGUCAGCAAUUUGACAAAAGAGCAAUGUUUAAUUAGCUGGAAACCUCCAAAGGAAGAUGGUGGUGAUGAAAUAUCUCACUACAUCAUUGAAAAAAGAGAAACAAGUAGAUUGGUUUGGACUGUUGUUGAACCUGAAACAAAGGAACUUAAUUUGAAAAUAACUAAACUUUUGGAAGGAAAUGAGUAUAUCUUUCGUGUUUCAGCAGCAAACAAAUAUGGAGUUAGUGAGCCAUUAGAAUCUGAAGCUAUUAUUGCAAAAAAUCUGUUUGUGAGCCCUGAUGCUCCUAAGGGUGUGGAAGUUGUCAGUAUCACAAAAGAUUCAAUGGUGGUAAUUUGGUCAGCACCUGACAAUGAUGGUGGUAGUUCUAUUACAGGAUAUGUUAUUGAAAAGCACGACAAAGAAGGGAUAAGAUGGACUAAAUGCAAUAAGCACACAGUAACUGAACUAUCCUUUAAAGUUAAAGGGCUUUUUGAAGGCCAUAAUUAUGAAUUUAGAGUUUCAGCCGAGAAUGAUGCUGGAGUUGGAAAAUCAAGCUCCCCUUCUAUUUAUUACAUGGCCAUCGAUCCUGUAUUCAGACCAGGUCCCCCAAAUAGUCCCAAAGUGACUAACAUUUCACGGACAUCUGUUUUCCUUUCCUGGGAGAAGCCGAUUUAUGAUGGUGGCUGUGAUAUUCAGGGAUAUAUUAUUGAAGCAUGUGAAGCAACAUCUGAAGAAUGGAAAAUGUGUACUCUUCCCACAGGCAUAAAACAAACACAAUAUGAAGUUGAAAAACUUAAAGAAAACCAAAAUUAUAAAUUCAGAGUGUUUGCUAUUAAUAAGGUCGGUGUUGGAGAGCAUACAGAUUUCCCUGGCACAAUCCUUGUUGAAGACAAGACACAAGAACCAGAUCUUGAUAUUGAAAUGGAACUCAGGAAAACAAUCAAUAUUAAAGCUGGAGAUUCCUUGAGAGUGUUCAUACCUAUCAGAGGACGACCAGCUCCUGAAAUCAGAUGGGAAAAAGUUGAUGGUAAAAUUAAAGAUACAGCUCAGAUAGAGAUGACAAGCAGUUGUACCUCCCUUGUCAUUGAUAACGUUAACAGAUUUGAUAGUGGGAAGUACACUGUUACAGCUGAAAAUGUUUGUGGUGUAAAGACUGCUACCAUCAGUGUCAAAGUACUUGACACACCAAGUGCACCAUUAAACCUUAAAGUAAAAGAAAUUACUAAGGAGUCUGUAACACUUAUGUGGGAACCUCCAGCAUUGGAUGGUGGUGCAAAAAUAAAAAACUAUAUUAUUGAGAAACGCGAAAGCACAAGAAAGGCUUAUGCGGCUGUUGUCACCAAUUGUCACAGAACUACCUGGAAGAUUGAACCACUUCAAGAGGGGUGCAAUUAUUAUUUUAGAGUGCAUGCUGAGAAUGAAUAUGGUAUUGGAUUACCUGCAGAGACUGUUGAUUCUGUAAAAGUAUCAGAGGUACCUCAAGUGCCUAAGAAAUUUACUGUUGUUGAUGUCACUUGCAAAAGUGUUUCUCUGGCAUGGGAAAAGCCUGAUCAUGAUGGUGGCAGCAAAAUUGUACAAUAUCUUGUGGAAAUGCAAGUCAAAGGCAAUGAAAAAUGGUCUGGGUGUGCAACUGUGAAAACACUGGACACUGUUGUCAGUAAUUUAGUUCAGGGAGAAGAAUAUAUGUUCAGAGUUAUUGCUAUCAAUGAAAAAGGAAAAAGUGACCCAACAUCUCUUGCUGUCCCAGUGCAGGCUAAGGACCUUGUUAUUGAUCCAGAUGUAAGGCCUGCAUAUAGCAAUUAUAGUGUACUAAUUGGAAAGGACCUCAAAGUUGAAAUACCAAUUUUUGGACGUCCAAAACCAAAAAUUAUUUGGACUAAGGCUGGGUUAGCUCUUAAAGAAACAACAAGAGUUAAUGUUAUCAAUACAGCACACCACACAACUCUUAACAUAAAAGAAACAACAAAAGAUGAUGGCGGGAUAUAUGGAAUUACUGUUUCUAAUGUUGUUGGGCAGAAAGAUGCAACUAUACUAAUUAUUACUCUGGAUAAGCCAGACCCACCAGCUGGGCCUGUUAGAUUUGAUGAGAUCAGUUCACAAAGUGUUACAAUUUCCUGGGAUCCACCAAAAUAUGUCGGUGGCUGCCAUAUUUCAAACUACAUUGUGAAAAAGCGGGACAUAACCACUACUGAUUGGGAGAAUGUGUCAACGACCGUACCAAGGACCACCCUGAAAGUUACCAGAUUAAAGACUGGGGCAGAAUAUCAAUUUAGAAUCAUUGCUGAAAAUCGGUAUGGUAAAAGUCACGCAUUGGACUCUGCAUCUGUGACUGUCCAGUAUCCUUUCAAAGUACCUGGUCCACCUGGGACUCCAUUUGUCUCCUCAUUAUCAAGGAAUCACAUGAUUGUGGAGUGGCAUGAACCAAUUACAGAUGGAGGUACUAGCAUUAUAGGCUACCAUCUUGAAAGAAAAGAGAGAAAUAGCAUUCUGUGGACAAAAAUUAAUAAGACACUAAUUCAAGACACUUAUUUCAAAACAAGUCCUCUAGAUGAAGGUGUUGAGUACGAGUUCAGAGUUUUUGCUGAGAAUGUUGUAGGCAUAGGCAGAUGCAGUAAAAUUUCUGAGGGAUAUGUAGCAUGUGACCCAUGUGAUCCUCCUGGGACCCCAGAGCCUAUUAUUGUGAAUAAGAAUGCAAUCACAAUUCAGUGGGCAAAACCAGAGUAUGAUGGAGGCAGCAUUAUUACUGGCUACAUAGUGGAGAAGCGCGAUUUACCAGAUGGACGCUGGAUGAAGGCUAACUUUACAAAUGUAACUGAAACUCAAUUUACAGUAUCUGGACUAACUGAAGACUCCAAGUAUGAUUUCAGAGUAAUUGCAAAGAAUGCUGCUGGUACUAUUAGUAAACCAUCUUAUAACACAGGGCCUAUCACAGCAAGGGAUGAAGUUGAGCCUCCAAGACUUUCACUUGAUCCAGAAUACAGUCAAGCUGUUGUUGUCAGUGCAGGAAGUACAUUUAAGCUUGAUGCCGAUGUCUAUGGAAAGCCCACACCAACAGUCCAGUGGUUCAAGGAGGACAAGGGGAUUGAAAAUACGCUGAGAUGUGAGAUCAAAAGAACGGACCUUAGAACAAUACUUACUGUUAAAGAUGCUAUCAAAACAGACAGUGGUCACUAUAAUUUGCAGGUCGCUAAUGUAGCUGGUACCAAAAUUUUUACAUUUUAUGUAAAAGUAUUAGACAGCCCUGGACCUUGUGGAGGGAUGCUAAAUGUAUCUGCUGUGACUUCUGAAACAUGUACAUUGUCUUGGCUUCCUCCAGAACAUGAUGGAAACAGCAAUAUUUCUCACUACAUCAUUGAAAGGAGGGAGACAAGCCGCCUUGCAUGGACUGUAGUUGCUAGUAAAUGUGAUGUCACAUCAUUUAAAGUAAACAAUCUUCUGGAAGGAAAUGAAUAUAUAUUUCGUGUUAUGGCUGUAAAUAGCUAUGGUGUUGGUGAGCCGCUAGAAUCAUCACCUGUGACAAUCAAGAAUCCAUUUUUACUACCUGGAUCACCACAAUCUGUAGAAGUAACUAAUAUAGCAAAAGAUUCUAUGACUGUUUUCUGGAGUAGUCCGGAAUCUGAUGGUGGAAGUGAAAUUACUGGAUACAUCAUAGAGAAGAAAGAUAAGACUGGAAUCAGGUGGACAAAAUGUAAUCGACAAACUAUCACAGAUUUAUCUUUCAGAGUGACAGGAUUGACCGAAGAUCAUGAAUAUGAGUUUAGAAUUUCUGCUGAAAACAUGGCAGGACUUGGAGAACCAAGUUUACCAACAUCAUACUAUAAAGCCUGCAAUCCAAAAUUCAAGCCUGGUCCACCAACCCAUGUCCAUGUGACUGACACUACAAAGAACUCAGUUUCAUUAGCAUGGGGGAAACCAAUUUAUGAUGGUGGAUGUGUUAUUCAGGGAUACAUUGUGGAGAUCUGCAAAGCUGAUGAAGAGGAAUGGAUAAUGUGCACACCAGCAACUGGCCUUCCCUUUAAUAAACUUGAUAUCACAAAGCUUACAGAAAAUAAAGAAUACAAAAUUCAGGUUUGUGCUAUUAACAAACUAGGUAUUGGUGAACCGGCUGCUAUUCCUGGAACUGUUAAAGUGCAGGACAAAAUAGAGCCCCCAGGACUUACAAUUGACUCUGAACUGAGGAAAGGAAUUAUAGUGCGUGCUGGAGAGUCAAUAAAAAUAAAUAUACCAUUCAGAGGAAGACCCACUCCCAAGAUUAACUGGACAAAGGAUGAAAAAGAAUUGACAGAUAAGGUCCACAUUGAGAAGCGGCUUGAUUAUACCCAACUCUCAAUUGAUAAAUGUGACAGAAAUGACACUGGAAAAUACACUUUGACACUGGAAAAUAGCAGUGGCAUUAUAUCAGAACUUGUGUCUGUGAAAGUACUGGAUACACCGGGAGCACCAAUGAAUUUGGCUGUGAAAGAUAUCAAGAAAGAUUCCGUCGUUCUUGAAUGGGAACCACCGCUUAUUGAUGGAGGAGCGAAAAUAAAACAUUUUAUUGUUGAAAAGCGUGAAUCAACAAGGAGGGUAUAUGUCAAUGUCACUGCUAAGUGUGACAAAACGUUUUGUAAAGUAGAUAAUCUCACUGAAGGAGCCAUGUAUUACUUUAGAGUUAUGGCUGAAAAUGAAAAUGGAAUUAGUCAUCCAGUUGAAACAAAAAAUCCAGUUAAAGUGUCUGAGGCCCCACUUUCAGUAGGAAAAGUCAUUUUGACAAAUGUAACUAAAGUUUCUGCUUCUUUAGCAUGGGAAAAACCUGAACAUGAUGGAGGUAGCAGGAUCAUAGGCUAUCUAAUUGAAAUGCAACCAAAAGGAUCAGACAAGUGGAGUGUAGCAGCAUCAACUAAAACAUGUGAAGGUACUGUUGAAGGAUUAGUAUUUAGUCAGGAAUACUUCUUUCGUGUUUUAGCCUACAAUGAGAAAGGAAAGAGCAUUCCUGUGCUUUUAGCUGCUCCAGUUAUCGCCAAGGAUUUGAGUACUGAACCCAUGUUGAAAUUAAUGUUCAAUACCUACAGCAUCCGGUCUGGAGAUGAUCUUGCAAUAGAAUUGCAUAUUAUUGGAUGCCCCAAACCUAAAAUUAUGUGGAUGAAAGAUGGACAAUCACUAAAACAGACAUCAAGGGUAAGUGUCUUAAACACACCUAACACUACAACCCUUAAAAUAAAGGAGGCUAACAAAGAUGAUUUGGGAAAGUACACAGUUACAGCAACAAAUGAUGCUGGUAUUGCAACAGAAGAAAUUGGGAUCAUUAUACUUGAUAAGCCUGGUCCACCAACAGGACCCAUUAAUAUCAAUGAUGUUAGUAAUAAUUCUGUCACAAUAUCAUGGGAACCUCCAGUGUACACAGGUGGUUGUCAAAUUAAAAAUUACAUUGUUGAAAAACGGGACGCGACUACCACAGUCUGGCAAGUUGUAUCAGCAAAUGUAUCAAGAACAACUAUGAAAAUUACUAAACUUGCAACAGGUUCAGAAUUCCAAUUUAGAGUUUCUGCAGAGAACAGAUAUGGAAAGGGUUCUUCAUUGGACUCAAAAGCAAUUGUUGUACAGUAUCCUUACAAGCCCCCAGGGCCACCUGGUACUCCAUUUGUCACAUCAGUGACAAAGGAUGACAUGGUUGUUCAAUGGAAUGAACCAGUUAAUGAUGGUGGGAGUAGAGUCACCGGCUAUCACCUUGAAUGUAAAGAAAGAAACAGCAUUCUCUGGACUAAAUUGAACAAAAUCUUAAUUGUUGAUACAAUCUUCAAAGUUAACAAUCUUGAAAAAGGCGGUGGAUAUGAAUACAGAGUUUUUGCUGAAAAUAUUGUUGGUAUCGGUAGAUCAAGUAAGGUUUCUGAAUGCUUUGUGGCUCUUGAUCCAUGUGAUCCACCGGGAACACCUGAGCCAAUAUUCAUCUCAAAAAAUCAAGUGACACUUCAGUGGACAAAGCCACAAUAUGAUGGUGGCAGCAAAGUGACUGGCUAUGCUGUAGAAAAGAAAGAUUUACCUGAAGGUCGCUGGAUGAAGGCCAGCUUUACAAAUAUCAUUGAGACUGAGUUCUCUAUGACAGGAUUAACAGAAAAUGAAAAAUAUGAAUUUAGAAUAAUUGCAAAAAAUGCAGCUGGUAAUUUCAGUGAGCCCUCUGACAGCAGUGGACCGAUUACUAUUACCGAUGAAAUCGAAUCCCCAAGAGCAUCAAUGGAUCCAAAAUACAUGGAUAUUAUUUUUAUUAAUGCUGGGGAAACUCUUGUUAUUGAGGCUGACAUCUAUGGAAAACCAGCACCUGAAGUUUUAUGGAAAAAAGAUGGAAAUAAAAUAGAUAAGACUACUCGAAGAAAUGACAUAAAGCAUGCAAUAAAAAACACAUCACUCACAGUUAAGGACUGUAUCAGAGAGGACAGUGGUAAUUAUACCCUCACUCUAAGUAAUGCUGGUGGAAUAAAAACAAUACCUAUCACAGUUAAGAUUCUUGAUAGACCUGGACCACCAGAAGGUGUUCUCAAGGUGACUGAUGUAACUGCAGAUUCAUGUCUCCUGUCAUGGAAUGAUCCUUUACAAGAUGGUGGUGCAAGUGUUAUUCAUUACAUUAUUGAGAAGAGGGAUACUAGUAGGUUGUCAUGGACUAUAGCUGAAUCAGAUAUUCAAGCAUUUAGUUAUAAAGUGACUAAUCUUUUGGCUGGUAAUGAAUAUGUCUUCCGAAUUAAGGCAGUUAACAAAUAUGGAGUAGGUGACCCCCUUGAGUCUGAACCAGUAACAGCCUGCAAUCCCUUCAAACCACCCAGUGCACCAUCCAUACCUGAAGCAACUGCUAUAACAAAGGAUUCUAUGGUUAUUAAAUGGAAUCAACCAGAGAAUAAUGGUGGAUCAGAAAUUUACGGAUACCAUCUUGAGAAACGGGACAAAGAUGGUGUUAGAUGGACAAAAUGUAAUAGAAGUAAACUCAGUGACUUACAUUUCAAAGUAAAUGGACUCACGGAAGGACAUUUUUAUGAGUUCAGAGUCUCUGCUGAAAAUGAGGCUGGUGUGGGACAGUUAAGUGAACCAUCAAUGUUCUACAGGGCAUGUAAUGCUGCAUGUCCACCUGGUCCACCAACGCAUCCAAAAGUGACUGACCACACAAGCACAACUGUGUCCCUAGCUUGGAGCAAACCUGAUGAUGAUGGUGGUGCAUACAUUAAGGGAUACCUCGUUGAAAUGAAGGAGGCUACUCAGGGAGAAUGGACUAUCUGUACACCUUCAACUGGCAUACAAGCAACAAAGUUUACUGUAGGUAAACUAAAGGAAAAUGAUGAAUACAACUUCCGUAUCUGUGCAUUUAAUGCUGAAGGUGUUGGAGAACAUGCUGAUAUCCAUGGCUGUGUUGCUGCUGUUGAAAAGCAUGAAGCCCCAGAGAUUGAACUUGAUGCAGACCUCAGAAAAGUAGUUUCUAUACAUGCAAGUGGAACACUUCGCCUUUUUGUCACAAUUAGAGGAAGACCUGAACCUAAAGUCAAAUGGGAAAGAGCAGAAGGAUUGCUGACUGAACGAGCACAAAUUGAAACCACAAGUUCGUACACUAUGCUUGUAAUUGACAAUGUAAACAGAUUUGACAGUGGUAGAUACAUCUUAAGUCUUGAAAAUAAAAGUGGCACAAAGUCAGCAUUUGUCAAUGUCAGAGUACUCGACUCCCCAAGUGAACCUCUUAAAUUUGAAAUGAAAGAUAUAAUGAGAAAUUCAGUAACCAUCUCAUGGGAGCCUCCUCUCAGUGAUGGAGGAGCUAAGAUAACAAAUUAUAUUGUAGAGAAACGCGAAUCUUCAAGAAUGGCCUACACUACUGUUACAAGUAACUGCACUAGGAAUUCAUUCAAAGUUGAUGAGUUGCAAGAGGGAUGUCUUUACUACUUCCGUGUAUUAGCUGUCAAUGAACAUGGUGUAGGUUUGGCUGCAGAAACUAAAGACCCAGUUAAGAUUGCUGAAGUACCUAUGCCACCUAGUAAAGUUUCACUGUUUGAUGUAACGCGCAACAGUGUAAUUCUCUCUUGGAAGAAACCUGAUCAUGAUGGUGGUAGCAAAAUUUUAUGCUACAAUGUAGAAAUGCAAACUAAGGGUAGUGAAAAAUGGACUGUAAGCACUACUGUUAAGGUGUUGGAAGCAACAAUAACUGGUCUUGUAUCAGGUGAAGAGUACUCUUUCCGGGUCAUUGCUUUGAAUGAGAAAGGAAAGAGCAAUCCCAAAGAAUUAGGUGUUCCUGUGAUUGCAAAGGACAUGGAAACUGAACCUACUAUUGAUUUGAUCUUCAACACAUAUAGUGUGAAAGCUGGAAAGGAUCUCGCAAUUGAAAUUCCGUUUAAAGGUAGGCCUAAGCCCAUCGUUUCAUGGAAAAAGGAUGGUCUUCCUCUAAAGCAGACAACUUCACUGACAAUUCUCACUUCUGUAACAUCUGCAAAACUUUUAUUCAAGGAAGCUACCAGAGAGCAUGUCGGAAAAUAUGACCUCACUGUAGCUAAUGCCGCUGGCACUAAGACAGCUGAAAUUGCUGUCUUUGUCCUUGAUAAGCCUGGUCCACCAGCUGCAAUUAGAAUAGAUGAUGUAAGUGCUGAAAGUAUAUCAUUAUCUUGGGACCCACCCGCAUAUGAUGGUGGAUGUCACAUCAGCAACUACAUUGUAGAAAAGAGAGACACUAACACAAAUGAAUGGCAAAUUGUUUCAUCAACAGUUGCAAGAACAUCUAUCAAAAUAUCUCAAUUAAUUAAUGGUUCUGAAUACCAGUUCCGUGUUUAUGCUGUGAACCGUUAUGGAAGGAGCCAUUCCAUAGAUUCUUCAAGCAUUACUGCACAGUAUCCAUUUAGGCAGCCUGGACCCCCUUCUACACCACAGGUUGCCCUAGCAAGUAAAACUUUUAUGCUGGUCAAAUGGAAUGAACCAGUGAAUGAUGGUGGUAGUGGAGUCCUUGGAUAUCACAUAGAAGUCAAAGAAAGAAGUAGCAUUCUCUGGACAAAGUUGAACAGAAGUCUCAUCAGGGAUACGGAAUUUAGAGUUACUAGCAUAGAAGAGGGUUUGUUUUAUGAAUAUCGUCUUUAUGCUGAAAAUAUUGCUGGCAUUGGCAAAUGUAGUAAAGUCUCAGAACCUGUGGCUGCAAGAGAUCCAUGUGAUCCUCCAGGUCAACCUACAGUUACAAAUAUAACUAGAACAUCUGUUUCACUGUCUUGGACAAAACCAGAAUAUGAUGGUGGGGCAAAAGUUACGGGAUACAUAAUUGAACGCAAGGAAGAGGAACGAUGGCUGAGGUGCAAUUUCACUAAUGUCCAGGAAACAUACUUUGUUGUUACAGGCCUUACCGAAAACCAGAAAUAUGAUUUUCGUGUUAUUGCUAAAAAUGCUGCUGGAUUAUUUAGUGAGCCAUCAAAUUGCACAGGUCCUGUAAUGAUUAAAGAUGAUGUAGAACCACCACGGAUUAUGAUAGAUGCCAAGUUUAAAGAUGUAGUUGCUGUGAAAGCUGGUGAGAUCUUGAAAAUUACUGCAGAUUUUUCUGGGCGCCCUCUCCCAGUUAUUUCUUGGACGAAAGAUGGUAAAGAGAUUGAGGUUAGAGCUAAAGUUAAUAUCGUUUCAACAGACACUUGUACAUCAGUCAUUAUUAAAGACUGCAUCAGAAGUGACUCAGGACAGUAUGUGUUGACAUUACAGAAUGUGGCAGGAAUUAAAUCAUUCCCUGUGAAAUGCAAGGUGCUUGACAGGCCUGGACCAUCAGCAGGACCAUUAGACGUAACUGAUGUAACUGCCGAAAAAUGUAUACUGGCCUGGGGACCACCUCAAGAAAAAGGAGGUGCAGAAAUUUCCCACUACAUUGUUGAGAAACGAGAAACAAGCCACCUUGCUUGGACUUUGGUACAUGGAGACCUGAAAGCAACUACAUGUAGAGUUACUAACCUACAAAAAGGAAAUGAGUAUAUCUUUAGAGUUUUAGGUGUGAACAAGUUUGGAAUUGGUGAAGCUUUAGAGAGUGAUCCGAUUAAACCUACAGAUCCAUUUAGUACCCCAUCUCCUCCCACACAUGUUAAGAUUACAGAUGUAAGCAGUGAGGCAAUGACAAUCUGCUGGGAAAAACCAGUCACAGAUGGAGGCAGUGUAGUUUGUAACUAUGUCAUUGAAAAACGUGAGAAGUCAGGCCUGCAUUGGGUUCGUGUGAACAAAGAAUGUGUUUGUGACCUCACUUUCCAAACAACCAAACUACAUAAAGGUUGCCAGUAUGAGUUCCGUGUUUAUGCAGAAAAUGCUGCUGGUUUAAGUCUCCCAAGUGACCCAAGUCCAUUAACUAACGCAGAGGACCCACAAUGUGUGCCAUCCCCACCUUCUAAGCCAAAAGUUAUUGAUUCAACAAAGAAUUCUAUCACAAUAAUAUGGAACAAGCCACUGAUGGAUGGGGGAAGCCCUGUCACUGGAUACAACGUGGAAUAUAAGAAAACAGAAGAAGAAGACUGGAUAGUGGCUGCUGAAAAUACAAAAAAUACUGAAUAUACUGUUGCUGGACUUACAUCUGGAGCAGAGUAUGUGUUUGUUGUCAAAUCUGUAAACAAGAUUGGUGUAAGUGACCCUAGCGCACACUCUGUUCCUCAAGUUGCAAAGGAAAGAGUGGAAGAGCCAACUUUUCAAGUUGAUAAAGAAAUGCAUAGGACAUUGGUUGUGAAACAUAACACUUCAUUUACUCUGAAAGUACAAUUCAAAGGAAAACCAGUUCCGAGCGUAAUGUGGCAAAAAGAAGAUGUCAAUCUGAAAGAUAGUGCGACCAUCUAUACAAAUGAUAAUUCUACAUCAAUCACAGUAGAAAAAGCAACAAGAAAUGAUUCUGGAAAGUACACCGUAACACUAGACAACAGUAUUGGCACUGCUGCAUUGACUCUGGAUGUAAAAGUUCUCGAUUCUCCUGGGCCUCCUUCAAAACUUUCCAUUAAAGAGGUGACUAAAGACUCUCUAAUACUGACAUGGGAUGCUCCAGACAAUGAUGGAGGUGACCCAGUUAAAAACUACCAUGUAGAGAAACAUGAAGCAAGCAAAAAGGCAUGGGUUAGUGUCACGAACAACUGCCACCAUCUAACCUAUGAAGUGAAAAACCUGCAAGAAGGAGCCUUUUACUACUUCAGAGUCACUGGAGAGAAUGAAUUUGGAGUUGGUGUGCCAUGUGAGACAAAGGAUGGAAUUAAAGUUACAGAAAAACCCAGCACGCCCACAAAGUUUGGAGUCACUGACGUAACAAAGGAUAGUGUUUCACUAGCUUGGAAUAAACCAGAGCAUGACGGAGGUAGCAGGAUAACCACUUAUCUAAUUGAUGCUCUUGAAAAAGGACAGAAAAAGUGGGUGAAGUGUGCUGUGGUCAAGACAACCCACUAUGUUGUUCAAGGUCUAAAGGAAAAUGCUGAAUAUUUCUUCAGAGUCCGUGCUGAAAAUUAUGCUGGUCUAAGUGAGCCAAAAGAGUUAAUUACACCUGUGAUUGUUAAAGAUAAACUUGAAUCCCCUGAGUUCGACCUAAAGAACUUCCCUCAUAAUACUGUAUACGUCAGAGCUGGAUCAAAUCUCACCUUUGAAAUCCCCCUUACUGGAAAGCCUCUACCAAAGCUUACUAUUUCAAAAGAUAAUGCUGCAAUGAAAGUAACAAAGAGAUUUAACUUUGAAGUAACUUUCGAAAAUGUAAUAGUUAAUCUUAAAGAAAGUAUUGCAAAUGAUGCUGGAAGGUACGACAUCAUUGCAUCCAACAAGGGGGGAAUUACUAAGACUUUUGUGAAUAUUUUGGUCCUGGAUAGACCUGGUACUCCAGUUGGACCAGUUGAAAUCAUUGAUGUCUCUGAAGACAGUGUGAGUCUCCAGUGGCUUCCCCCAGUCUAUAAUGGUGGUAGCCCAGUUACCAACUAUGUAAUAUUGAAACGUGAAACAAGUACUUCAGCUUGGACAGAGGUGUCAUCUACAGCUGCAAGAAGUGCAAUACAUAUAACUAAGCUGACCAAAGGGGAGGAGUAUCAGUUCAGAAUUAAGGCAGAAAAUCGCUUUGGCAUCAGUGAUCAUAUUGACUCCAAAGCUGUGACAGUCAAACUUCCAUACAAGAUUCCUGGACCUCCUUCAACUCCAUGGGUAACAAUGGUUUCAAGGGAGAGUCUUACUGUCUGCUGGCAUGAACCGGUCUCAGAUGGAGGGAACCCUGUUUUUGGAUACCAUUUACAUAUGAAAGAGAGAAGCAGCACUGUGUGGCAGAAGGUUAACAAAACACCCAUCCAUGCCACACAGUUCAGAGUGACAAACAUUUGUCCUGGCUUGAUCUACGAGUUCAAGGUUGCAGCAGAAAAUGCUGCCGGCAUUGGCAAAAUCAGCAAAACCUCAGAAGAAGUCCUCGCAAUUGAUGCUUGUGAGCCUCCAGCUAAUGUGCGCAUCUCUGACAUAACAAAGAGUUCCGUCACUCUUGUCUGGCAGAAGCCUCCAUAUGAUGGUGGAAGCAAAAUUACAGGAUACAUUGUUGAGAGGAGAGAUGCUCCAAAAGGCAGAUGGACAAAAGCUAACUUCACUAAUGUCACUGAGACUAAUUUUACCAUAUCAGGCUUGUCUACAGAAGAGUUCUAUGAAUUCAGAGUCUUUGCAAAGAAUUCACUGGGUUCCAUAAGCAAUCCAUCUCUUACUGCAGGACCAGUCAAAUGUGUUGAUGCACAUGGUGCUCCUGAGAUUGACCUACCGCCAGAAUAUUUGGAUGUCAUCAAAUUCAUGGCUGGAAACAUUGUCAAGAUUCAAGUUGGAAUUAUUUCUAAGCCAUUACCAGUAAUUGAGUGGUAUAAGGACGGAAAAGAAUUGGUAUCAAGUGCUCAACUCUCAAUUGAAAACACAACAGAUGCAUCUGGAAUUGUCAUCAAGGAUGCCAAUCGUCUAGACAGUGGAACAUAUGAAAUCAAAAUCAAAAAUGUUGCAGGCUCUACAUCAGCUUCAAUCAGAGUACAAAUUCUCGAUAAACCUGGACCUCCUGGCAGAACCAUUCAGUUCAAGACAAUCACAGCUGAUAAGAUCACCUUCACAUGGGAUCCUCCAGUAGACGAAGGUGGUGCCAAAGUUACCCACUAUGUUGUUGAAAAACGUGAAACAAGCAGAGUUGCAUGGUCAGUAAUAUCUGAGGAGUUGGAGGAAUGCUAUAUAUCAGUUGAAAAGCUCAUCAGAAGCAAUGAGUACAUCUUCCGUGUCCGAGGUGUCAAUAAGUAUGGAAUUGGUGACCCUCUAGAAUCUGAGCCAGUUGUUGCUAAAGAUGCAUUUGUUGCACCGGGACAGCCCGCUAUGCCAUAUGUAGCUAGUAUUACCAGGUCAUCAAUGACAGUUGUCUGGGAGAAACCAAGCGUGGAUGGUGGCAGUGAAGUAAUUGGAUAUUGCUUGGAAAAACGAGACAAAAAGUGUUUACGUUGGCAAAAAGUGUUCAAAGACCCUAUAUGUGCUGUGACACAAAAAGUACAGGAUCUUAUAGAAGGCAAGGAAUAUCAAUAUCGCGUCUGUGCCAUGAAUCAGGCUGGAGAAGGACCAUACUCUGAUGUUUCUGAUUUUUACAGAGCUGCUGAUCCAAUUGAUCCACCAGAUGAGCCAACCAAAAUUAAAGUCCUUGACUCAACAAAAACAUCAAUCACACUUGGCUGGGGAAAGCCACAAUAUAAUGGUGGUAGUGAGAUCACUAGUUAUGUUAUUGAAAAGAGAUUGGCUGAGGAAAAUGAAUGGGUCAUCAUUAGCUCCAAGGGUGAAGUUAGAACAACAGAGUAUGUGGUGUCACACUUGAAACCUGGAAUUGACUACUUCUUCCGUGUAACUGCUGUUAACUGUGCUGGACGUGGAAAACCACUUGAGAUGAUUGAGCCAGUGCAAGCUGAAGAUAUUCUUGCGGAAGCUGAGGUAGACGUUGAUGUUACUAUGAGAACUCAAUAUACAGUGAAAGCUGGGACUGAUGUGGAAAUCAUGGUUCCACUCAAAGGCAGGCCUGCCCCAAGCAUCACCUGGAAAAUAGGAGACAAGGACAUAAGCUGUGAUCCAAGAUAUGACAUCCGCAACAGUGAAUCUUCAACUGUAGUUUUCAUUCGACAAGUUACUCGCAAUGACACGAACAAAUAUCGUCUUGAAUUUGAAAAUGGUGUUGGAACGCCGAAGACAGUAACAAUAUCUGUUAAAGUACUUGCCACUCCAUCAGCUUGCCAGAAACUGACAGUAAAAAAGGUCACUCGUGGGAAAGUCACACUCAGCUGGGAAGCACCCCUUCUUGAUGGUGGUGCACCAGUUGCUAAUUACAUAAUAGAGAAGAGAGACUCUACAAAGCGGUCAUAUUCAAGUGUAACCACAAAGUGUUCCAGUACAACAUAUGAUAUUGAAGAUCUCUCAGAGAAAUCACUAUAUUUCUUCCGUGUGUCAGCAGAGAAUGAACAUGGAGUUGGUGAUCUUUGUGAAACAACAGAACCUGUUAGGGCCACUGAAACACCUGGACCAGUUAAAGAUAUAUUAAUGAAAGAUUCCACUAAAGCAUCAGUAGCUUUACAGUGGAGUAAGCCUGAUCAUGACGGUGGCAGCAUAAUAUCUGACUAUGUAAUUGAAAAGAGACUAAAGGAUGAAGAAGAAUGGGCAUUUGCUGGUACCAGCAAAAUAUGUGAAUAUGAGGUCAAAAAUCUUAAAGAAUUAGCAGUGAUGGAGUUCAGAGUAUGCUCCAAGAAUGAGAAAGGGCAAAGUGACUUCACUGAAUUUGGACCUAUCACUGUUAAGGAGUUUAUUAUUCCACCUGAGGCAGACCUAUCAGGUUACCCAAAAGGAGAAAUCCAUGUGCGUAUUGGACAUAAUGUACAUAUUGAGUUACCAUACAAAGGGAAACCAAGACCAGGCAUGGAGUGGCUAAAGGACAACUUACCACUGAAAGAAAGUCAACAGGUUCGGUUCAAAAGAACAGCUGACAAAAUUACUCUUAUGAUUAAAAAUUUAACAAAGCAUAAUGCUGGAAAAUAUACUCUAGCUCUCGACAACAAAGUGUUUAGGAAGCUUUUCCACAUAAAAGUCAUUACUCUUGGACCACCUUCAAAGCCUACUGGCCCAAUACGAUUGGAUGAAAUUAGAGCAGAGAGCAUAAUAAUAUCUUGGGAUGAACCAAAUGAUGAUGGGGGUGGAGAAAUCACUUCCUACACUGUGGAGAAAUGUGAUAUUUCCCAAACUGAUUGGAAGAUGGCAUGUUCAAAUGUAACUGGAACAACAUUUAAGAUACCCAACUUGAUUGCAGGAGUGGCAUAUCAAUUCAGAGUUUGUGCAGAAAAUAGAUAUGGUGUGAGUGAGCCCCUCUUUUCGCAAAAUGUGAUCGCUAAACACCAGUACAGACCACCAGGUGCCCCAGGAAAGCCAGUCAUUUACAAUGUUACAAAUGAUGGCAUGAACAUUCGGUGGGAUGCACCAGUUUUUGAUGGUGGCUCCCCAAUAAUGGGCUUCCAUAUUGAAAAGAAAGAGAAGAACAGUAUUAUGUGGCAGAAAGUAAACCUAACAAUAAUAAAAGAAAGAGAUUACAGAAUUAUUGGCCUCAUUGAAGGACUUGAGUAUCAAUUCAGGGUCUCUGCACAGAAUGACUGUGGCAUCAGUCGAGUCAGUGAAGCCAGUAAGCUCACUAUGGCUGCAUCUCCAGUUGAUCCACCAGGAACUCCUGACUACAGCGAUGUAACAAGUGAAUCGGUCACACUAAAGUGGGAUGCUCCUAAACAUGAUGGAGGCAGCAAAAUUGUUGCUUAUAGUGUUGAGAAACGGCAAGGCAAAGAUCGCUGGUUGAAAUGCAACUUCAUAGAUGUUGCUGAGUGCCAGUUUACAGUUACUGGCCUUACAUGUGGAGAACGCUAUGAGUUCAGAGUGUUUGCCAGAAAUGCAAUUGGAACAACCAGUCCACCUUCCCAGUCUUCUGGCUAUAUUGUAGUUAGAGAUGAAAGCGUUGCUCCCAACAUUGAUUUUGGAAAGGAGUAUUUUGAGGGUCUCACAGUCAAAGCAGGAGAUAAUAUCAGACUUAAGGUUAAUGUCACUGGACGCCCUAAACCUCAUGUCAAGUGGUUUAAGGAUGGAAAAGAAAUUGACAGGAGAAUGAUGAUUGAUAUCACGACAACCAAUGGGUCAAGCAUGCUGUUCAUCCGAGAUGCUGACCGUAACCAUUGUGGAAUAUAUAGCGUAGAGGCCAAGAAUGCCUCAGGAAGUAAAAAAGAGGAUAUUCACGUACAAGUCUUAGAUUCACCUGGAGAACCAGCAGGAGCAAUUGUUUUUACAAAUAUCUCAGAGGACAGCGUAACACUCUCAUGGAAUCCACCUAAAAAUGAUGGUUGUUCUGCUAUCACUAAUUACAUUAUUGAGAAACGUGAGACGUCAAAGGUUUCUUGGACUCUUGUUGCAGACCAUUGUGAAAACUGCUCAUAUACGGUCUCUAAGUUGAUCAAGGGCAAUGAAUAUCAAUUUCGGGUUUCUGCAGUCAACAAGUUUGGUGCGGGCAGAUCGUUGGAAUCUGAUCCCAUCACUAUACAAAUGCAAUUUGCUAUCCCAGAAGCUCCAGGAACCCCUGAUCCUACCAGUAUUACUGGAGAUAGCAUAAUGCUCACUUGGACAAUACCAAAAUAUGAUGGUGGAAAUGAAAUAAAGAAUUACUUUCUCGAAAUACGUGAGAAAAAGAAAAUGCAUUGGAUGAAGGUUUUAUCAAAAAUACCCAUCACUGAGCCAUUGCACAAAGUAACAAAUCUCACUAAGGGCAGUGAAUAUCAAUUCCGUGUAUCAGCUGUCAAUGAUGCUGGGAUCGGAUCACCUAGCAACACAUCAGAAUUUAUAAGAUGUAGUAAGCCAAUAAGCACUCCUAGUGCUCCGACUGUCAUAAAUGUAACUGAUUCCUCAAAGACCUCUGUCAGACUAGAAUGGACCAAACCUUUGUCUGAUGGUGGUAUGGAGAUCAGUGGUUAUAUUAUUGAGAUGUGUAAAGUAAGCUCUGGAGACUGGCAUAAAAUAAAUGCUGAAAAUUGCACCAACACUAAAUAUACUGCAACUGAUUUGGAGCCUGAUGAAGAAUAUAAUUUCCGCGUCUGUGCAGUAAAUGGAGCUGGAAGGGGAGAAACCCGUGAAAUACUUAAACCAACAAAAGCUCUGGACAGACUUGCAUCACCAGAAAUAGACAUUGAUGCCAGCUUCAAACAGACACAUAUUGUGAAGAAGGGCACCACCAUCCAUCUUCAUGUAGGAUUUAAAGGAAAUCCUGCCCCUGUGACUACAUGGAAGAAAGAGUUAGGAGAGUUUAGUGUAAUGGCAGGUAUUAAUACUACAGAAAAUUUUAGCACCUUAACAAUUGACAACUGUAACAAAUAUGAUUCUGGAAAGUACUCUCUUUCUCUUGAAAACAGUAGUGGAAGCAAAUCAAUUACAUUUACAGUGAAGGUGCUGGAUACACCUGGACCCCCAGGAUCAAUUACUUUGAAAGAUGUUACAAGAGGAGCUCUGACACUUAUGUGGGAUGCCCCAAUUAAUGAUGGUGGAUCCCGUGUCCUUCAUUACAUUGUAGAAAAACGAGAAGCUAGUCGUCGUACCUGGCAACAAGUCAGUAGCAAAUGUGUUCUACAACAUUUGAGGGUUAAUGAUCUCUUAGAAGGUGUGCCAUACUUUUUCAAGGUGUUUGCUGAAAAUCAGUAUGGAUCAGGUGAAGUAUAUGAAAUGCCAGAUCCAGUUAUUGCCACUGCAGAACCAGCUCCACCUAAACGACUGGAUAUUACUGAUACAACAGAUUCUUCUGCAACAUUGACUUGGUUGAAACCUGAACAUGAUGGUGGAAGUCGCAUCACAGGCUAUAUUGUUGAAACCAAAAUAAAGGGCUCUGACAAAUGGGUUAUUGGUGGUCAUGCUAAAUCCUUAACCAUGGUAGUUGAUGGUCUUACGGAAAAUGCAGAAUAUGAAUUUCGUGUGAAGGCUAAGAAUGAUGCUGGCAUCAGUGAUGCACGAGAAGCAUUUAGCUCUGUGAUUAUAAAAGAACCCUGCAUUGAACCAACUGCUGAUCUUAGUGGCAUCACAAAUCAGCUCAUCACAUGUAAGACUGGAGGAACUUUCACCAUUGAUGUUCCCAUUAGUGGUAGACCGACUCCUAAUGUAAUUUGGAAACUAGAGGAGAUGAGACUGAAAAAAACAGACAGAGUCUCAAUAAAGACAGUGAAGAACAGGACCACCUUAUCAGUGAAAGACUGUAUGAGAGGUGAUGGAGGAAAAUACUACCUUACCCUCGAAAACAUUGCAGGAACCAAGACAUUUACUAUUACAGUAAAUGUCAUCGGAAGGCCUAGUGCACCAUGUAGACCAAUUGAAGUUUCAUCAAUCACAUCAGAAUCCUGUGUACUGUCAUGGGAAGAACCUGAAGAUGAUGGUGGAAGUGAUAUCACUAACUAUAUUGUUGAAAAGCGUGAAUCUGGCUCAAGUGCUUGGCAACUUGUGAACUCCAGCGUAAAGUACAGAACAAUUAAAAUCACCCAUCUUGUUAAAUACAUGGAGUACACAUUCCGUAUAUCUACUGAAAACAGAUUUGGUGUCAGCAAACCUACUGAAUCUGAAACUAUUGUAGCUGAAAAUCCAUUUGUUCCCCCAAGUGCACCAACACGACCAGAAGUAUUCUCUGUUACUGCAAACUGUAUUAGCAUUCGCUGGGAAGAACCAUAUCAUGAUGGUGGCAGUAAGGUUACUGGGUACUGGAUUGAGAGGAAAGAACGCAACACCAUCCUUUGGGUGAGAGACAACAAGGUCCCAUGUUUUGAAUGCUGCUACAAAGUAAACAAUCUUGUUGAAGGUCUUGAAUACCAAUUCAGAGUAUAUGCAAUGAAUGCUUCUGGUCUGAGUAAAGCUAGUGAAGCAUCAAGAAGGAUGGUGGCUCAGAAUCCAGUGGACCCUCCAGGAAAGCCAGAAGUGACUGACCUGACAAAAUCAACUGUGUCGAUCAAAUGGUCUGUGCCACUGAAUGAUGGUGGCAGAGAAAUAGUAGGUUAUAUUGUGGAACGCAAACCAUACAGUGCUACUGGAGAUGGUCGCUGGCUCAAGUGCAACUACACAAACAUUACAGACACCAGUUUUACUAUAACAGCACUAGGUGAAGGAGAAGUGUAUGAGUUCCGAGUUAUUGCCAAGAAUGCAGAUGGAGUCUACAGUUUGCCUUCAGAAUCAACGGGGCCUGUGACAUGCAAGGCUGAAUAUCAGCCUCCUGUGGCAGAGCUUGACAGUAAACUUCUCACAGACACUGUCACUAUCAGAGCUGGGUCAGACCUGGUUCUUGAUGCCGCCAUUGGUGGUAAACCUGAACCGAAAGUCUUCUGGGCAAAGGGAGACAAAGAACUAGAGCUUUGUGAAAAGUAUACCCUGCAGUAUACAAAGAGCCGUGCUAUGGCUAUUAUCAAGUUCUGUGAUAGAAAUGAUUCUGGAAAAUACAUUCUGACUGUAAAGAAUGCCAGUGGAGUCAAGACAGCUGCUGUCAAUGUUAAAGUGCUAGACACUCCUGGGCCUUGCAAGAAGAUUACAAUUACAGGAGUGACUGAGCGAAAAUGCACAGUUUCCUGGGAAAUACCCAUGGAGGAUGGUGGAGACCCAAUCUCCCACUAUAUUGUUGAACGACGUGACACCAAUAGACUUAACUGGGUAAUAGUGGAAGCUGAAUGCAAGGCUCUUUCUUGUAUUAUUACAAAUAUGAUCAAGAACCUUGAAUACGUCUUUCGUGUCCGAGGUGUGAACAAGUACGGCCCAGGUGUUCCACUGCAAUCUGAAUCAAUUGUUGCCCGGAACCUUUUCACAAUCCCUUCACCUCCUGGAGUACCUGAAAUCAUUAACGUUGGAAAAGAUUUUGCCAUUAUUCAGUGGUCAAAACCUGAAUCUGAUGGCGGCAGUGAAAUCAGUAACUAUCUUGUGGAAAAACGUGAAAGAAAAAGUGUGAGGUGGAUCAAAGUUAACAAAGAUCUCACAAUCACAGACACAAGUUUUAAGAUUUAUGGUCUUCUAGAGGGCAACAUUUACCAGUUCCGUGUUACAGCUGUAAACGCAGCGGGUGAAAGUGAGCCCAGUGCAGUUUCACUCUAUGCUUCUUGUAGGGAACCAACAUAUACUCCAGCUCCCCCAUCUAUUCCACGUGUGGUAGAUACCACUACAGACAGUAUAAGUCUUGUUUGGACAAGACCAGUGCAGGAUGGAGGUGCUGAUGUUAUUGGAUAUAUUUUAGAGGUUCGAGAAGAUGGAAGGGAGCAGUGGAGCAAAGUUCAUGAAAAACUGAUCAGAAUCUCAGAAUACACUGCAACUGGCCUCACUUAUAAGACAAAGUAUAGCUUUAGAGUAGCUGCAGUUAAUGUUAAUGGUGUCGGUGAAUUCAGUGACGCCUGUACAGCCAGUGAACCUUUGGAAAGAACUGAAAUACCAGAUCUUGAGAUUGAUGAUGAGUUGAAGAAGACCAUCUGCUUGAGAGCUGGUGGUUCCCUUCGCCUUUUUGUAACUGUAACUGGACGGCCUGUCCCUGAGGUCAAGUGGAGUAAACCUGGUGUAGAUCUCCAGAGCCGAGGAUUCAUUGAAGUAACCGACACUCAUACAACUAUGACAAUUAAUAAAGUAAAUCGAUAUGAUGCUGGCCAAUACACUGUUGAGGCUGAGAAUCCAUCAGGCAAGAAAACAGCAACCAUCCUUGUGAAGAUUUACGAUACUCCUGGACCACCAGGUCCACUUAAUAUUAAGGAUAUAACAGACAGUUCCGCUGUCAUUACAUGGGAUGCCCCAAGUGUUGAUGGUGGUGCUCCAGUAAAUAAUUAUAUUGUUGAGAGACGAGAAGCAUCAAUGAGAGCCUACAAGACAGUAACAUCUAAGUGCCAUAAGACAUCAUAUAAAGUCACUGGACUGCCAGAAGGAAUGCUUUAUUAUUUUAGGGUCUUUCCAGAAAAUAUUUAUGGCAUUGGUGAGCCACGUGAAUCCAGUGAUGUUGUUCUCGUAUGUGAGGUGCCGAUGGUUCCACAAAAACUUGAAGUUAUGGAUGUAACAAAAUCCACUGUAACACUCGCAUGGGACAAACCACUUCAUGAUGGUGGCAGUAGGCUUACUGGAUACGUCAUUGAGGCUUGCAGAUUCGGAACGGAGAAAUGGAUGAAGGUGGCCACUUUAAAAACAACUGACUUUCAGCAUACUGUUGUAUCACUUAAUGAGAAUGAUCAAUACCUCUUCAGGGUAAGGGCCAUAAACUGCAGAGGAGUUAGUGAACCAAGAGAGACGGUGACAGCAGUAACUGUCCAGGAACAAAAAGUUUUACCUAAGAUUGAUCUCUCUGGAAUUCCUCAGAAGAUUGUUAAUGUACUAUCAGGAAAAUCAGUUGAGCUCCAUGUACCAAUUGCUGGGAGUCCUGCUCCAGUUUGUUCAUGGUACUUUGGUGAUGUAAAGAUGAGGGUACGUGACCGGGUCAAAAUUGUGACCACAAAAACUUACUCUGAACUGACAGUUUGUGACGCCACAAUUGAUGACACAGGCGAUUAUACCCUUGAAGUGAAGAAUGCUGUAGGCGCUGUCACAGAGAUCAUCAAAGUCAUCAUUCUUGCCAAACCUGAUGAACCAAGAGGCCCAAUUAGGAUUGUUGAAUGUGAUACUACAUCGAUUACUAUAAGCUGGGAUCCACCUGAGAGGGAUGGAGGUGCCCCAGUUUGUGGCUAUGUUGUUGAGCAAAGGGAUGCUCAUCGCCCAGGAUGGUUGCCUGUGUCUCAAUCUGUCAGCAGAACUACAUUUAAGUUGAACAGAUUAACGGAGGGCAAUGAAUAUGUGUUCCGAGUUGCUGCAACUAAUCGCUUUGGAACAGGAUCUUUCUUACAGUCUGAUAUUGUGAUCUGCAAGAGCAAUAAAACAAUACCAGGGCCACCAGGAAGACCUGAAGUGUUUGAUGUUUCUCGGGAUGGCAUGACAAUUGCGUGGCACCCACCAGAGGAAGAUGGUGGAUUUGAAAUAUCUGGAUAUAUUGUUGAGCGUAAGGAGGUUAGGUCUGACAGAUGGAUACGUGCCAACAAGAAUCCAGUGACAAAGACAAGAUAUAGAUCUAGUGGCCUAAUUGAAGGCCUUGAAUAUGAGCACCGAGUUACUGCUAUAAAUUCUAAAGGCACUGGAAAACCGAGUUUUGUUUCUAAAACAGCAGUUGCAUCUGAUCCUAUUGACCCACCAGACUCACCACAGAAUCCAAGAGUCACAGAUACCACCACAACAUCUGUUUCUCUGGCCUGGAGUCCUCCAGACGAUGAGGGUGGUUCCAAAGUUGCUGGAUACUUAAUAGAAAUGCAGAAGGUCGGAACGUUUCAAUGGAUUAAAUGUAACACAACACCCUCAUUAAUCUGUGAAUACACACUGACACAAAUGCCCCAGGGAGCUGAAUUCAAGUUCCGUGUUUCGGCAUGCAAUGCUGGAGGAUCUGGGGAACCUGCUGAAAUCCCAGGAACAGUCAAAAUUACAGAAAUGCUUGAAUCCCCUGAUCAUGACCUGGAGGCUAAGUACAAGGAUGGAUUUGUUGUCAGACGAGGUGGAGUCAUUAGGUUAUCUAUUCCCAUCAGGGGCAAACCAAUACCAACAUGCAUGUGGACAAAAGAAGGACAUGACAUUUCUCGUAGGGCAAUGAUUGCUUCCAGUGAAGAUCUGACUGAGCUUGUAAUUAAGGAAGCCCAAAGAAAUGACACUGGAGUAUAUAACCUUGUAUUGCAAAACAAAUGUGGCAAAAAAUUUGUUAGCAUCAACGUGAAAGUCAUAGGGCCACCAGAUCCACCACAAGGUCCUCUUCAAAUUAAUGACAUUCAGGCUUGCUCUGUCCGACUGACUUGGAAAGCUCCUAUAGAUGAUGGCGGUUCUGAUAUACAUAGCUACAUUGUUGAAAGACGAGAGAUCCCUAAUUUGGCUUGGUACACUGUGGACUCAAAAGUUGUAGACACAUCUCUGGUUGUCAAGGGAUUGCAAGAAAAUGUUGAGUAUCACUUCAAGGUGACAGCUGUGAAUAAGUUUGGCAUUAGUAAAUCUCUAAAAUCAGAAGAAUCUGUCACACCAAAGACACCUCUCUGUCCACCGGAUCCUCCAAGUAACCCUCCAGAAAUUCUGGAUGUCACAGACAAUUCAGUUUCUCUAUUGUGGGGCAGGCCCAAAAAUGACGGUGGUUCCUGUGUCACUGCCUAUUAUGUUGAACGCAGGGAGAGAUUCAAUGAAAAUUGGGUGCGUCAUGACGCACAUGUCACGGCUAACACAUACAAACUCACUGGACUCAUUGCUGAGAAGGAAUAUCAAUUCCGUGUGAUUGCCAAAAAUGAUAUUGGUGAGAGCUUGCCAGGACCCAUAUCAGAAUUGGUUUUAUGCAAAGAUCCAUUUGACAAACCAGGUCAGCCAGGAGAGACUGAUACUGUAAAUGUGACCAAAGACUGCAUUUCUAUUCGUUGGGAGCCCCCCAGAUAUGAUGGGGGAAAACAGAUCCUUGGCUACUGGGUUGAAUACAGAAAAUCUGGAGAAAGUACUUGGAAGAAGUGCAACAAAGAACGAUUGAAAGACACAGUGUUCACCAUGACUUGUCUUUUAGAGGCUACGGAAUAUGAAUUUAGAGUAUUUGCUGAAAAUGAAGCUGGAAUCAGCAGACCACGCAGAACUACCGUUGGCAUAAAAACCAAACUGAGUGUCGUACAUAAACCAAGUAUUAUAAAAGAAAUGGAAGAUGCAACAACUAAGCUUGGACAGCCAGGCACACUGAAGUGUCAGAUCACUGGAAGACCUCUUCCUGUUAUCAAGUGGUAUAGACAUGGAAAAGAAUUACUUCAGGGAAAAAAAUAUGAGAUGAACUCCGAUGGUCGCAACCAUUCACUGACAAUAACAUCAAAUCAACAAGAUGAUGAAGGAGUUUAUACAUGCAAAGCUAUCAAUGAAGCAGGAGAAACUGAAACCAGUGGAAGUCUCAUUUUUGAGGCUGCUCCGAUGCUUUCUCCUGAAUAUCCUUUGAAAGAAAUAUAUCAUAUUGUGUGUGGUGCAAGCCUACGUCUACAUGUUAUGUACAUUGGUCGCCCCGAGCCAAAGAUCACGUGGCUUCACAACAAUGUACCUCUGCAACCAACUGAGAAUGUCAUCAUUGAAAACACAAAACAUUAUACCCAUCUUAUCAUUAAGAAUGCACAGCGUGAGACAAACACAGGGAAGUAUAAAGUCCAGCUCAGCAACACAUUUGGCACAGCUGAAAAACUGCUUCAUGUCGAAAUCCAAGAUAAACCAGGUACACCUGAAGGACCAAUAAUUGUUGAAGCCCUGCUAAAGAACUCUGUGAUCAUUAGCUGGAAACCACCUGCAGAUGAUGGUGGGGCAAUGAUUACAAACUACAUUGUGGAGAAGUGUGAAGAUACCUCUAGUGAAGAGUGGAAUCUUGUGUCAUCAUCAGUCUCUGGAACAUCUUGUCGAAUUCCAAAUCUCAAUGAAGGUGCCGGAUAUUACUUUCGUGUUUCUGCUCAAAACCAAUAUGGAGUGAGUGAUCCAUUACAGAUUCCUUCUGUGGUCAUUAUUAAAAGUCAGUUAGAGAAACCUGGAAAUCCCCAAAAUCUGGUUGUUAGUGGAGUGACAAAGGAUUCUUGUAUUGUGUCUUGGAUACCACCGCUGAAUGAUGGAGGUUCUAAAAUAAAAAAUUAUUGCCUGGAAAAAUGUGAAAAAGAGAAUGAAUGGAUCUCAGUAACUACAGAUGAAAUCCAUCAAACAGUAUACACUGUAAAUGGGCUUGUUGAAAACUCAGAAUACAAAUUCCGUGUUAAAUGUGACAGUCUAUGGGGAGAAAGUGACUAUAGUGAAGUGUCUGCCCGUGUUGUUCCAAAAUCAGAUGUAGCUAUUCACACACCUGCCUUUAAGGAGGAAUUAAGAAACAUGAGUGUUAAAUACAAGAGCAAUGCAACUUUUGUUUGCAAGAUCAGUGGACAGCCUAAACCUGUUGUCAAAUGGUACAAGCGUGGCAAAGAAAUUCAGCCUGAUGGACAAAAAAUUAAAGUCCAGGAACGCAAAGGUGGUUAUUAUCAGCUUGUCAUAUCUGCUGCUGAUGAGGAGGAUUCCACUGUCUAUCAAGUCAGAGCCACAAACCAAGGAGGCUCAAUUUCUGCAAAUGUUUCACUUGAUGUUGAAAUUCCUGCAAAGAUUCACUUGCCCAAGCAUAUACAAAACAAAGAAUCUAUUCCUGCCCUUCGUGGUGAAGUCAUUAGUAUCAAGAUUCCAUUCAGUGGCAAACCUGACCCAGUAAUAACAUGGCAAAAGGGACAAGACCUCAUUGAUAGCAAUGGGAACUAUCAAGUUAUUGUAACGCGAUCUUUUACUUCACUAAUAUUCCCCAAUGGAGUUGAGAGGAAGGAUGCCGGUUUCUAUGUUGUUUGCGCAAAGAACAGAUUUGGCAUUGAUCAACAGACAGUGGAACUUUAUGUUGCAGAUGUACCUGAUCCACCAAGAGGUCUCAAAGUCAGUGAUGUGUCUAGGGAUUCUGUCACUCUGAAUUGGUGUGCCCCCGCUAAUGAUGGAGGAAGUAAAGUCACUAACUAUAUAGUGGAAAAAUGCGCUACCACAGCUGAGAGAUGGAUUCGUGUAGCACAAGCUCGUGACACUCAUUAUACAGUUGUUAACCUGUUUGGAAAAACAAGUUACCAAUUCCGCGUCAUUUCAGAAAAUAAAUUUGGCCAAAGUGAGCCAUCUGAACCAACUGAUCCAGUUGUAACAAAAGAAGAUAAGUCAAGAGCACUGAGCUAUGAUGAGGAAGUUGACGACACAGGAGAAGUCAUAAAGCGUAAAGCACUACAUUCAGAAACUGAAGUUCUGCAUAAUAAGUACAUGAUUGCAGAGGAACUAGGACGUGGGCACUUCAGUAUUGUCCACCGAUGUGUCGAAAACAGUACACAGAAGACAUUCAUGGCUAAAUUUGUCAAAGUAAAAGGUGCAGAUCAAGCACUGGUGAAGAAAGAAAUUGCUACACUUAAUGUAGCUCAACACAAGAAUUUCCUGUGUCUUCAUGAGUCCUUUGAAAGUCCAGAAGAAUUAGUCAUGAUACAUGACUUUACCUCAGGAAUGGAUAUAUUUGAACGUAUUGGGGCAGCCAACUUUGAACUUUCAGAACGAGAAAUAGUAACGUAUGUCAGACAGUUAUGUGAAGCUCUUGAGUUUCUACAUAGUAAGAGCUAUGGGCACUUUGACAUUAAGCCUGAAAAUAUUGUCUACACCAAAAGUAGUAGCUCUAACAUCAAGAUAAUUGAGAUGGGCCAGGCUCAAUACCUUACACCGGGGGAAACCAUAAGGAUCCAGUUUACUGCCCCAGAAUAUUGUGCACCAGAAAUCCACCGGAAUGAAAUGGUUAGCACUGUAACUGAUAUGUGGUCAGUUGGUGUCCUAGUGUACAUACUUCUUAGUGGACUUAAUCCAUUCAUAGCAGAUACUUAUCAGCAAACAAUUGAAAAUAUUUCAAAUGCUGAAUACAUUUUUGAUGAAGAGACUCUUAAGAUAUCCAGUCUUGAAGCAUUAGAUUUUGUGGACCGUCUUCUGACUAAGGAGCGUAAACAUCGGAUGACUGCUUCUGAAGCUUUGGAACAUCCCUGGCUUCGAAAAAAUAUAGAAGAAUACAAUUCUAAAGCUAUAAAGACAACAAGACACAAAAGAUAUUACCAGACCUUAGUGAAAAAGGAAUGGAAUGUUGUUAUUUCAGCUGCUCGUGUUGCUAGAGGCGGCGCUUUAAGAAGUCAAAGAGGAGUCACAGUGAGCAAAGUUAAAGUUGCACCAUAUGAACAUGGCCCACGAGCUGGUCAGAUUAAGCAUUCUGUUUCUGAAGAAGGCGGGCAUGCAAAAUUUGUCUGUCACAUUGAGAACUAUGACAGUAGCACAGAAGUGACUUGGUACUGUGGAGUUAGACAAAUUGAGGAAAGUGAAAAAUAUAAAAUUAGUUAUGAUGAAGGAGUAACUAUCUUAUCUAUCGAAAAUAUUAGCAGAGCAGAUGAUGGGACAUAUAGGUGCAAAGUUAUUAAUGAAUAUGGUGAAGACAGUGCCUAUGCAGAGCUAUUUGUCAAAAAUGUAAGAUCUUAUUCUGAUUUCUUUUUUGCACGCACAGUAAAGAAAGCAAAACGUAGGGUGGAUACAGAAAGACUGCUUCAGAGACCCCCUGAAUUUACUUUACCUCUAUACAAUCGGGCUGCUUACGUUGGUGAGGAUGUGCGUUUUGCAGUAACAAUAACUGUGCAUCCGGAGCCUCGGGUUACAUGGUUAAAAUCUGGGCAAAAGAUUUUACCAGGGGAUAAUGACAGAAAAUAUACAUUUAUAAAUGACAAAGGUCUGUAUCAGCUCAUAAUUCACAAUGUACAAACAGAGGAUGAUGGUGAAUACACAGUUUUAGCCCGCAACAAAUUUGGAGAUGACAGUUGCAAGGCACGUCUUACUGUAUCACCUCGCCCAGCACCAUCAGAUAAUACACUACGGCCAAUGUUCAAGCGCUUGCUAGCAAAUGCAGAGUGCAAAGAGGGUCAAAGUAUCCGCUUUGAAAUGAGAGUCUCAGGGUCACCUUCGCUGAAGUGGGAGAAAGAUGGAAUGCAAUUAGCAUUUGGACCACAAGUUGAGGUUAUUCAUGAAGGGCUUGAUUAUUAUGUUCUACAUGUCAGAGAUACACUUCCUGAAGAUUCUGGUACCUAUAGAGUCAUUGCUACAAACUCCGCUGGAUCUGCAAGUUGUCAAGCCGCAUUAAAGGUACAUCGUCUCACUCAUGUCAAGAAAGAAUAUGAUACUGAAGAACAGAAAAAGACAUGUCCUGAGGAGAAAAAAAUUGAGAAGAAGGUGAGACUGUUGCAAAUUCUUUCUGGCAGUGAAGUUAUUCCACUUACUCCAGUGGCACAAGAGGCUUUAAGAGAAGCAUUAAUUAUGCAUAAACCAGAAAUAUCAACAAAGAAAGACAGGAUUGAAGCUGUUGAUAAAAAGGAAAAAGAAGAAGGAAAGAUGAGAGCAGAGGACAAGAGACUUCAUAUGCCAUAUGAAAUUCCACAACCUCGUGUCCAUGCUCCAACAACCCUGGAAGAAGACCUGGAAAUCAAACAUUUUGUGCCUUAUUCAGACAUGAAAUGGUAUAAGAAAAUCCGGGAUCAGUAUGACAUGCCUGAGAGAAUGGAAAAACCUGUUCAGAAGAGGCUUAAACGCAUUAGUUUAUCAAAGUGGGAGCAGAACUAUGUUGUGCCACUUCCAAGAAUCAAGGAUCAGUACAAGCCUAAAUGGCGCAUCCCUAAGUUUUCACAAGAUGACUUGGAAACUGUAAGGCCAGGAAGAUAUCGUGCAUCAUCUCCAGAAUCUGAAGUUUACUAUAGGCAAAGAAGAAGGUCCCUCUGUGAUCUCACAGAUGAAGAGUUUCUUCUCCCUGUUCAAGACUAUUUAUCAAUGAAAAAAACUGAAGAAGAAAGGCUUCGCUUUGAGGAGGAGCUCCAGCUUGGCUUCUCAGGUUCUACUUUCAGUUCUGUGGACUUUGAAUUGUCUUCAUUGCGUCAAUUCCCAUCAAAGAAAAUGACAUCUGAGGAGAAGAAAGUAGAAGAUGUUGAAACGUAUGACUCAUAUCAUAUUCCCUCUAAGUAUGAAACUGGACCAAGCUAUAUUGAUCUGCGCCAACGCCAUGAUAAGGUGACAUAUAGACCUCCAAGACAAAACCAAAGAGUGCUUGAAGACAAAGAAGAUCAAGAACUUCUUCGUCCAAUAGCUUCAAUGCAGAGACAUUGUGCUUACAAAAGUGAGAUGAAGCGCAUGCAGUUUGAUGAGAAAAUCCAAUUGUCAAGAAAAGAAAAAAGUAAGGUUCACGUUUCACCAUUAAUUGAAGAAAAAAUGGAAAAAAAUGAAUAUCCAUCUGCUUUGUUACCUUCCCCCUUUACACAAGUAAUUAGUAGGUCUUUAUUGCCUUCACAUGGUGAAUUAGUGCAUCCCUUAUCUGGAAAUGUACAAUCUGGCAGUACACUUCAAGCUAGAGAGGAAGAGAGUGAAACAAUAGAAAGGAUAUCAAAGAUUUCUGAGAGAACACGCACCAGUAGUCCGAUUUUAGGUGAAUUAUUAUUACCUGAGAAACAUACAACAACUGACAUAAUGGCCACAUAUGCGGCAAAAAAGGCUGCUCUGAAAUCUGAAAGAAAAUAUGAAGUUGUGACUCAGCAACCUUUCAGCCUUGACCAUGCCCCACGCAUAACUGUCAGAAUGCAUUCUCAUCGUGUGCCUUGUGGCCAGAAAACCAAAUUUACUCUAAAUGUGCAAGCCAAACCAGAAUCUGAAAUUAAAUGGUACCACAAUGGAAAGCAGAUUCAAGAGAGUAGCAAAUUCUGUUUUACAAACAUAAGUGGAGUUCUGUCUCUUGAGGUACUUGACUGCCAACAAGAGGACAGUGGCACCUAUCGUGUUGUUUGCACAAACUACAAGGGAGAGGCCUCAGAUUAUGGCACUUUAGAUGUUUCAAGAGGUGAAUAUUCUGCAUAUUCAUCCCAUUACAAAGAUGAGGAAUCUCUCCCAGCUGUUGUUCCUGAAAUUACCAAGACUGAUUUUUACCAUUUGUCCUCUGUUAAACCAGUUUCUGCAUCUGAAACCCUUAUAGUGUUGAAGGAAACUAAAUUAGAGCUGAGUGAAAUGCAUCCAGUAAGUUCAUGUGAAGAAUAUGCUUCAACUGAAAAGAAAACUACAGCACUAGAGAAAAUAACUCCACAAGAGAAGGUGAAAACAAUUCUGCCAGCUAGAAUACUUAAAAAACCUCAAUCAUUAAUGGUACAAGAGGGACAGUUUGUUGAAUUUAUUUGCGAUGUAGAUGGCGAUCCAUCACCAAGUGUUACCUGGAGGCGUGCAGGUCAAGAAAUUGUCUCAUCUAACCGUUACCACAUCAUCACAUCACAGUACAAGUCAGCUUUUGAAAUAAUGAAAGUACAGUUAUCUGAUGAAGGCAACUACACAGUAGUUGUAGAGAAUUCGGAUGGCCAUGAAGAGGUGGAAUUUACACUAACAAUUUGCAUGUCAACUGAUGAAGAGAAAAUAGCAGUUUCUCCAUCCAAGUCACCAGUGUCAGCCAGCACCAAAGAGCAUGUCGAGUCAUCUGCAGACACAAAAACAAGGACUAAGUCUUCAGAAUCUGAGAUGAAACCUUUAGACAUUUCAGAUGCUUCAUCCCCAGAUUCUUAUAAGUCACCUGAAGAAUCAUCUGUUGUAAAAACACCUCCUGAACCAUCUUUAUCUCCAGUGAAGGUUCAGUUCCCACCAGAAGAAGAAUCUCAAGAAGUGCAAAAGCCUCCAAAGAUUGUAAAUCAGCUUAAUGCAAAGGCUUCUGAGGACAAAAUAAUUAUGUAUUGUGUUGUUGAAGGUUCUACAGACACAGUAAUAUGGUACAAAGAUGGAAUUAACCUGACACAGGAUAGGCACUACUAUUUCCAUACUUCUACUGAUGGCCUUUGCAGUAUGAAUAUCAGUGAUAUUACUGAGAGUGACCAAGGAGAAUAUACUUGUGAAAUUAUUUCUGAAGGAGGGGUGUCCAAAACAUCAUUUUCAUUUGUUGGCCAAGUGUUUCAAAAUAUAUUGAAAAAAAUCUCAACAUUUCUGGAGGAAAAUAAAUGUUUAGAUGAAAAGGAAACAGACAUCUCCAUAACAAAGCCAACCUCAGGAAGUCUCGCAGCCAAUAAAGAAUCGCAAAUAGAAACUCAGAAAGAGGCUCCUUCAGAGUCUCAUAUACUGAAGAAGGUGACAGAGCAAAUAAAACCAGAGAUUUUUCAUGAAGAAGUUCAAUCUCACACAGAAAUUAAAGUAACUCAUAGCCAGGUAACAGCGUUUGAGGGUCAGUCCCUUAUUCUGAAAGCAGAAAUCCCUGGAGUAUUUUGUGUAAAAUGGCUCCUUAAUGGAAACGAGUUGGUUAAUUCAGAAGAUUAUACAUAUGGGAUGUCUGAGAAUGAUCAAACUUUGACCAUCAAGAAUAUCAGUCAGCAUGAAGAGGGAACAAUCACAUGUGAAGCUAAAACUGAAAGUGGAAUUGUAAAAUGUCACUUUCAUACAACCCUUUCUGCAAAACCUGAAGGACGACCUUCAUUUUGUAUUCUACCAAAGUCUCAGAAUGUCAAAGAAGGACAAAAUGUGAUUUUCACAUGUGAAUUACAUGAAGGUUCCCCUGUAGAAAUUGAAUGGCUUAAGGACAAUGUUGAGGUAUUGUGGACAUCCAACCUAAAAGAGAGUCAUUCUAAAAAUAUAUAUACACUAGAGAUUAAAGAGGCGUCUACUGGAGACAGUGGGAAAUAUACAAUAAAAGCAAAGAAUAUUCAUGGACAAUGUUCAGCUACUGCAUCAUUAAAUGUACUUGCGCUGACUGAAGAACCUGAUAAAAGUGUACUUUUAGAAAAAGAUGAAUUGGCUGCUAGUAUGCUUGGACGUUUCUCCGCGAAGGAAGUCCACAUGGCUGCCUCCAUGCAGGAGACCUCCUUCAGAAGCACUAGCUUAACCGAAAUGAAAUUUGCAAGUGCGUCUGCGUACAGCACGCAGUCUUUGACAGCGGAAAUAGCAUUGAGCUCUAGCAGUAUAAUGGAAAUGUCAAGCCAUUUACAAAUAGAGGGGUCCUCUAAAGGAGCCAUUACCCAAGGUUUACCACCAAAAAUCAAAACACUUCCUGAAGAGAUCUGCAUUGAGAAGGGAAAGAUUCUUACUGUAGCCUGUGUUUUCUCUGGAGAACCCCUGCCUGAGAUUGAGUGGACACAUUCAGGGAUUACAUUACCCUCUACAGAGGAAAGUGACAGGCUCAAUAUUGAGACCACUGAGGAUCUCACCACCCUCAUCAUCACUAGUGUGAAAGAAAAUGAUGCUGGAUCUUACACCCUUAAACUAUCCAAUGAGUUUGGCUCUGACACUGCAACAGUAAAUGUCAUUAUUUGCUAAUACACACAGACGCACGCACACACACACACACACACACAAUCAUUCAAAUAUCGGAGUAUCCUUAAAAUUGACUUAAGCUGUAGUUAUUAUAAAAUGUGCCAUACUGAAGAACUGCCAGAAUUUUGUGCAUCAUUUGCAAUAUGUACAUAAUGUAUAUAGCUGGAUUUGUCAGUUAUGAGAAAUGUAAGCAGCGUCAAUGAAUCUAAUGAAACCAAUUGUUGACCAGGAGUUUUGUGUGUGUGUGUGUGUCUUAUAUAUCUUAUAUACACACAUAUACAUGAAAUGCAUAUCCUGGAAAGCGAUAGAACAUUCAAAACUAAAUAAUGUGCCUCAACAAUAAGUUGAAGUUUUAAUUUUGCCUCAACAGGUACAGAGGCUCCCUGUUGAAGUUUUUUGGUCAGCUCCUUGACACAAUGUUAUACAUUGUAUGACUGCAAUAUUAGUAUUAGAAAUGUUACAUGUGCAUAAGACCCUGAGUGCUGUUUGCAUUUUACCCUCAUGUAAGCUGCACAACUGGGCCUUGUGUUCAGACUGACUGUGUCAAACCACCAUUUCUUGUGACAUGCUCAAAGUGUGAGCGGCCUGCACUUUGUGUGUUAUAGAAUAUGAUGAAUAUAAUUUCUGUCAAUGGUCUGUUUCAAUUAAUUUACUAAAAACAACAUCUGGCCAUAAGACUUGUGGAAUCAGUGUUUCCUCUUAAAGGACUGUUGGUUAGUUUUAUGUGCAUGUAUAUCUGUUUUUGUAUGUUAGUAUUAGUGUUAAAGUUUUAAGUAGUGAAGGCAUUCAUUAAAGAAUUGUGCCACAGCAAUGUCAUCUGCUGUGUUAAACUCUGAAAUUUCAAUGAUGUCUGUGCUUUGAUUUUAUCAAACAGAAUGAUUAGAAAUAGCAGUAAUUACCAAUGUUUUGGGUUUUAACAAUUGUAACUUCAAUAAAGCACGAUUUCAGCACCUCUGUUAUGUUGAAGAUAUUGUUCCAUAUUUCAAAGUGUAAUGAAGUAAUUCAUGGUUAACACACUUAACCCACAUUAUAUCAGAUUAAAUAUUAUUUUGUGGCUAUCCGUGGUAUACUCAUUGUUUAGCCAAAUGAUUUAUUAUCAGAAUAUAACCACUGUGAUUAGUGAUUAUAAUGGUGAGAUACAGUUAUUCAUUCAAUUUUGCAAGAACAAUAACAGCAAUGUUACAUUGAA